UCUGGCAACCAAUCAGAAUUGCGUUCGAGGUGUAGCGUGACUUUCUGCUUGAGAGUCCUGCAAGUGGCACUUGUGGCUCAGGUGAGUGGACGCAGGUGUGACAGGGACUGUCAUCUAGUGUGAGAUAGGAAGGACAGCGAGGUAGGUGGAUAUGGCACAAUAAUAGUCACAUGGGAUAAACUGAUGGUUAUUAUCCAUGCUUGAUAUAUGCGGUGUGCUUGCAUAAAAAUACAUUUAUUUAUUAUUUAUUAUUUAUUUUUUAGAGGCUAGACCAGUUAUAGCUGACUUUGGGAUGUCAGAAGUUGUGAACUUCGUUACUAGUGAUUCUUGGCCGAGGUUUAUGGGGAAUGUAGUUCACCAUAACUGGAGUGUCAAAGGUUAAACAUCACUGAGCCAAAAGAAAAAUAAAUGUUAAAGUGGUACCCUAGACGUAAAGUGCACAUAGCAACCUAGUAGAAUGAAGUAAAAAGUAAAUUGGGAAGCUGUAUUAAACACUCUGUAGUAGGUGUCUGUUUGCAUAGUUGAUAUUUGGGUGUUUUGUUUUUUUUUGGUGCAGUUGAGUCUAAAAAUAUACGUAUCUGUUAAUAUAUGUAUAUAUGUCAUCUCUACCUUAGUUACGAAAUGGCUGCUCUGUGGGAAGACAUCUUCAGCAACAAAGAGGUGCUUGAAGAAAUAGCACCCAUUGCCGUUGAUAAAGCUCUGUUAAUGGGAGUUCUAAUUAGGACGAAGGAUAACCCAAAUUCGUCUGACGUAAGUACUGAAAGAAAACCAAUCGUUGGUAAUUGCUAGACAUAUAUACACACAAGACGCUGACUGCACAUAAAAUAUGUAUUAAAAAAAUAAUAAUCUUCACCUUCUGUACCAGGGGUGUUCAAAAGGUAGAUGCCCAGAUAUUUUAAAACUGCAACUUCCAUGAUGCAUUGUCAUUCUAAAGGCAGGCAAUGCAUCAUGGGAAUGGUAGUUCUAGAACAUGUGGGGAUCUAUCUCUUGGACACCCCUAGAUUCUAUACUGUGGACAAAUAUCUAUCGAUCUGCAUACAAAUUAAACAGAUUUGCUACUCUAGGAGGGUGACAGUGCACUUCUGGCAUCAUACCCACUUCAUGCUGUAGUGUGUAUGGUGCUUGGAGUGUUCCUUUAAGUUUUAUGGUGUAUUGAGUGCUUAUUACUGUUUUGUAUAUCUGUAAUUGUAUUAUUACUAGUUUACGUAUAUAGGUUUAAAGAGUCAAUGGGCAGGCUGUAUUGGGAACAUAACUAGUAACCAUCAGGAAUAACCAGAAGAAUUCCCUUAAAGGACCACUAUAGGCACCCAGACCACUUAAGCUUAAUGAAGUGGUCUGGGUGCCUGGUCCAUCUAGGGUUAACCCUUUUUUCUAUAAACAUAGCAGUUUCAGAGAAACUGCUAUGUUUAUGUUAGGGUUAAUCCAGCCUCUAGUGGCUGUCUCAUUGACAGCCGCUAGAGGGCUACCGCGUUUCUCACUGUGAAAAUCAUUGAUGCGCAUUCGCAUUCAGCCGAAGAGGGAGGAGAGCUCCCCGCCUGGCGCUGGAGAAAGAGGUAAGUUUAACCCCUUCCUCUCCAUCCAGCCCGGUGGGAGGGGGACCCUGAGGGUGGGGGCACCCUCAGGGCACUAUAGUGCCAGGAAAACAAAUUUGUUUUCCUGGCACUAUAGUGGUCCUUUAAUGUUGUGUUGCAACUAUGGCACUAUAGCUUCCACUUCUGUCAAGGCUCCCUCCCACGGCACUAAAGGGGUUAAUAACCCCUUCAGUCACUUACCUGGUUUCAGCGCCGAUGUCCCUUGGCGUUGGCUCAGCUCCACCCAUGAUCUUCCCUUUGCCGUUGGCUGCUGGCUGGGGAGACCUAAUGCGCAUGGAUUAUUAUUUAAUGCUUUCCUCUGGGGAUUCCGGCAACGCUCGACGUCCUCAUGAAGAGCGUGGGGACGUUGAACGUUAUUUAAAACACUUUUCGUGCUCUAAGAACAUGGAAGCACCAUCUAGCGGCUGUCUGAGAGACAGCAACUAGAGGUUGGAUUAGCCCUGUAAUCAAAACACUGUGGUUUCUCCAAACCGCAGUGUUUUGACUAACAGGGCUAAGGGGAGAGGGGCAAGGCACCCAGACCACUCCAAUGGGCAGAAGUGGUCUGGAUGUCUACAGUGUCCCUUUAAGCAAUAUUAUGGCACAAGGACACAGAAAGUAUAUAUAUUCUAAAGGUAUUCUGUCAUCGAGUUACUCCAAGCAUCAUAACCACAACAGCCUUGAAGUAUCUCCUGUGCUACUGGGCGAAUGACAUUCUGAUCUCAUGCUCACUCACUGGUUGGGAGUGUCAGCUGAUUGCUCUUGGCCAAUGAAUGACAUUCUGUGCUUAGAAAUAUUUACAGAAUUGACAUUAGACAUCCUGGAAUUCCUUGUUCUGGGCUGGCUAAUGACGCUGUCAGAAGGGAAGUUACACCUCUACCAGCAAAGGAGUGUAAAUGUUGUAUGUGCUGAUUUCAUAGCAAAGCACUGCACAUAGAGAUUCCAGGGAUCAUAACCACUUCAAAUUACUGAAGUGGUCAUGGUAUUGAAGUAACUGUUUAACCAUGUGAUAACAUAUACCAAUUAAACAAACAUGCUCUUUUUAUAGAAAUUGGCCAUCUAAGAAAUCAUGUUCCCAUUUACUGUUCUGUUUACUGUCCAGACAUUGUUAUGCCACAAAAUAAGCUCAGGAGGAGUGUUUAUUUAAAAAAAACACUUAAAGCGCACUGUAGUGGUUACGGUGCCUGGAGUAUCCUGGUGCUCUCCCACAAUUAGUAGUCAAACCAUUUAAAGGACUACUGUAACUUCAAACAUAUAUAAAUGUGAGCACUGCACUCAAAGUAUUUCCCCUUCGUGUAUUUGCCUCGGAGCCAAAUUCUUUGCCAAAACCCAGAAUCCAAGAAUGAGCUCACCCAAGGUCUUUGUGAAUAACCUUCUGCUCUAUUUUGUAGUAAAAUACACCAAUGUGUUGAUGUUUCAGUACAUCUCCGGAUACUUUUCAAAACAAAUAAAAACUGCCAAAAUGAAAACACUACUCUGUGACAUGUUUGGUGACGUGAUAAAUUAUCCCGAACCCCAUUUUGACAGAAAGCAAGUUUCAAUUUCAAGUGAUCAUGAAAAUGUAUUAUAUACCUUAUACACACCAUAGGAAAGUGGUUACAGUGAAGGUAUAGAGAGAUACAUGUAACAUUAUUUAUUAGAUCAAAAUAAGAAAUUAUUAGUGUUACCAUAUUAUACUUAACCCCAGAGAAAAGGGGAGGAUCGCCUAAAGUACUGAAAAAGUAACAAGCAAACAAUGAAAAAGUUUUGAAUAGGGAAAAAUACCCAAAUAGAAUAGAUAUUCAUUAUUGAGAUGAUAGCAAGUUUAUUUUUUUGUAAUCUUUUUAUUGAGAUGAUAGCAAGUUACAAAUGACUAACAUCAGCAACAUGCAACUACAUCACAGUAAGAAUUGUACACCAAAUAUAUCAUAAGCUGAGCUGGCACAUAGAGAACAUCUGUGGCAGAAUGCACAGGUGAGUAAUCUUAUACAAAAACUAGAACGGUCUGUCAAAGGGUAAUUAUCCAGCUUGGAUGGUCAGUCAACCUAUGCCCAAAUUGGGUAAUGCCAGGGGCACUGAACAAGUACCACUUAGAGGUACACCACAGCUGCAUGGAGCCCCAGAACCAAGCCAGCUCCUGGUCUUUAUGCAUAAGUAAUGUCCAGGGCAUGAGUCCCUGAGUCCUGGGAGCGGUAGCAACAAAGGACAUUGAUGCCUUUUCCGCAAAACCCUCUAGGGAUGUGGGCAGUGAGAGGGGUACAUUCCCCUAGGGGCUCCCGGCUCAGGAACUCACAUCUGCGGGAAAGUAACUGACGCUCUCCGAUAGGCAGGUAAGAUGAAGAUGGUCGCUGUAUUGCUUGUUGAUCCAUCCGAGCCAAGAAUCUUCUGAACAGCUGGUCCUAUUUAGCCAAGAUAUCAUCCAAUUGCUGGCAUGGUUCCAUGCCACGUUCAACUGAGACUACACAAAACCACAUGCAAGUCCCUUAAAGACAAAUACUCAUUUGACUGGAAAACCAAUAAUAUCACAUACUUGGGGAUUAAGUUAAUGACAUCCACAGCUAAACUAAUUCAAGAAAACCAUGUCAAACUAUUACACGAGAUUGGAGAUUCUAUGACUUAAUCACAAUGCUGAUUCUACCCAAGAUUCUCUAUCAAUUUAGAACUCUAUAGCAGUGUUUCCCAACCCAGUCCUCAAGGCACACCUACCAGUCCAGGAUUUAGGGAUUACCCAGUUGUGUCUAAGGUGUUUUUUUCUUCUUUGUAAAAACACCUUAGACACAACUGGGUAAUCCCUAAAUCCUGGACUGGUAGGUGUGCCUUGAGGACUGGGUUGGGAAACACUGCUCUAUAGAACCUAUAACGCUAACAUCAUCCAUACUAAAAUGAUUCCAGUUCCUUCUAAACACCCACAUCUGGAAGAGACACCCACCUCGGGUGGCAGCUAGUACUAUUCAGGCCCUGGUUGAAAAGUGGAGAUUGGGAGGGCCAGAUGUGUUCUAUUACGUCGUGUGUAUUUUGGUGCAUGUGGUGUCAAUACUUGACCAACCAGAUCCUCCCUUGUUGCUAAAAUUUGAGGAAGAAUUCACUUCACCAUACCCGCUAACACACUUACUGUGGUUGCCAAAAUCAAGAUUACUGAAACUACCAAAUGGAACUCCUCUACUAAAGUUUACACUUCAUGUAUGGAAAAUUCAUAUGCCAAAGCUCAUAUCACCGAACCCAGUUAUAGCAUUCGCACCCUUUUUAAAAAUUUUAAGUUGCCACCUAGAAAAUUCUUUCAAUAUCUAAGGAUAAAACAUAUACUGAUAUCCCAGUCUCUCCAACAUUUUGACCAAAAACACUCCAUGGAGGUGAUUUAUGCACAAACCCAGACACUGAGAUUAAACCACUAUCAGUGGCCUACAAAUGAUCUUUUAACUCUAGUCCCCACAAGCACACAUGCAUGAAUAAAUAUACAAAUACAAUAGUGAAUAGGCUUACAGCAGGCACGUAAAGGUAUCUUUAUAGAACGUAACCUUCUGUCCUUUUCUUUUAUUCCAUAGACCAUAUGUGAAAGAAAGGGUGAAAAACGAACAUAGUGUACCACUUAAAAAAGUUAAACACCUUUUAUUCUGAAUUGCACUCACAAGGUGGAUUAUUUAGGCUUGCAUAUCAUGAUAUGUGUAUCUUGACUCAGGAUAUGAUGUUUCAGCAGUCCUCUGUAGUCAGUAACAGGAUAGCAGCUUACAAUCCACACAAAUAAAAUCAAACAUAAACUCUAAAUUAUAUACAAAUAAAUGAAUAAAAAUUAAGGUCACUAUGUUAUUCUCCCAGCUCUACGCGUUUCGUCCUUCAAACGGACUUCCUCAGGGGAAUCCAAAUAGUGACAUCACUACAAGGGUCAGUGUGUUUUUGUUUUGUUAGUGUCUUUCUUUAAUCCCUCUGUUAUUCCCUCCUUGUCCCUUUUAGUUUAUAUUUUAUAUAAAACAGUGGAGAGUAGCAGACAGCAGUACUGCAAUUUAUACUUCUUGGGUUAACGUGCCUCGGUAUCUUCUUUUUAAAACCUUGCACUGGUUGUGGAGAGGUUAAGCCCGGUGGCUGUUUGUACAGUCUCUUUUGUGAGGCAGUUAUGUCCUUCCAACUUAAAAACCAAGUUUUCAUACCAGAACUAUUCUUCCAUUUUUGUAAAUAGUUACUUAUCACAGCUCAGCACCAUGUUGACACUGUAUUAUACAGUGUGUGAAAUAUAGUCAAAUCUAACUAUUGUUCAAGUCUGCAGCUGCUGGCUCUGCCCCUGAUCUGCCUGCUUGGCUGACAUCAUCAGAAGUGAUUCACUGAGCCAAUCACAAUGCUUUCCCAUAGGAUUGGCUGAGACUGUCAAGGAGGCAGAUCAGGGGCAGAACCAACACAAGCCAAACACAAACCUGGCCAAUCUGCAUCUCCUCAUAGAGAUGCAUUGAAUCAGUGCAUCUCUAUGAGGAAAGUCCAGUGUCUCCAUGCAGUGUGCCGCACUGCCCAAGAAAACACCUAGAGUAGCCAUCUUAGGAGUCGCCAGUGAAGGUAACCUUAGGUUCUUAAAAGACCGUGUUUACUGCAAAAAGCCUGAACCGAAUUAUUCUACUCACCAGAACACAUACAAUAAGCUGUAGUUGUUCUGGUGACUAUAGUGUCCCUUUUUAAGAUACAAAAAAAGCAUGUUCUGACUUGCUCAUGUGGUGUAUGAUGUCUGCUGCAUCGUUGUUUUUGUUAUUUCUACCUAUAUAUCUUUCAAAGUGUAAACAUGGGGAAAAAAACCUGGGUUUGAUAACUUACCUGUGAUUUCCUGGAGGUCCGCCGCUGCCUUCUCUGAAGUCAGAAGUGCAGGUUUGCGCCGGUUUGCCUAACUGAUGCUCUAAGCCAGUGAUUUGACGCCAGGCUCACUGGAGCAAAGUAGGGGUUGAUCGCAUGGCAGAUGCCAUGUGAGUUCUCAAAUUGUUCUUGUAUGGUUUGACUACUGUGAGAGGGCAUCCCUGGAACCAUAACCACCACAUGAUUUUGCAUGUUUGUUUAAUCUACCGAGAAUUGUGUCUGGGAAAAAAAAUUUGGUAUGCGGCAUAUAAAAUCAUUAUUUUAAUUUAGAGUGCACAAUAGUUUUAUUUAUAUCCUGAACUACAUAUCUCAUGAACCCAUAACGGUGUAUGGUCCCCUAUGGGAGGGCUAAUAUUGGCUGUAAAUUCUCAACCACUUACUGUUUCCUGGAGAAGCUGCACAUGCGAACAGCUAUUGAGGGAACUUCAGAGGGCCAUUUUCUCCUUUUUGCUCCCUUAGGUUUGCUAUUUAAUUAAUCUUUGUUCAGGAGCAGAGCUUAUCCAAGAGAUCACUCUGCUUUUUCCUGUAGCAUGUACGAAGGAGCUAGCGAAGUGUGUGCACCUGCUAAUGAUGGCAUUGAAAUGUCAAUGAGCUGGCAGACAAGGCAGAGUGAUAUUUUGUCUGGUAAGUGCUCAUAACGGUACUAAUGGUUUAUUUCAGGAAGACUCCAUUUAUAUGCUUUGUAUAUGGUUGGGAACAAAAGAGCCUUUUUAAUUUAAGACUUUAUGGCCAUUCGUGACUUGUUUUUUUCGUUCGGUAGCUGAAACUACCGAACACUGACCACCCCCCCGGCUCAUUAUCUAGAAAGGGAACUGUCAAUUGAGCCCUCUCUGUGUGGCCGCCGUUCGUAUAGCCAAACACCACGUGUGAGAGAAAACGGCGGCCAUCUUGUUUGCACGAAAGGAGGCAGCGGGACUUGGUCGUCGAGUGUCUGGAACUAAAAUGGGACACUCGACUUCCUGAACACCGGUCAAAACAUAUGAACACCUGCUUCCUUUUCCCGAACAGCCUGGAAAGCGCUGUUCGGUAGUUUUAUUCCCACGAACAAGGGGAACAAUUGCUUCUAUGAGCCAGGGGGCUCCGUUCGUGCGUUUAUUCAUUUUUUUUUGACAUUUUCGAAAUGGACCGACCGCACAGCCUAAACUCAUGGAACUGUUUUGGGCAGGAGCCUCGUGUGCGGUCAGGAAAAUGGGACUUCCAUAGAAUUUGAAAACCCCUGGACUGAUCUGGGUGAUUUAUGGAUAUGUUGGUCACCCAGAUCAGGGCUAUCAGGGGAUAUUACAUUUAUGGGGACACUGUUUUAGGGUACUUUCUAUGUUUUGUGGAAAAUGUUUUUUCUGCCUGGAGAUAAUUGGGUUAUCUUUUAGCUGACUCAAUUAUCUCACAUGCAGAGAGGAGGGUAUUGUCUGUUUGCAGUGGGAGUGUUCAUCUUUGUCACUGAACUAUUAUUGGUUGUAACCCUUGUGUCCCUGUCCCCCACAAGGUCCAUGUGGGAGGUCCCCUUGUAUAGGGACUUGCAUAAAAGCCAGUGUGGCAUCAAUAAAGAUUCAUUCCUGUUGUACCCUUCAUGAAGUCUAGGCUCAUGUUUGGGUAGCUAUCUACUUGCUGGGGAGAAACCACGUGGAUGCUGCAUUCGUUUGGAACUAUUCGUAUCUACACCAGAACUGCAACUAUAAUCACUGAGGCUUAGCAGUUCGGGAGGAAUAAGCAAACAAGGUACUUAAGAUACCAGUGUUUGUAACAAUGUUUUUUUUAUAGGCAAUUCCCAUAAAACCUUCUGUAUAUUAUAAUAUUGCUAAAUGAGUUGUAGUUUACUUAUAAUUUUAGUAGUAACUGUGAACAAAAACAACGUGAUAAUGUUAGCUGACUGUUUUUUUUGGGGGGGUGGCGGGGAUAAAAAUUUCAGAAAAGCUGUUUUUUUAUGGUGGGAUGUGUGCUUCUCUGAUUACAGAGCAGUUAUAGUCACCAGGACUCCUUUGGUUAUUUACAUUCAGAAUGUUGUCAGAAAGGCCUGUCUUGUACGAUUUACUCAUAGUAACGGGUCUGUUUUCUUUUUUGUUGCCCUAACAGGUGGUGAAUUUUACCCCCUUUACUCUACUUCCAUCCCCUGUACCAAAAGCUCUCUUUGAACAAGCGAAGUCUGUCCAAGAAGAUUUCAACUUGCUGGUCGAUCGUAUCAGCCAGAAUCCCUCGUUCUUGGAACAAGUCCUUUCCAGGUAUGUCACCCAGGCAGUUAUAUCGGAUAGAAGCACAGUACUGACCUGAUCUAUGUUUCUACAAUGAGCUAAAUCAAUGAUUUUGUAUCCCUUUAAUGCUGUAGAUCACUUUUGCUACCCUGAUACUCUUGUUAUCCAAUACCUGGAGGAGAUUUAUCAAGGCGAAACAGAUGCUGUUCUAAGUUCAUCAUGCUAAAUGUUGAGACAUAUUCUUGCUUUCCACGAUGGUCGCUCCUUAUUUACCACUUUGCUUAAGAAAAGCACAUGUUCGCAGUGAUAAAUCUCCCCGCAGCUUUCACGUAUCAAGAUGUUGUGUAAUAAGGCAAUUCCUUUAUAAUUAAAGUUUGCUCCAGUGAGUGGAUUGAUAAUGAAAAAAGCCACAUGAGAUGCCAAUGCUAAUGUAUUUACUGACAACAAUGUGUAAUGUAAAUAGAAAAACAAUAUGUGUGGAACAAUAACUGCUAUAACUUUUAUUUCAUAAUAAAUAUGUGGGGAAGUGGUAUAGUCACGUAGGAUAAUUCCUAAUUUAUUGGUAUUAAUUGAAACUGUAUGUAUAAUGAUAAUCAAAUCCCCUGUCAGUGAUGGCCUCUGAUAAUCUGGAGAAGUGGACCGAGUUCCCUUACUCCCAUAUAGAUAAUAUAUUAAAAUAGUAAUUCAGGAUCACAGUAAUUUUAAUAUUCCCAUAAACAAAACAAAAAAAAUACCAGCUGCAAUAUAAACUGUGCAUUAAUAUACAAAAAGCCAAAUGCAGAGAUAUUCUAGAAUGAUGCUUGUAAUACUUGUCUAUGGUCUGAAGAGGUCGCCAGAACUCACAUUCCAGAAUGAUUUCCUAUUAGUGUAUCACUGUAUUAUCCUCUUCUAGUCACUAGGGGUCACUAUUUAAAACAUCUAAAAUAUACAUAAUAGGAUCAAUUCUAUAUUUUUUUUGUUGUCAAUCUUUGUUUUUAUUUGUGGUAUAGAUUAUACAUAACAUGCAUUAAAACUUAUGUGACAUUUUCAUUAUUCAUCAAUAUUGGGAGAGAAGCAUAAAGCCUUAUCAAGGAACAUGUGGGAUACGUAGAUAAGGUCACUGAAUAGACAACCACUUCUAUAUGAAGGGGAACUAGUUAGAUAUGCAGGAUACACUUGCUAGAGACGUGGUUUAUCAGGCGAGAUAGAUUCAGAAUAUGCAAUAUAAGAGGUUUGCUUGAUGGAGUAUCAGGUUUGAAUUGCUAGGGUGGCGUAUAAUAGGAUAUACAAGAUAGGCUAUUUUUACAGACGUUUCCACUAAGAUACGAUAUGCAUGUGUCAAAUCAACCAAUAUAUCCAAGAGAAGCAAUUUGUUACCCAUUUCUGAACCUAUUAUAAAUCAGACGCCUGGUUCGCAUGCCUCGCUUAACACACGCUAUGUACGAUUAGGCUAUGGCGCUAGCAGGGGUAUGAGCUUGUAAUAGAGCAGGCGGUUUUGUAUUAUACCAGUGAGGCUUUUGAGAGUACCAGACCAGCUCGGGUUAUUAAGUACAGGCCGGUGGCUGCGGUACUUAGCUUCGCUAGGAGGGGGGUGAUUUAUUCUCCUAAGGGCGUCAUAGCUUAUGUUAACUAAGCGAAAAUGCAACAGCCCAAAAGACAACAUUAAAACAGGCUUAUUUAGUGAUUUGUGUGUGCAGGUGCCUCUGGAGUCCAGCUAGUCAAUGUCCCCUUGUGCCUGCCGGGCGUUCAGCCAAUUUUCCCAUAAGUAGCAGGUCUGGCUUUUUUUUUUUUUUUUGGAUUUAUUUGGAGAUUCCCAUCAUACAAAGAUUGAUGUUUCAGCCAAUUUAAGGCCUUUUAUUGAGAGAAAAUAAUUCAAAAAAGUUGGUUAUAUUUAUAUCAAAAAAAUGUACUUACCUGUGAUCCUUGUGUGAGUGAUUAUUUGGAAACCAGUCCUGUAAGUGAAUACUAAACGUGACCUCCUUGUGCCUAACCAACGUUAGAUGUGGUUGCUAUCAAAGAACCAAUGAGGUCAUAAGGAAAUUGGUGUUCUAAAUAAGAUUUCUUAACCAAGUGAGUAAAUUAAUGGAAAGAAAAUCCAUGUAUACCUCUAAAUGAAGGACCUCAACACUAUGAAGUACCCAUAGAUACUGGAAAGGGAAGGUGAUCACUACAUGUAACCGUGAAUGAAGAGUUGUGCCUUGAAUGAAACGUUUUGCCUGGAAUGAGACAAAUGUGAUCUGAUAUAGUGAAAUUGAAUUGUUGAUAUGCUGAAUAAGCUGAAUAUACUCACUUGGUGUAGAAGUCUUAUUUAUAAUGCCGAUUUUGUUAUGAUCUCAUCGGUUUUUCGUUCCCUAGCAACCCGCGUCUCACGUUGGUUAGGCACCGGGAAGGGGGGUGGUAUCGUUUAGCAUUCAUUUACGGGACUGGUUUUCGAUUAACCACUCACUCAUGAGUCACAGGUAAGUGAUUUUGUUUUUUCCACUUUAUUUUCACACAUAAGUAUAACCCACUCUUAUUGUUUAUUUGAUCUUGAUAAAGUGACCAAUACGUUGAUCUCUGUAUGAUGUGGAUCACCAAAUAAAUCCACAAAAAGAAAAAGAAGAAUCUGAGCCAAUCACAAUGCUUUGCCAUAGGAUUUGCGAAGACUGUCAAGGAGGCAGAUCGAGGCAGAGUCAGCAUUAGGAGUGCCAAAAUCAAGAUAGUACUAGUAUCUACCAGUCAAAUUAGAGAGAGACGUGUAUGUGUAGGAGGAACCGUAGGUGUGGGAUGGACAGUAGGCCAAACCAGAGAGGAGGAGUGGCAGAUGUUCAAUCAUCCAAUCAGAUCAUUCGUAGAGCCACAGGAACGUGGAGCCCAAAUGCAUAUCGUGAAUAUAUACAAUUGGAGUAUAACGCCUAUAUUGAUCAACCAGAUAGUCAAUGCUCAAAGAUCAGAUACUGUGAUAUAGCUUAAAUAAAUAGUAACUGAGAAAAUAUAUAUAUGCUGGAAAAAUACUGAUAAUUCCACGUUCAUAAUGAUAGAUAACUAAUAGUCCCUUAGAGAGAAAUAUAUUUACUGAGUUAGUUGCUAAAACAACUAUACAACAAAAUACUGCACAUAGUUUGCAUGGAUAAUUCUACCGCUUUUGGAUACAGUCUUUAUGGAAAUAAAGUGAUCUCUCAAUAUUCUGGAUAUAAUAUGAAUGGAUGAAUAUACGGUGAGGAGAAAAAAGUAUUUGAUCCCCUGCUGAUUUUGAAAGUUUGCCCAUUGACAAAGAAAUGAUCAGUCUUUAAUUUUAUGGUAGGUGUAUUUUAACAGGGAGAGACAGAAUAACAGAAAAACGCAUGUCAAAAAAAUUAAAAAUUGAUUUGCAUGUCAAUGACAUACUUACUUCUUGUUACUGGACACAUAAUCACAUGCAUGUCAGUGCACUUGUAAAAGAACAAGUUCUUUGAAAAUAAAUCCUGUGAAACUGCCAUGUGCUGUCCUCCUAAUCCCUUGAUGACGUGUGAUGUCUGAAUGGGUUGUGACCUCAUAAACCACUCUGUGAAUACUCCUCCCAGUACUAGUGGCUAGAAUUCUGCAUAGUCGGGACUUGUCAAUUAAUUUUUUUCAGUGUAUUUUUAUGUGUAUUUUACAGUUGUAAACAAAGAUACAAAAUAAGCAAUGUUUAUUUUAGUGGCAGAUUAAAGGGACACCGUAGGCAUCCAGACCACUUCAGCUAAUUGAAGUGGUCUGGGUGCCAACUCCCAUUACCCUUAACCCUUGAGUGGUAAUUAUUGCAGUUUUUAUAAACUGCAAUAAUUAUCUGCUAUGGUUAACUCCUCCUCUAGUGGCUGUCUACCAGACAGCCACUAGAGGGACUUCCGGGUUCUUAAACGACUUUUGGUCGUCUAAGCAACACUUGACGUUUUCACACUAUGCAUGAGGACUUCUAGCAUCACCGGAAUCCCCAUAGGAAAGCAUUGAAUAAUGCUUUCCUAUGGAGAGAUCCUAAUGCAGCGCAUUCGUGUUCGGCCUCCCCGCCAGCGGACGUCGGCGGAAGUGGAGCUGAGCCAGCGACGAGGGACAUCCACGCUAGACCCAGGUAAUUGACUGAAGGGUUAUUAACCCCUUCAGUUCUGCGGGAGGGGGUAACUAUAAUGCUAUAGUUUCCCUUUAAGUGUCUCAUAUUCCACACGAUAGCCACUAGGGGUCAGUAAAAUGUAUACUUUUUGUAUACUUCUAUCCAGGCUAGGAUGAUUGGGUAUAAUACAAUACACAAAAAUAGAGUGUGCCGCUUCUCCAAACUUCAUCCAAUAAGUUUGACUGUACUCACACAUUCACUUUAUUUAUACAGCCCUAGUCACACCUCCAUGCACGUGACUUGCACAGCUUUCCUGAACAAUCCCUGAAAAUGAACCUAGAUAUUCUAGGUUUCUGUAUUGCACAGUCUGUUUAAUCUAAAAAUUUUAUCUCAUGCUCUGCUAAUAGUUUGCUAGACCUUGCAGGAGCCUCUUCUGUGUAAUUAAAGUUCAAUUUAUGUAGCACACAAGAUUAAAAACUUCUAAAGCAAGUUAAAGUCUGUUUGGAAAAAAAAAUCCCAUGCAGACUGUGUUUAUCACAGCCAGGGAACGUGUGGCUAGGGCUGCAUGGACAGAAACAAAAGUCAUUUAUAACUAUUAAAUGGCAGAAAAUUCAUGCUGAGGGCAUGAUCUAUAAAACCAAAACUGCUUAAUUUAAAGUUGUUUUAAUACCUAUUGUAUCCUUUGUUUCAUAGAAAGACCUGGUCAAACAUGGACAAGCCUUCCAGCAGAGCUGGUAGGAAAUUGCACAGUUCAAAAUGACUUGACAUAGUCAAACAUAUGUCCAAAGCAGGAAAUAAAAUGCAAGAACAAAAUGUGCUUUUAGGAAGCACAUGUACAGAACCGAUGCACUGAUAGGCUAUUAUCAGCCAUUGUAGUCCAUUUUUAUAUAGAUUUGUCUCUAUGGCCAACGUUGCCAUUUUUCUUCUCAAGUCUCCUUUAGGGUGGUCGGGGCGGUGUGCAUUAUUUUCAUUUCCUAAUGGGUAUCUGUGUUGGUAUCUUGUUUUCUAUUGUAUUUCCCAAAAUGUGCAGAAUCUUUCUAGGGAAAAAAAUGCUUUAAAUGACUCCAGUCACUGGCAAAAUAAUUAGAUGCGCGUUUUGAAGUUCUUCUUGCCUUUUGAACGAAAUCGGCGGGAUAAUAACUUCCAGAUCAAUAACAGAGCAAUUAACCAGCCGCUCACCAUGAUGAAGUUCCUAGAAACCUGCGUGCACAGUUUGACCCAUACAUUUAUUUCUUUUGACAGCUCUUUAUCUGAAAAAGAAAGAUAACAUUUUUAAAAUGCACAACUGACCAUUAUUGGAUACACAAUGUUUGUUUGUAGUGUUCUGGUGUAUAGAUGCAAUCUAAUUUUAUGAAUUUCAGAUGGCUUAAAUGCCAAGUUGACCUUUUUGAAUAUAUAUUGAUCCAUACAUAGGUGUAUUAUUAAAAUUUGUAUUUACACUCCAGGCACUGUAACACCGCAUCUCAUUGAGGUGGGUAUGGUGCAUGUAGCUCUGCCUCUACCGGAAGGUUUUGUUAAUGUGGAGGCUAUUCCACUUCAGCCAUAUCAGCUAUAAACUGAGAGUGCUCAGCUGAUGAUUAUUAUUUAUUAUGAUGUUAUUUUUAUAGCACCAUCAAAUUCCGUGGCGCUUUACAAUGGGUGGACGAACGGACAUGUAGUUGUAACCAGACAAGUUGGACACACAGGAACAGAGGGGUUGAGGGCCCUGCUCAAUGAUCUUACAUGCUAGAGGGAGUGGGGUAAAAUGACACAAAAGGUAAGGAUAGUAUUAGACUAGUGACAGUUGUAGAAAAGGAAUCAGUUGGGAGCUAUUAACAGUUUAAUUGAUAGACUUUUAUGAAGAAGUGUGUUUUUAAUGAUUUUUUGAAGAAGUGGAGACUGGGUGAACAUCUAACGGAGUAGUGAAGUGAGUUCCACAGGAACAGUGCAUCCCUCGAGAAGUCUUGAAGGCGAGCAUCAGAGGUGGGAGUACGGACAGAAGAUAGACGUAAAUCUUCAGCAGAGCGUAAGGCCCUAGACGGGACAUACUUGUGUAUUAGGGAGGAUAGAUAGGUGGGAGCAGCAUUAUGUAGGUGCUCUCAGACUUGCUGCUCAGGCUAAUGUGGGCCAGGCUGUGGGUACCCAGAGACCCUCAAUCAGUGUUAAUAAAAUCAAAAAUAGUUUAACACUAAAAAGUGGGAUGGCGCAAGGAUUAUUCAGGCACCAUAAUCACUUCUGAAAUGAGGGGGCUAUAACCCCUAGAGUGUCAUUUUAAAACUUUCACUGAAUAAGCUCAGGAUACUUGUAUCUAUAAAAGUUUGUGUGUGGUGUCCCCUCCCCCACAAAUUAUGUUGGCGGCAAAACCAGUUUCUACAGAUGCUGGUAAACACUUUUUUUUCUUUUCUAAUUCAUUCAUUUUUUUGUUCCGCAUAGACUUUGCUGCACAUUGUCUAAUCUGAGGUUUUUACAAUCCUUUAUGUUUGGUUGUUGGCUUUUUACUUAUGUGCAUGACUGGCCAAUCAUACACUGAAGGAGAAGUGCUUUCGGCGCUUGGAAUUAUCCUUUAACAGUACAACUUAAAGGACCAAACAGGCACCAAAACAAUUUAAUUGGACAACUUAAUUGGAUUAAACCGGUAGUGAAUGGUUUGAGCCAAAGUCUAUAAGGUAAUGCCCGUUUGCUCCCCCUCUCCACUAUUUAUGCAGAUCCAAACCUUUAAUCAGGCAGCCUCAGACCAGCACCAGUGAUAGGCUAAAAGCAUCAGCUGACACUCUCAGCUUAUCAGUAGCCCUUUUCACUCUAUUUUCUGAACGGGGAGCUACUGAUAGGCAGAUAAUGUCAGCUGAUACUCUAAACCUAUCAGAUGGUGCAGCUCUGGGGCUUCCUGAUUAGAACAUCGGCCCACAUAGCAUUCUAACUAUCUAUCAUGGCAUAAUAACAAUCAUAUGUUCCUUAGCAGGUCUUAAAAUUAGGUAAAUACAGUAAUGUGACCUAUUACACUGUGUCCUGAUUUAUUUAACAAAAAUAAAGCUGAAAUGGAGAAGCCAUGUGUGGAAAAACAAAAGUACACCCUUACUGCUUCCAUCGGAAUUCUCUCGUUAGGUCACUCCUACCAACUACAGAGGAGGAGAUUUUGACACUUUGUUUGUGAGUUGCGUUUACUCUGAGCUACAAUAACCCUGGUUCUCAAGUUAAAGGGACACUACAGUAGGGAUCGACCGAUUAUUGGUUUUACCGAUAUAAAUCGGCCGAUAUUCAGUAUUCUCAGCAAUAUCGGUAUCGGCCAAUUCAGAUACCGAUAUUGCCGAUAAUACCUCCUAGGACCGCCGGGCUCAUUACAAGCGGUCCCGGCGGUCCUGGGGGGGGGCGGGCAGCAAGCGCUUACUCACCUCCCAGCAGCUCCUCCAGCUCCCAGUGUAACUCAUGCGAGACCCGCGGCCGUCCGAGCGUUGCCAUGGGUUACCGCGAGAGUUACACUGAGGAGCUGCUGGGAGGUGAGCCAAUACCACUGGACCACCAGGGACUGCUAUAUCCCCCCUCCCUGGCCAGGUAUGAAACAGGGAGGAGGGACAACAAAAAUAAAUAAUUAAAUAUAUAUAUAUAUAUAUAUAAUUUAAUAAAAAAUGCCCCCCCCUCACACACACACACACACUCCAUUAUAUACACUACACAAACACAGUGUAUAUAAUGCAGUGUGUGUAUAUAAUGCAGUGUGUGUAUAGUGUGUGUAUAUAAUGCAGUGUUUGUGUAGUGUGUGUAUAUAAUGCACACUACACACACACUGCAUUAUAUACACACUAUACAAACACACACACUUUGCAUUUAGAAUAUACACUGCAUUCACUUUACGCACACUACCCACACACUACACAAACACUCUGCUUUCAUUAUAUACACACUACACUAAUACACACUGCAUCCACUACACACUAGACAAAUACACACUGCAUCCACUACACACACUACACAAACACACUGCAUCCACACACACUACACAAACACACACUACACAAACACACACUGCUUCCACUACACACACUACACAAACACACACUGCUUCCACUACACACACUACACAAACACACACUGCAUCCACUACACACACUACACACUACACAAACACACUGCAUCCACUACACACACUACACAAACACACACUGCAUCCACUACACACACUACACAAACACAUACAGCUCCCCUGUCUAAACACACUGCAUCCACUACACGUGACAUGUAUAUUUUGUGCAUUUACCUUUAGAAAUAGUUUUUAUUUUCCAAAAUGGUAAAUGUACAGAAUAUCAGCAAAUUAUAUUGGCUAUCGGUCUGAAAGUUCACAGAAUAUCGGUAUCGGCUCUAAAAAAUCAAUAUCGGUCGAUCCCUACACUACAGGCACCCAGAACACUUCAGCUCAUUGAAGUGGUCUGGGUGCAAUGUCCCAUGUCCCUUAGGGGGUCAUAAUGAUAAUGGGGGGGGGCUACUGCCCCCACUGCCCCAACCCCUGGGCGGCGGGUGGGGGCCAUAAAGAUAAUGAGGGGGGGCUACUGGCCACCCCCCCUCCGGCCCCCACCCCUGCGCGGCGGGUGGGGACCAUAAAGAUAAUGAGGGGGGGGACCUACUGGCCACCCCCCCUCCGGCCCCCACCCCUGCGCGGCGGGUGGGGGCCAUAAAGAUAAUGAGGGGGGGGGACCUACUGUCCUCACCCCCCCGGCCCCCACCCCUGGGCGGCGGGUGGGGGCCAUAAUGAUAACGAGGGGGGGGGACCUACUGUCCACCCCCCCUCCGGCCCCCACCCCUGGGCGGCGGGUGGGGGCCAAAUGAUAAUUGGGGGGGGGACCUACUGUCCUCCCUCCCCCCCAGCCCGCCCCCCGGCCCCCAUCACAGUGCUCUGUGUCAUUUUACACAGCGUGGGAAAAUUCAAAAGAACUUUCCCACGCUGUGUAAAAUGACAAAGAGCACUCUGAUUGGCUUAAACCCACCAAUCAGAGUGUUCUUAGCCUAAUUGCAGGGUGGGGCAAGGCUUUAUAAACCUUGCCCCGCCCUGCGGAGCUCAGUCUGCGCGGAGCCCUCCAUGGGUGAAGAUGGAUUAUUAUUUUUUGUUUUUUCGCCUUUUUCGCUCGAUUUUUAUUUGAUUUUCAAUCGACGUUAUGUUGGUUUUUUAUUUGGCCUUUUUUGGGGCUGAAAAAUGAAGAUUUGAGAAAAAGAAGACGUCAAAUGGUAAGUUUAAUUUUAUUUUACAGGUUAGUUAUUUUAUUCCCCCCUCACUAUUUUUUAGGGUGAGGGGGGUAGGUAGGGACUUUUUAUUUGGGUGGGGGGGUGGGUGACUAGGGGCUUGGGGACCCCUAGUCACCUUAUGGGGGGGGGAAUUGACUUAGGGGCCCCCACCUGCCGCCCAGGGGGGGGAAGACAGUAGGACCCCCCCCCCCCAUUAUCAGUUUAUUCCCCACCUGCCAGGGUGGGGGCAAGCAGGGGGGAGGAUAGUAGGUGUCCCCUCAUUAUUUUAUGGCUCCCACCACGCCUAGGCCUGAGGGGUGGAUAUAGGUUCCCCCACAUCAUUAUUGUCACCCAGGGGUGGGGGCUGGGGCAGGUAGUCCCCCUCUCAUUCUGUUAUGGUUUCCACCCGGCCGUACCAGGGUAAAGCCGUGGGGGGACAUUAGGUCUCCCCUCUUAUUUACUUAGGUCCCAACGGCCAUUUCGGGGUGGGGCCAAUAGUUUUUAGUUUUUUGCAUGAAAGAGCACAUAGGUCCGAGGGCCCGGCCGGGGGGGGGGCCCGCCGCCAGGGCCGCCAUCAGGGGGCCCGGCGGCAGGGCUGGAUUGGGGGCGGCAUCUGGGGACUUCAGUGGAAAGUGCCACCGGGUGGCCGGUCCGGUGGCACACUGUGAGGGGGCCGGCCGCGUUUCAUGCUGGAGCCGCCGGACCGGGUAGCAGCCUCGCCGGUCCGGAGGCAUUCCUCUCACUAACGCUGAAGGAGGAGGAGCAUGUCUCUCUGUCAUGCUCCUUUGCGGUUCCCACAAUUCCCAGCACAGGAUGGGGGGAGAAAGAAGGGGGAACAGAGAGAUGAGGAGGGGGGGGGAGAGGGGGAAUAGAGAGAUGGGAGGGGGAACAGAGAGAUGAGGAGGGGAGAAAGAGGGGGAACAGAGAGAUGGGAGGGGAACAGAUGGGGAGGGGGGAGAAAGAGGGAGGAACAGAGAGAUGGGGAGGUGGGAGUAAGAGGGGGGAAUAGAGAGAUGGGGAGGGGGGGAAGAAAGAGGGGGGAACAGAGAGAUGGGGAGGGGGGAGUAGAGAGAUGGGGAGGGGGGAGACAGAGAGGGAAGAAUGAGACACAGGGGGAGAAAGAGGGGGAAUAGAGAGAUGGGGAGGGGAGAAAGAGACAGAGAGGGAAGAAUGAGACACAGGGGGAAAAAGGGGGGGAUUAGAGAGAUAGGGAGGGGGGAGAAAGAGCCAUCCCACAGGCCUACAGCAAGCCACAGGCUUACAGCCAGCAAGCCCACAGCCUGCCAGUCGCAUCCAGCAAGUCACAGCCUGCCAGCCGCAGGCAGCAAGCCGCAGCCUGCCAGCUGCAGUCAGCAAGCCCACAGCCUGCCGGCAGUAGCCAGCAAGCCCACAACCUGCCAGCCAGCAACAGUAAUUAAGGUAAGAGGAGCCAACUUGGCCUAGGUAUCAGCGAGCUAUGUUGUGUUGCUAUAUUGUGAAUAGGAACCAGAGUGUUGGAGAGACCACCCUCCAGGCCUCAUUAGACUCCAUUGUAGUCUCUAAUGAGGCCUGGAGGAGGAUUUAUGGGUGGGCAUUGUAGGCAUACUCACGGUCAAGCCCUGUGGGCCCAGACCUUGAGCUGUGUAAGGGGCCCUAAAAAAUGGAGCUGCUUCCUGUUCAUUAAUUGUUGUGAGCACUGUUAAAAACAGUCUUCAGAGAGCCUCUUCUACAUCAGCCUCUUGUCCUCAUCUGGUGGUAAGCAGUGGCGGAUCCAGAGCCUGAUCUCGGGAGGGGCACUUGUAGAUUAUUUAAAUAAAUAAUCCAGGCACAAUAACUACUACAGCUCAGUGUAGUAGUUAUGGUGUCAGUAGUGCCAGGAUUCCACCCCAGAGUAAGUAGUCAUACUGUUUAAGAACAGUUUGACAACUUACCUGGGGUCUGCUGGGAUAUAGGGUAUAGGAGCAGUGGUGUGUGUUAAGGGUGAAGUGUGUGAGUGCGGCAGUGUAUUUCAGGCACAGUGUUUGUGGGGCAGUGUGCGUAUGGGGGCAGUGUGUGUAUUGGGACAGUGGUUGUGCGGCAGUGUGUGUAUGGGGGGCGGUGUGUGUAUGGGGAUAGUGUUUGUGGGGUAGUGUGUGUAUGGGGACAGUGUGUGUAUGGGGGACAGUGUCAGGGGUGUGUGUAAGGGAAUGUUUGUGGGGCAGUGUGUGUAUAAGCAGUGUGUAGUAGUAUCGCGUUUCAGGCAGUGUGUAUGGGGGGCAAUGCACGUGAUGUGGGGACAGUGUGUGUGUGUGUGUAUGGGGACAGUGUGUGUAUGGGGACAGUGUGUGUUUGUGGGGCAGUGUGUGUAUUGGGACAGUGUGUGUAUGGGGAUAGUGUUUGUGGGUCAGUGUGUGUAUGGGGGACAGUGUGUGUAUGGGGGACAGUGUUUGUGGGGAAGUGUGUGUAUGGGGACAAUGUUUGUGGGGAAGUGUAAAAGGGGCAGUGUGUGUAUGGGGACAGUGUUUGUGGGGCAGUGUGUGUAUGGGUGGCAGUGUGUGUAUGGGGAGAGUGUUUGUGGGGCAGAAUAUUUAUUUUAAAAAUGUAUUAUAAAAAAACCUCCUCCCCCCCCCCCAUUACACAUACUGCCCCACAAACACUAUCCCCAUACACACACACUGCCCCCCUGUAAUGGGGCAGUGUGUGUAAUGGGGGGGCAGUGUGUGGUAUGGGGGGCAGUGUGUGUAAUGGGGGCAGUGUGUGUAAUGGGGGGGCAGUGUGUGGUAAUGGGGGGGAAGGAGGCUUUUAAAUAAUAUUUUUUUUUAUUUUAUUUAAUAAAAUAAAUAUCCUAUGUCCCCCCUCCCUUCUUACCUUUACUGGGGAGGAGGGGGGACAUAUUUCUAUCCCUGGUGGUCCCAGUGGUGAUUCAUUGGUGGUCCCAGUGGGACAGUGAACUCUAGCCCGCGCUCCCGGGCUAGAGUUCACUCUCGCGAGAUUUGGAGCGUUGCUGUGGUAACCGCGGCAACGCUCCAAAUCUCGAGAGAGGAGGACCCGGAGGAGCUGCAGACUGAGCUCCGGGUCCUCUCUCUCACUCCCUCCCUCCCCUGCCGGCCAGCACAGUGCCUGCGGACCGGGGAGGGAGAGCUCUGAUCUCCCCUCCGGUCCGCAGGCACAUUGCAGGGCUGGCAGGGGAGGGAGACCGGCGGAUUUCUCGGGGGGGGCAAUUGCCCCGUUGCCCCCCCCCUGGAUCCGCCAAUGGUGGUAAGUAGGCAAUCCGAUAUAUUAUUAGUGGCACUAAUCUCUAAUUUACCUCACAUUAAAUGGAUACUAUAGUCACCAGAAACACUACAGCAUAAUGUAGUGGUUCUGGUGUCUAUAGCCUGUGCCUGUAGGCUUUUUAAUGUAAACACACUGUUUUCCGAUAAAAGACACUUUGUGAAGACUGGCGUUGGCGCAUAUGGGCGGGCAUUGUGAUGUCACAUGGUGGGUAGGACAUAUGGGGGAGGGGGGCGGCAAAACUCCUUGCACCGGCCCUGAUCACUGUGAGGUCAUUACAACACUUUUUGGUGCCGCAGGGAUAAUGUGGACCUUUAACUUCUGGUUUUAGUCCCCUGGUUUUUGCCCUGCCGUGGUUUCCACACACAGACACCAAUUCAAACUGCCCCAAUAUACAGCCAGACAUCCACCCCACUGCCAGGCAUACACACAGCCACAUACAUAUGCCACACAAAUUCACAAUAAUGCUAUUUUAGCCAUCCUCCUUGGCGAUAGCAACAAUAUUAAAGCAACAGUGGGCAAGCUGAGGAAAAGGGGCAAAAUGCUGCCCUUCUUCAAGUUCCCCAUCAAUGCCACUGGAAUUCCUAUCACAUUGGCUCUGUGAAGAUUCGCUGAUCUCCCCAGUCAACCUGUUUGUUCUGACAUACAAAGGCAUCUUGCGUGACAAAGGUUGCUGGCCUUUGAACUAGACAGACCGGAAUGGCAAAUUUGUAUUCAGAGCAAAAGACUUCUUAUAGACAAUUGUAGCUUACAUGUCCAAUUUAGACAAAAAUGAUGAUCAAAGUACUGAAGGGAUUAGGAUGAAAAAAAAAUAAUUACGAGUUUUAGAACUUAUCAGGGAGGAGAGGAUUAACUAGGGUAACAGAUGUAAUUACGACUAGUUAUUUACUAAAGUGUGAGUUGUCAGUAAUUUGUAAAGUGAAUUUCAGGCUAAAAUAGCUGCAUUGAAAACAUAGUUGACAGGGGGCCAAGAGAGAACACUAAGGGACAGAAGGGGAGAACACAAAAUACGAUGAAAUUAUGAGGAUCUGCUCAACUUCUGUACAAAGAAAAAAUUUCUGCCGAUCAGACUCACCCAUAACCAAUUUGCAGGUAAAAUAUUUACAUGCUAAAUGUGUGCAGAUAUACAGCUAAUUAAAGGAACACUAUAAACAACAAAAAGCCUGUUAGCUGCUAAAGUUCAUUAUGUGUGAAGAGUGUGUCCUCUCUUUUUAAGUUUACAAAAAAUGUGCAGAUUUCAUAAAACCUGGCACUCAGUGGAGCUAAACAAAAGAUCCAGGCAAGUUCCCAGAGCAGCGCCAUCCUUGCAAAGUCUUCUCAUUGAGCUGCAUUGGGAAGUCCAUGAUUAGACAGCCACAGAAAGUCUGAAUACAAUAUGUAGGGGAGGCCUUGCAAUGGCAGCAGGCGAGAUCUACAGCUAUAUUUACAUACCCAUACAAUUGGUAUUCUGUGAUUUAUUUAUUUUUAAAGUACAACAAAGCUUAACCCUUUAAGGACACCACUUCUGGAAUAAAAGGGAAUUAUGACAGAAUAUUUCCAUCAUGUGUCCUUAAAGGAUCACUAUAGGGUCAGGAACACAAACAUGUAUUCCUGACCCUAUAGUGUUAACACCACUAUCUAGCCCCUCUGGGCCCCUCAUGCCUCCAUAAAUAUAGUAAAAAUCUUAAUGUAUUCAAGCCAGAAACUGUAACUCUGCAUGCUGUUAGACUCAGAAAAACAAGCAGUCUGCUGACAUCAUCAGAAGUGGUAGCCUGAUCCAAUCACAGUGCUGCCCCAUAGGAUUGGCUGAGACUGACAAAGAGGCAGAUCAGGGACAGACCAGCAUGAUUCAAACACAGUCCUGACCAGUCAGCAUCUCCUCAUAGAGAUUAAUUGAAUCAAUGAAUCUCUAGGAGGAAAGUUCAGUGUCUGCAUGCAGAAAGAGGAGACACUGAAUGUUAGGAUGCAUUUUAGGCAGCCUUGACCCAGGAAGGAUCUCUAACAGCCAUCUGAGGAGUGGCCAGUGAAGUUAUCACUAGGCUGUAAUGUAAACACAGCAUUUUCUCUGAGAAGACCGUGUUUACAGCAAAAAGCCUGAAGGUAAUGAUUCUACUCACCAGAACAAAUUUAAUAAGCUGUAGUUGUUCUGGUGACUAUAGUGUUAAUGAAGUUGCUUUGGUGUAUAGAUCAUGCCCCUGCAGUCUCACUGCUCAGUUCCACACACAGGUUAUCUAUACACCAAUACAAUUUCAGUAAUCUAAAUGUUGUUUUGGUGCUUCGUCUCCCUUUGGGGGAUUCAAUUUAAGUUUAUGCUUAUUUAACCAGAUCUGUAAAAAAUAUUUAAAGGGACACUAUAGGGUCAGGAACACAAACGUGUAUUCCUGAGCCUAUAGUGUUAAAACCACCAAUUAGGUGGCUUUCCCUCCGCCCCUCCCAAUUAGCCCUCUUUGAAAAAGCGUUAAAACUUAUUUCAAGCGCCAUGCGAUGGCCACACCUCUCUAUGAGGAAAGUUCAGCAUCUGCAUGGAGACGCUGAACGUGUGCAGCACUGACCCAGAAAGAACCUCUAGUGGCCAUCUGAGGAGUGGCAAUUAGAGGUGUCCCUAGGCUGUUAUGUAAACACUGCAUUUUCUUAAAAAAAAAAAAAAAGACAGUGUUUGUAUGAAAAUGACUGCAGGUACUGACUAUACUCACCAGAACAACUACAAUGAGCUGAAGUUGUUCUGGUGACUAUAGUGUCCCUUUAAGGAGAAGGGUUCAAGUGAAUAAUGCUCAAAAGAGCAUUAUAAAAAAAAAAAAGUUGGAUUAACCCUUUAAUGCCAUUUUACUGUCAGAAUGAGAAUGGUAGAGUAGCAGAGUAGAAGGUAAUCUCUAAUGCAUUUGAAAAUUGUAAUUAUAAAUAAAACUCUCCCAACGUGUAAUUUAAAACCAGUUUUUCCUCUAACAGGAAAAAAAAGGAAAAGGUCCUGGCUAUAGACCAAAAUGUGCUCUAGACUUUAUCAACUAUAAAAUGAGGGUUCACAGACAGUCUUACCCUAUGUUGUCUGUAAAUGGCGUUCUUUCAAUAAUUUAGUGAAGAUAUUUUAUUAAUCACCCACAUUGCUGCGUUUAUGCAGUUUUCUGCAAUUGGAGGUUCUCCGUCUUUUACUUUGUAGUCUGAGCUCCGUGUCUAUUCUGACGUAGCCCUCCGGAAAGAUGACCCAACACUGGUACAUGCCAAUAUCAGACUCCUGGAGUUUGAGAAUUCUCAGUGCAGCGUUGCCAUAGAAAGGGUUCGAUGCCAGGCGUGUUCUGUAAUAAUUAGAAGAGUUCUCGCAAAUUUGUUUCUCAUUCUUCCCAACCUUGCAGUCCAGUAGCUUGUCUGUAAAGUUUCUGAACCACAUGAUAUGGAUUUCACUGAGGUUCCAGUUCACUGGGACAUUGAAAGAGCACUUUAGAGUAACAGGCUGAUUCAACAGCGCGUGCACCACCUCUGCUUGUGUGCCUUGACUGACAUCUGAGACAAGAGAAAUGUUUAAACAGCAGGUCCACGAGGAUACAGAAAGAUAAUAAAUAGUACAAGAAGCUAUUCCGUUAGAUCAGGGUAUUUCUUAACUCGAACUGGGGUCACAUAUGAAUGCUUUGUACUGAUGCAAUAUGCUAUACUUCUAUUUAUAUAGGCUAACAUAGCAUACAAGGGUUUAUUUACUAAACAGUGAAUAGUAAACGAAACUACAUUUUUGCAAAUCCCUUUUUCAAUUCUAUAAAAUGUAUUCAGUGAAUGAACCCCACCUUGUAUAGAUUACGUAGGUAGAAAUCACUCACCCAGUCUAACGAAGAAACACAGGAUAAGUUGCAGCUGUGUGCAGAUUGCAGUCAUUGUUUGAACUUGAACAAAUUAGUUCUGUGAGUGGUUCCGGUUGGCAUAAAUAAUUACAAAGUUGAGUGAGCUACAGAAUUAAAAAUGACAAGGACCGAAAUGUGAAGGAGAGACGAGUAGAGGUUACGGCAGAAUGAGCAAGCAAGAAAUGGGAAGUUGUGUUGGCUAGCAGGCAAAUAGUCUGAGAGAGCAUUGCAAGUAGAGAUGGCAAGUGAGCAUGAUAAUAAAACUAAUUAGGUAAAGACGGACAUACACUCCAAUGCUUCUUGCUUCCACCCAUACAAUCCAAUGCUUCCUGCUUGCACUGCUGCUCUAUAGAAGAUACUGCAUUGUCUUUGUAACUCGUAAAGCAACAUUCAAAGUUUACUCCUGAGAUUCAUCGGCAACCAAUAGCUUCAGACUUAUUCACCCUGGGGCAUAAUGAAUCAUUGUCACUUUUAAAAAGUAAAUAUUAAUAUUGUAUUUUCUGUUUAACAUAUCACAGGUUUGGAACACUCAAGCUGCAAAUUAAAGGGCACAGAUUUUGCUCAGCCAGAAACAUCAUUUUAUUACUGGCACGGUCUCCCCCUGAAAAUUUUUUUUUUUUUAUAUUUACAUUUUUUACAUUUUUUUUUUUUUUAAAGAAAUAAAGGGAAGAACUCCCCUUCGAUCCUGCACCAAGCCAAGUUCUCCCUGCAGUCCCAUUUUCGACUGGUGAUGUCAUUGGCCCUCACUGCUUGUGGUUGGCGUACGGCCAGCAUUAAACGUUUGUUGACGACAGAUGUCCAGUAUGCACAGAAUUAACAUUUGCCAACCCAGCACUCUGGCCAGUGAAGCUGCCAGAGGUGGAGUUAUGCUUGGCAUAUACAUACUCAGAGCACCAUGACCACUUCAAAUCAGUGAAGAUAUUAUGGUGAUUGGAGUAACCCUUUAAUAUAUAAUAUAAUGUUGCAUCUAUAUAUUUUAAUGCAGGGGUGCUCAAAAACUAGCUGUUGAACCUCAACAUCCAUAAUGCUUUGUCAUACUGCUUGGGUGUUUCAGUUCUUCUAGAGCUGGAGGUCUACAUUUUAGCCCUGUAUAUGUGAGUUCUAUAAAGCGAUAUGCAAACCACGCACAGUAUCUUAACCAGAAAUAUAUAGCACUCUAAACUUGAAACAUAUUUCUUUUUCCUUAUGUAUGGGAUCCAUUUUAGCGGGACUAAAAAGCCAAUUUUCAACAGUACACCAAACCAUUGAUAUUUACUUUGGCAGUGCAAUGUAAUCCUGCAUACAUAUUUGAGAGAAACUUACAAGAUGAGCCAGAUCCUCACAAUAUAAUACACUGCCUAAUGCUCUAAAUCCACCGGAAAAUAGCAAGGUCCUUAGUCCGAUGUAGAGAGGUUACAGGUCACCUCUCCAGAUUCUUCCUUCUAGAUUUUCAUAUAUUAUUAUUAUUAUUAUUAUUGCCAUUUAUAUAGCGCCAACGGAUUCCGUAGCGCUUUACAAUAUUUCGAGAGGGGGGGUGUAACAAUAAAUAGGACAAUUACAAGAAAACUUACAGGAACGAUAGGUUGAAGAGGACCCUGCUCAAACGAGCUUACAGACUAUAUACAAGCAAGGGGUGUAUCCAGCUUGUUGGCUAUUUCAUAAAAGGUCCAAAAAGAGUUGCUAACUUUAAGGGAUACGUACUCAAAAUACCAUAACAACUUUAGCUUAAUGUAGCCGUUUUGGUGAAUAUAUAAUGCUCAUUUCUCUGCCAUUUAUUAGUUAAAUCACUUUUAUAUUUAUUAUCUUUUCUACCUUAUGUCGAAUUUUUUAAAUACCUGGGUUCAGCCAUUUUGUUCUCCUUUUCCCAUGAUUCUGUUGGAUUCCUUUGACUGAUGGAUUCUGGGUAAAUUAGCUUAGCAACGGAAAUGGAGCUUUUCCUGAGCUCCGCCCAGUGCCAUACGUUGCCAAAGAUCGCCUUUCCCAUAUGAAAAAAGUAGUUCCCUACUUAUACUUUUGUAUAAGUAAAAAAAAAAAAAAUAAUAACCCAGUGAAUUUCCACCCAAAAAAAGAGCGAGAGUGAGAAAUAAAAAGACAAAAAAGGAUAAAUUUAAAAAUAAAACCUGAAAAAGUAAAGAACCUCUUAAACUCCUAAAUGGCAGAGAAUUGAGCAAUUAGACUGCAGUGUUAUGCUCUAUACACCAAAACGACUUCAUUAAAAGUAAAAUAGUUUUGGACAUUAUGGAUGUAUCCAUUGAGAUAAUGGUAUUCCUUGCUUUUAUGUACCAAAACUACAACACCAUUUUUCACAUGGGCCGAGGAAACAAUGCUAAAGAAAAGAGAUAAUAACAUAUAGCAUAUUCUCUCAAUUAUAAAGAUAAUGGUAUAGAAAAAUUCACUUAGUUCUAAGGGGAUUUCUAAACCAACUCCUGUGCUCUGAGCACGAAACCCGAAUUAAAAUAGUAAAUAUGCAGAGUAGAAUCUUACAGUAAUUUAAAAACAAUUACUAAAGUUUUCGCAACUUUUUAAAAUCAAACUCAUGUUAUCCUUGACAAAGUAAAGCAUAUCAAUAAAAACAGUCAGGUAAUUAUUUCUAGGAGAGUUAAUUUCUAGAGAGUUAAUUGGGAGCCAAUAAAGAGUCUUAUUGUGGGCCUGCAAUCCAAAAGCUAUUGUAGGGUUAAACGUUGCUCAAACUUGCAAACAUUCCUUGUUGUGAUUUAUGAGGUAAUAGUACCUGGCCAUAGAAAUACUGUGGUAGCAACUUCAGUAGGAAAGGUGCCCAGCCAGUUUCAGUAACACCAUAAUUGCUUAUCCUGAAACACACGUUUGGGUGGAUAAUGCACCCAUAAUGCAAAGGCAACAAGCAGCAUGUUUCUCGUAUCUUCUUAAUUUCGAAAACUGAUGUAGACAACCCACAAUUUGAAAUAGGAGCUUACACAAUGCAAGAGGACAUUUGAUGUGUUCUAACACUAUAGUGCCCUAUGGUCCUUUCCCUCCUCCCCCCUACUUUCCUUCCGGCAGUUAAAGAGUUAAAAAAAUAUGUAUUUUCGCACCCAAUUCCUGAGCUGAUGUCCCUAAAUCAGCAAUCCAUUUCCUCUGACGUAAUCAGAUUUCUUCUGAUGUCAUCUGGCGGAGAGACCUGAUGCGCAUGAGCAGCAAGUGCCACAAGCGCAUUAGGCCGUCACCUGUAGGAAGUCAUUGACUCAAUGCUUUCCUAUGGGGAUCUCACUGACACCGGAUGUCCUCAUGCAGAGAGGUCCCAGGAAGCACCUCUAUAUAAACAUUGCAGUUUCUCAAAAUCUGCCAUGUUUCACAUUGCUGGAAUAAGUGCAGAAAUAUUGCACCCAGACUUUGCAUUUCUCUACGUUAAAUUUCAUCUGCCAUUUCAGUGCCCAGUCCCCCAAUCUAUCCAAAUCCCUCUGCAGCAAAGCAAUAUCCUGCUCACAUUUUAUUACUUUACAAAGUUUUGUGUCAUCAUCAAACACUGAAACAUGGCUUUCAAUGCCCAUUUCAAGAUCAUUUAUAAAUAUGUUAAAUAGAAGCGGUCCCAAAACAGAACCCUGAGGGACACCACUUACCACGUUUGUCCACCACCUAUUGUGAGGAACCGUAUCAAAUGCCUUGGCAAAAUCCAAGUAGAUCACAUCCACUGCAACACCCUGAUCUACACGUCUACUUACUUCUUCGUAGAAUGCAUUUAGGUUAUAUAUUUGUAUAAUGUUAUCAUAUCCCCUCUCAGGUAAUGUUUUUCUAAACUAAAUAGGUUUAAAUUUUUUAACCUUUCUUCAUAGCUGAUAUGUUCCAUUCCUUUUAUUAAUUUUGUAGCCCGCCUCUGCACUUUUUCUAGUGCCAUAAUAUCCUUCUUUAGAACAGAUGCCCAAAAUUGCCCAGCAUAUUCAUUAUGUCAAGCAUGUCAACCACGUGGCCCACAGGCCGCAUGCGGCCCACAAGAACCAUCUUUGCGAGCCGCGAGUACAUUCUCAGUGUUAUAGCAGAGUAGGCACCUGCUUUCCCCACAUUGCAGGUGCCUACUCUGCUAACACUUACCCGGCCGGGGAGGAGGGCCGCGAGGGAGCUCAGUGUUCCAGCUCCCCACUGCUCCCUCGCACGCCGACUGAAGUGAAGCCCGGCAUCAGUAAACAGCGCGCGGGACCAGUAUGAAAAGUAUGUGUGUGUGUCUGUCAGUGUGUGUCUGUGUCAGUGUGUGUGUCUGUGUCAGUGUGUGUGUCUGUGUCAGUGUGUGUCAGUGAGUAUGUGUGUGUCUGUCUGCCUGUUUGUGUAUCUGUCAGUGUGUCUGUAUGUGUCUGUCUGUGAGUAUGUAUGUGUGUGUGUCUGUCUGUCAGUGAGUGUGUGUGUGCGCGCGCGGCCCAUAUAAACGUAAACCUUGUUUAUGUAGCCCGUGCCACACUUUGAGUUUGUCAUGCUUGCAUUAUGUGGUCUUACAAGUGAUUUAUAAAGAGGCAAAAUUAAAUUCUAAUCCGGACAAUGAAUGCCCUUUUUCAUGCAUGACAAUACCUUACUGGCCUUAGCCACUGCUGAUUGACAUUGCACAUUGUUGCAUAGUUUGUUGUCUAUAACAAUUCCCAAGUCCUUUUCGUGUGUUGUUAUCCUUAAUUUGCUUCCAUUAAGGGUAUACGUUGCUUGUGUAUUCUUUACGCCGAAGUGCAUAACUUUGCAUUUUUCAACAUUAUAUUUAAUCUGCCAUUUGAUUGCCCAGUCUCCCAGUCUAUCUAAAUCCCUCUGCAGCAAAGUACUAUCUUGCUCACAUUGUAUUAUUUUACAGAGUUUUGUGUCAUCUGCAAACACUGAAACAUGACUUUCAAUGCUUUUUUCAAGAUCAUUUAUAAACAUGUUAAAUAGAAGGGUUCCCAGAACAGAACCCUGAGGGACACCACUUGCCACCUCCGUCCAGCUUAAAAAUUUACCAUUAAUGACAACUCUUUGUACUCUAUUUUUAAGCCAAUGUCCUACCCAAGAACAAGCAUUUGCAUCUAGACCGAUUUCCUUGAGUUUGAACACUAAUCUAUUGUGUGGAACUGUAUCAAUUGCCUUGGCAAAAUCCAAAUGUGAUCAAGUCUGUUGGCUCCCAAGCUUUACUAUUGGCAGAGUCCCAUUUAAUUUCUUAGUAAAGUUAGGACAUGAAUAUGUGCACUGUCUAUGCUGAUUGUUUGCAAAUAAAUAAUUCAUGUUGGCAGUACAGUGACAUUUAAUUUAAUAUCACACUCAGUAAUGACACAACAAUGCAUUAACUGUAUUUGGAUUUUGAUUUUAGUGUGAGCUAUACAAUUCCUAUCAGUCUUAAAGCGAGUUUUCUUUCUCCUAAGCUUUAUGUUUUCCCAUGCCGAGCUACCUGGAGUGCUCUUCAUUAGUAAUCCAGAAUAAUUCAGACUAAUAAUCUAGACCUUAAAGUAAUAGUAUAGGCAUCAAAACAAAUUUAGCUUAAUGAAGCAGUUUUGGUGUAUAGAUCAUGCCCCUGCAGUCUCACUGCUCAAUUCUCUGCCAUUUAUUUUGUAUCUUCUGCUGUGUAAAUGAACUGUUAAUCACACAGGAGGCUCCUGAAAAGUUUAAAAUGCUAUUAACAGAGCAGGAAGAGAAGACAUUCUAAAUUAAACAGACUGGCUGUUGGUGCUCUAGCCAUAAUGCUGACCUGUGAUGGUGCUGGUGCUGGCGUCUGUUCUCCAGGUGUUCCCAAAAUUGCCUGCAUCAAAUCUUGCCUGGAAGGCUGCUGCCCAGUUGCUGGCUGCUGUAUGUGGGAAGUAGUGCCAUCGGCCAUCUUGAUCUGGCCUUGUGUCUCCCACCUGCCAAAUUUGUGCCCUGGAGCAAUUUGAAGGUGAGUGCUCUCUUUCCGGUAGUAGAUCGGGAUAACCCCCGCCGGUCCAAAGAGAGGGGAACGAGGGCCCUUGUGCAGAGACUCGGGCUGUCUUGGCAGUGGGAAAGCGGCCGUCUCUCCAGCGCCCGCCAUGCUUGUAGGCCUCAUUCUCUUUCGGGUGAGCAUUGCUCGUAGUGCCGCUUAGGUUGGAUCAUCUCGUGCAGCUUAAUGUCACCCCUCUUUUGGUAGCCUUUCUGCAUCGAUAAAUUGCCGUUUGGGCAAUGAAAUUCUGCUUAAAUCGCUGUUUGCUGUAGGAAUUGCUGAUGUUUACUUCCUCUUAGCUCUGCAGUCAGGGCCUGCCCCCAAUUUAUAACUUUUUUGACAUGCGUUUUUCUGGAUUUUUAUUUUUUGUUAUUCUGUCUCUCACUGUUAAAAUACACCUACCAUUAAAAUUAUAGACUGAUCAUUUCUUUGUCAUUGGGCAAAUGUUCAAAAUCAGCAGGGGAUCAAAUACUUUUUUCCCCUCACUGUGUGUGUGUAUGUGUGUGUGUGUGUGUGUGUGUGUGUAUGUGUAUAUAUAUAUAUAUAUUUAUUAUUAUUAUUUUUACCAUUUCAGUGCUGUUUAUAGCAUUAACCAUGUGAACAGUCUGAUUAGGGUAAUUAGUAGUACCUUGGUACUACUAUUAUUAUUAUUAUUAUUAUUAAUAUAUGUAUUUAUUUUUUACUUACCUGAAAAGACAUGGAAAAAAAAAAUGGGGGCGGUGUUAUAUUUGUGGGACAAUGUUAAAAAUUUUUUUAAAAAAUUGAGGCUUUGUUGCAUUCACACACAUCAGAAUUAUAAAAUUUCCUGUGAAAAUGGAAUUAAUCUAUGUGUGUGAAAAAACACAAAUGGAAAUAUGACCACUAAAUGACCAACUCAAAUUACACCAUUUGGAAUACCAUGGGUGGCCUGCUUUCAAAAAGGUUAAGUCAUCAUGUGUGGAAUAUUCUUUCCUAGGCUGUCACACGGCCUCAAAAGUGACAUAGGGCCAGAAAAUCACUUUGUCAACUUUCCAUGUUGAAAAGGGCAUUUAAUAUAUUAGGCACUGUGACUUUUACCCCAAAAAAGUGGAAAACUAGUACUUUAGGGUACUCAUAUCCGUGAGGCAAUGCUAAGAAAAUUAUUGAGGCUUUAUAUAGGUUAGGUUACAUAGGUGAAAAGAGACUCGUGUCCAUCAAGUUCAGCCUUCCUCACAUUUGUUUUUGCUGUUGAUCUAAAAGAAGACAAAAAACCAGUUUGAAGCACUUCCAAUUUUGCAAACUAGGAAAAAAAAUUCCAUCUUGACCCCAGAAUGGCAGUCAGAUUUAUCCUUGGAUCAAGCAGCUAUUACCCUACAUUGAAAGAUUAUAUCCUUGAAUAUUCUGUUUUUGCAAGUAUGCAUCUAGUAGCUGUUUGGACAUAUGUAUUUAUUCUGAUAAAACCACUUCUUCAGGCAGAGAAUUCCACAUCCUUAUUGUUCUUACAGUAAAAAAACCUUUCCUUUGCCUUAGACGAAAUCUUCUUUCUUCCAGUCUAAACACAUGACCUCGUGUCCUAUGUAAAGUCCUAUUUGUGAAUAGAUUUCCACACAAUGGUUUGUAUUGGCCCCGAAUAUAUUUGUAUAAUGUUAUCAUAUCCCCUCUCAGGCGACGUUUUUCUAAACUAAAGAGGUUUACAUUUGUUAACCUUUCUUCAUAGCCGAUAUGUUCCAUUCCUUUUAUUAAUUUUGUAGCCCGCCUCUGCACUUUUUCUAGUGCCAUAAUAUCCUUCUUUAGAACAGGUGCCCAAAAUUGCACAGCAUAUUCAAUAUGUGGUCUUACCAGUGAUUUAUAGAGGCAAAAUUAUAUUCUCAUCCCGAGAAUGAAUGCCCUUUUUCAUGCAUGACAAUACCUUACUGGCCUUAGCCACUGCUGAUUGACAUUGCACAUUUUUGCAUAAUUUGUUGUCUAUAACAAUUCCCAAGUCCUUUUCGUGUGUUGUUAUCCCUAAUUCGCUUCCAUUAAGGGUAUACAUAGCUUGUGCAGGGGCAGACUGAUCGGUCGUGGCACUUCGGACAUGGUCCGAGGGUCCGGCCGAGAAAGAGGGACUGCCGCCCACACACACACUACAACUUUUACACCGGCCACUCAAGUCUGACGCGCAAUAACUGCGACAUCCUCGAGCCCAGAAGGGCAGCAGUACUUACCAGAAGUACAGGUGGGGCCCGGGGGAGGAGAUAGUCAAACUGGGCCCAGUGCAAGGAGGCACAGGCCGCAACGAUGGAAGAAAAAUGAUCAGGGGUCUCUAUAUCAGUGCGUCCGGGCCCCUGAUCUAUGUACUGCUGCUCUGCUGGGAGGAAGUCUCCUCCCUUCUUACCAACAAGCUGCUGGGAGAAAGAGAGCGAGGGAGAUCAAGAGGCAGCACCAGAGGAAGGAAAGCCUGACUCCCAUCACAUUCAGCCAGAUGACACUGGGCACCAAGAAAAAAACCCUCCUGCGUCAAAAAGGUAUGAAAGCAGGAGGGGUGGUUACUAUGUAAUGUUAUCUGUGUGUCUAUCUAUAUCUGUGUGUCUAUGUGUUAGGAUGUGUAUUUGUAUUAUUAGUGUGUCUAUCUAUUUGUGUGUGUUUGUGUAUUGGUAUAUGUGUUAUUGUGUAUCUAUGUGUGUCUGUAUCUGCAUGACUGUACCUGUGUAUCAGUGUGUGCAAAUGCAUGUGUGUCUGUGUAUCUGUGUCAGUGUGUGUUGUUUUAUAUAUAUAUAUAUAUAUGUGUGUGUGUGUCAGUGUAUGUGUAUAUGAGUGUACAUCUCAGCAUUCACACGCCAACCCUACAGACAAAUACACCCCUGCAUUCAAACGUCAACACUACACACACACACACACCCCUACAUUCAAAACCAAACACUACACAGUACAUAAAAAUGCACACCACCACACUAUACACAAAUACAACUCUAAAUUCACACACACAUACUCCAUACAAGAAAAUACUUACAAUCCAACAUACAAACACUGCUUAGUGCUAAAUACAACCCUGCAAUGGUAGAUCCCCAGCUGACAAAGCAUUGCGCUACUUGUACAACAGAUGGGAAUCUACCUUUUUGUCCAUCCUUACAAUUGGGGGGGAGGAGGGGAAUAAUAAAAAUAAAUAAUAGCCCAGAGUAAUAGAGUAAACAAAAUAAAGACCGCAAACAAAUAGCCCUGUCAGAGUGGUUUGCUGUCUGACAGGGCUAUUUGUUUGCUGUCUUUAUUUCGUUUACUCUAUUACUCUGGGCUAUUAUCUCUUUUUAUUAUUUUUCCGGUUAUGUGUUCAGGUCAGGCAGUAGACAAAGAUGCACCUUAAAGGCAGCGUUUAGACAUUAAGUGCCGCCCAGGCGUUAGAUUAAGUCAGGCUCUGCACUAACCUUGCAACUACUAUUGUCUGUUAGAUCAUCACUAUACAUUUGGACAGAUACGUUAUUUAAUCGCAUGCACCAUUAUGCUCUGGCUCUGCUGAUUAUUGUUAAAUUUACCAGUAUUAAUUCUACUUUAUUCCAGCCAGUUAAACUUAUUCUGUGAUCUCGUUAUUUAGUCACUGAUAUCAGCAAUCAGACAUUUUAGUCUCUCAGAUAGACGGCCUAAUUUGUUUCUUUGCUUUCUCUAUGACUUUACAGUGAAACUGUUAUGAUGUUUAACUUUCUACUUUAGCAACAAGAACUUAUACUGUAGCAGGAUUAAAAGAGUUAAGCCUCUCUGUCUCCAUCUAAUAGUGUAGCUGAUACUAUACCAGUCUUGAUUGAUUCUAUAUGUAUAUUUUAUUUCUGUACCCUAUAUGUCUCUCCCUUCUUUUACUGUUUUGGUUAAUGUAGUGUUAUAUACUUUUUAAGAGCUAGGCACUUUUCUAGCCCUUUUUAAUCCUUGAAACAUUAAAAGUUAAAUUUUAACUACUAUUUUGUUGCUAUUUAUUUCUAAGGGUUAUCCCCUAUCAUUUCUUUCUUUUUUUUUUUUUUUGACAAUCUUUAUUUAGUAUUUUUUCAUUCGAAGAAACAAGUAACAGUCGGUUGUUGUACAUUGUAUCUGUAUCAGUAUCAACAUUUGAAUAAUGCAUAGAAAGGGGGAAAGGGGAAGGGGAACUGUGCUGCUAACCCACACCAUUCAAACAGUUGGCUCUAGCCAUUGUACCAGCUAGUGUUCAGGUCUGCGGCCGUAGCCUCGUCAUGUAGCUAGAGAGGGUAUAGCCUGACCUCUGCUGUGUUGGGGAUUUUUGGUCGUCUCCCCACUGUAGUGUUCACGGUUGUGCCCUGGUCAGCAGUGGUAAGUCCCUAUCAUUUCUGUCCAGUAUUUUUCUCUAAUUGCUUCAUUAAGUUUCUCUUUUUUUUGUCCCUUGAAACUCCAACACUUCACACAAAUAUAUCCCUGCAUUCAAACAUCAACACUACAUACAGACAGACCCCUACAUUCAAAAGCAAAUACAACACACAAGUAAACCACUGCUUUAAAAUGGUAACAGUACAUAACACACUACACACAAAUACACUCCUACAUUCACACACACAUCCUGCAUUCAAAAACAUGCUCACAUAUAAACAUACCCAGUGCUAAGUGCAACCUUGCAAUGAUGGGCAAAUGGUAGAUGCCCAGCUGGCAAAGCAUUGUGGGAGAUGUACCCUUUUUUCCAUCCUUGCGAUAGGGGGGUCUCAAUAAUUAUUGGACCAGGGCCCUUUCUAUUUUAGUUCCACCAAUGAGCGCAAUGCAGAUAGUCACCAGAACAAAUAUAGUGCUCCAUUUGCACUAAAGCUUUCAUUUUAUAAUCUUAUCCCUCUACUACAGCCCCUAUCUCACAUGAAGCCCCAAACCACCCAACCUCCACACUACAGUCUCUAUCCCCAAUUACAUUCCCUAUACCCACUACAGCCUUUCUUUCCAUACUACAUCCCCUAUAUCAUUACUUCGGCCCCUACCACUUCACUACAGCUCCUGUUCCCCGAUUAGAGUCCUUGUCUCCCCACUACAGCCCCUAUUCCCCCAUGACAGCCCUUAACGUCGACACUACAGACUCUAUGCCCAAUUACAACCCCUAUACCCCACUACAGCUUUUCUCCACCCACUACAUCCCCUAUGGCACCACUACAGCCCCUAUCCCUCAUGACAGCCCAUAACCACCCAAGCCCCACACUACAGUCUCUAUCCCCAAUUACAACCCCUAUAAUCCCACUACAGCGCCUAUUCCCCCAUUAGAGCCCUUGUCGCCCAUAAGAGCCCUUAUCUGUAACACAAGGAUGAACAUGUGGGUUGUGGGUGUGAUGUAUAUUUGUGUAGUUUGCAAGUUGGUUUGUUCAAGGGGGACCCAUGACCUUCUAUUGCCCAGGGGCCCCAUGAGUUGUCAGUCCGUCCCUGAGCUUGUGCAUUCUUUACGCCGAAGUGCGUAAAUUUCAUCUGCCAUUUGAGUGCCCAGUCCCCCAGUCUAUCUAACUCCCUCUGCAACAAAGUACUAUCUUGCUCACAUUGUUACAUAGUUACAUAGCUGAAAAGAGACUUGCGUCCAUCAAGUUCAGCCUACCUCACAUUUGUUUUUUGCUGUUGAUCCAAAAGAAGGCAAAAAAAAACAGUUUGAAGCACAAUUUUGCAACAAGCUAGGAAAAAAAUUCCUUCUUGAUCCCAGAAUGGCAGUGAGAUUUAUCCUUGGAUCAAGCAGUUAUUACCCUACAUUGAAAGAUUAUAUCCUAUUGUAUUAUUUUACAGAGUUGUGUGUCAUCUGCAAACACUGAAACAUGACUUUCAAUGCUUUUUUCAAGAUCAUUUAUAAACAUGUUAAAUAGAAGAGGUCCCGGAACAGAACCCUUCUGUCCAGCUUGAAAAUUUACCAUUAAUGACAACUCUUUUUAAGCCAAUGUUCUACUCAAGAACAAGCAUUUUCAUCUAGACCGAUUUCCUUGAGUUUGAACACUAAUCUAUUGUGUGGAACUGUAUCAAGUUUAAUACACUAACGCACAUGGAGUUAAAGGACCACUAUAGGCACCCAGACCACUUCAGCUCAAUGAAGUGAUCUGGGUGCCAGGUCCAUCUAGUGUUAAACCUGCAGAUGUAAACCUAGCAGUUUCAGAGUUUACACUAGGGUUAAUCCAGCCUCUGUGGCUGUCUCCCUGAAAGCCGUUAGAGGUGCUUCCGUGAUUCCGUGAAAAUCACACAGUAUCCCCCAUGUACAGGUUUUAAGUUUCGAAAACCCCCAUAAAACCUGUACAUGGGGGAUACUGUUGAACUCGUGUGACAUUGCUGAACACAGAUCUGAGUGUUUUUUUUCAGAGCAGUAAUCGUGCAGUGAUGAUAUCAGUGAAAGGUGAAAGAAACCAAUAUAAACACUAACCUUGGCCAGGAUUUGUAACGAAGUGACUACUAAUAAAAUACUGGACAUACAUUGUUUUGAAUACUCUGUUUUCUUUUGGAAAUGGUAUUCUGUGAUGGGGUAAGUCGCCCCCAUAUGAUCUUACAAGUAACAAAAUCCAAGCAAACCAAUCUGGCAAAUUUCAACUUGUAAAAACUGAUAUGGGCAAGCCCUAAAUUUGACCAUGCUAAGUUUUCAAAACUCAAUAAAACAUGUAUAUGGGGGAUAUCAUGUGUAUUUUAUUGCAGUAAAAGCUAACAGUAUUAUGACAUUCACAGUUAAAAUGCAGUGCAGAAGUUGGAAUAACAUUUCUUAAUUUCUCUUACUUUUUCUUUUAUUCAUAUUAAAUUCUGUUUUAUAUAUAUAUAUAUAUAUAUAUAUAUAUAUAUAUAUAUAAAGAAAAAAGCACUGUACCUUGCACUCAAACUCCAUGUAUCCAAACCGGGUGCACUCCCAGGGCUCCAAAUAUCCAAAUAGCUGAAUCAAAGGUUGCACUCACGGAUUCUUAAAACAUAGCUUUUAUUGUGUACUCCUAAAAAAAUCGACGUUUCAGUCCUAUUCAAGGACUUUCAUCAGGAUCAUAGAAACAUAACAUAACAAUUCAACCAUAUAUAGGAUGCAGUAAAUUACAAUAACUCACCACAGGUGCCAUAAGACAACCGGCGUCCCGGUCGGGAAUGUGCGCAUGUGCCGAGUAGCCCCUCCCCCCGGCGUAACGUGUGACGCCGCCGUUGCUAUAGUGACGCGGCCAGCGUAUACUAUAUUAAAGCCGGCAUCUAAACCGGGACUGUGCAGUGAUGCGGAGAGGUUCCGCCCCCAAUGUGACAUCAUGUGUGCGCCGCCGUCGUUACCAUAGUAACGCGGCUGUGAAUGAGAAAACACAUCGAUAUGGAAACAAGCUUAUCAAAAAAUGAUGAUAACCUAGUUGUGAACAACUAGGCUACUAUGGAACAUUGACAUACCAAAUAUGGUUAAGCCAAGUGUGAAUGUGAUCUAUGUAUAUUAAUAAAGUGCAAAAGGGUCAUUGAAAGUGCAACGAAAAUUAUCUCUUAAAGUGCCAUAUAGGUGCAUAAUAUUUAAAGUGCCACAGUGCAAAUGUAAACAUGUUGUGACCCACUAUAAUUAAUAUGAAUGUUUAUAUUAAAUAACCCCAAUGAUUAGAGAUUAAUGUUAGUAGAUUAAUUAAUAAAAAAAAAAAAAAGUAUAUACAUAUGGUUAUAUAAGGCUUUUUUACAUGACUUUUUUUCACUUAUUUUCUCUUUCUUGUUUCUGCUCCUCUGACACUCAACAAAAAUGUAUGUUCAAACAAUUGUUACGACAGCACUAUUGUGUUCUGCAUCAAAGACUGUUGAACACAUUUCAAAGCAAUAACUAUUAAUGCUUGCAAAACAUAAAUAAUUAAUUAUAUAAUAAGCGGGCGGUCGCAGGAUAGUCAUGAAAAAUGCACAUAGAAAAACCUAAAAUACACACAAAUAUAAAAUCACACAUAAAAGAACAUUAAGGGGCAUUCAGGCCAAAAAAGAAUGUAGCGACAAAGCUUCAUUUAAUCCUUUUGGAGACACAGUGUCCAACUCAUGGAUCCAAUAGGCUUCUCUAUUAGGUAGCAUCCUCCCCCUAUCACCCCCUCUUCUAGGGUUAGGGAUGUGGUCAAUAGCCACAAAUUUCAAUGUAACCAAUGAGUGCUUUAGUUCAAAGAAGUGUUUUGCAACCGGUUUAUCUGUAAAACCAUCCCGAUAUGCCAGUCUAAUAGAAGAUCUAUGUCCCCUAAUUCGUUCGCAGAUGGCCGUCUCCGUUUUCCCAAUGUAACAUAAGCCACACGGACAAGACAGUUUGUAUAUUACAUGUGUCGUCUUGCAAGUAAUAGUAUAUCGAAUAGUAUAUUUUCUAUUAUUGUGAGGGUGAAAAAAAGUUCUUGCAGGUGUCAUGUGGCUACAGGUCACACAGCCAAGGCAGCGAACAGAUCCUCUUAUUUGUUCCUUCGCUAUAUUCAAAUAGCUUUGGGAGGGAUCCGUAUGUACUAGCAUAUCUUUUAGGUUUCUAUUUCUCUUAUAACAGAUUAAUGGCUUUUCUUUAAACACUUUCGGGAGCGUGUCAUCACUCGACACAAUCCUCCAAUUCUUCCUAAUGACCGAUGCCACUUGAGAAGUAGACUGGUUGUAUACCAUAGGGAAGACCAAAUUAAGAGGUUUCUUCUUUGUUUCAAUGGCGCGUGCAUUCAAUGCUUCUUGUAGCGCUGUUUCCAACAUGAAUUCGUCAUAACCUCUUUGAAGAAAUUUGUUUUUCAUUUCAAGAAUCUGGACAUCCCUAAUUGCUGCUUCCGAAUUGUUCCUGAUUACUCUUAGGAAUUGAGCCUUUGGUAGUGAGUUCUUCAGAGCCCUGGGAUGUGCACUCUGAUAGUGAAGGAGUGUAUUCCUAUCUGUAGGUUUUGUAUAGAGGGAAUAUUGAAAAUGUGUUGCUCCCAAUGAAAUUUCCAAAUCCAAAUAAUGCACCUUCUCUGUGCUAAUAUCCGCCGUGAAUCUUACUGGGGUUGGUAAGAGAUUAAGAUCUUGAACCAUUUCGUGGGCUGAUUCACAAGUUCCACUCCAUAUGAUGAACAGGUCGUCAAUAAAUCUAUAGUACGCUAUUAUAUUACUUUGGUACCUCUCCAAUAUAUGUUCCUUCUCAUACACAUACAUGUAUGCAUUAGCAUACAUCGGCGCCAUAGAUGCGCCCAUUGAUGUGCCAGCCACUUGUAGAUACCAGUUAUUUUCAAAACGAAAAUAAUUAUUCUGUAGAGUUAAAGAAAGUAGUUCCAAAACAUAUUCUAUAGGGGGGCCAUGGUAGACAGGAGAUUGAAUCAAGACUUGCCGCAUAGCUUCUACCCCAGCAUCAUGUGGUAUCACUGUGUAUAGACUAUGUACAUCCAUUGUUAUUAGGACUGGUCUAUAAUUACCAUAAGAUAAUUCAUUGAUAUUGGUGAUGAGAGUUUGAGAAUCUUUAAUACAGGUAGACAGUUCUCCAACUGGACCUUGGAACAAAUAAUCAAGCCAUUUUGCAAUAGGUUCUAAAACGCCAUCAAUGGCUGACACUAUAGGGCGUCCUGGCGGUGAUUUUGGAUUUUUAUGGAUUUUUGGAAUCGAAUAUAUGAUAGGCGUGCGGGGGCAUGCUUUAAUAAGAUAAUGAUGUAAUUUGGAGUCAAUAUAGCCCGAUCUCAGGCCCAUUGAUAAAACAUCUUCAAUCUUAUUCUGAAUAUUGAUAGUGGGAUCUCCAUCUAACAAUAUGUAGGUGGUUCUAUCUGAUAGUUGCACAUUCAGAUCUUUAGCAUAGUUCAUGUAGUCCAUAAUGACGAUUCCACCUCCCUUGUCAGCCGAACGGAUGACUAUUGAUGGAUCUGUUGCUAAUCCCUUUAUAAUUUUCCUUUGUUGUUUCGUGAUGUUGUGUUUCACUUUACACUCGCGUUGCAUAAGGGUUUGAACUUCUUUAUUGGUCAUGGAGAGAAAAGUCUUAAUGGACGCCCUAUUAGAUAUAGGAUCAAAAGUGGAUUUAGCCCGAAAAACAUCUGUAUCUGCUGUAUUACACUCCACUGUAUUUGAGAAAAAUUCUUUCAAUCUCAUAGUUCGCCCGAACUUGUGCAGUUCAAUCUUCCACUUGAAAACAUCAGCCUUGGAUGUAGGCACAAAUGAAAGGCCUUUACUAAGGAGUUCUAUCUCAGUUGUAUCAAGGGGCCUUUGAGAGAGAUUGAAUAUAGGGAUUACCUCCUGCGUGGGGGUUUCCCCUGUACAGGUGUUCUUUCCUUUACGGCCUCGCCUUGUUCUUGGUCUACGUCGACCCUGAACCGGCUCCUGGUUAUUGUGCCUGCUUCGUCUGUGGCUAAAAAAAGUGCUUUUGAAGCUUCCAUGAUGUUUCUGGUAUCUGAAUCAGAGGCUGACUCUCCUGAGGUUACGUCCACUGUUGGGACCCUAGGUCGCUGUAUCCUUCUGCGUUGUUUCCUGGGUCUAUUGGCUCUAAUGUUGCCAGUGAGCCAACCAUAGACUCUGUGUUCCAAAUAGUCUUGUGUGACUUUCUCAAAUUUCUGUUUUUUAAAUCUCACUAAUUCCAUCUUAUAUUUCAAGACUUCCUCUUUAAGUUUUUGUAUGGUCUUUAAUCCUUCAGGUGUAGCCAAUAAUGUUGCGCAUUCAGUCUCUAAUUCAGUGAUUUUUAAGUUAGUGUCCAUCAGAUCUGCCUUCACAUCUCUAAUAAUAAUGAGCAUUAGGUCAAGUGAUGCUCUAUUCAACACUUGCGUCCAUUCUCUGCAAACCGUGGCUUUAGACCUUCCUAUAGUUGGAACAUUUAAAAUUCUGAAUCCCCUAGGGAUCCGUUUAACUCUGUAGUAAUCCGAAAGGAAAAGGCCGUGUAGGUCUAGAUCUAUUUGUUUCCUACGUAAGCGUAGUAGCUUAAAGUAUAUAUCUUUUGUAGUAAGCUGAUAUGGAAGUUCUGAGCUAGACUGAUGCCAUAGUAUGUCAUCCGCUUCUUCUUUGGAGAAAUACAAUGUCUCUGCCUGUUCUGAAUAUGCCCCCGCCUGUACCAAAAAUUCAUCCAUAAUGAAAAAAGCUUGCUGAAUAAAUUGUAUGAAAUUGGCUACUGUGGCUUUAAAUUGCUGGAAUUCUCAAUACAGCAAUAUAUAAAUACAAAAAUUUUUUUUAAAUUUUUCAAAUAUUGGUUGGUGCAUAGGUUGGGGUGAAAUGAGCCCACACCCCUACAUACAAAGAAAAAAGCACUGUACCUUGCACUCAAACUCCAUGUAUCCAAACCGGGUGCACUCCCAGGGCUCCAAAUAUCCAAAUAGCUGAAUCAAAGGUUGCACUCACGGAUUCUUAAAACAUAGCUUUUAUUGUGUACUCCUAAAAAAAUCGACGUUUCAGUCCUAUUCAAGGACUUUCAUCAGGAUCAUAGAAACAUAACAUAACAAUUCAACCAUAUAUAGGAUGCAGUAAAUUACAAUAACUCACCACAGGUGCCAUAAGACAACCGGCGUCCCGGUCGGGAAUGUGCGCAUGUGCCGAGUAGCCCCCCCCCCCCCGGCGUAACGUGUGACGCCGCCGUUGCUAUAGUGACGCGGCCAGCGUAUACUAUAUUAAAGCCGGCAUCUAAACCGGGACUGUGCAGUGAUGCGGAGAGGUUCCGCCCCCAAUGUGACAUCAUGUGUGCGCCGCCGUCGUUACCAUAGUAACGCGGCUGUGAAUGAGAAAACACAUCGAUAUGGAAACAAGCUUAUCAAAAAAUGAUGAUAACCUAGUUGUGAACAACUAGGCUACUAUGGAACAUUGACAUACCAAAUAUGGUUAAGCCAAGUGUGAAUGUGAUCUAUGUAUAUUAAUAAAGUGCAAAAGGGUCAUUGAAAGUGCAACGAAAAUUAUCUCUUAAAGUGCCAUAUAGGUGCAUAAUAUUUAAAGUGCCACAGUGCAAAUGUAAACAUGUUGUGACCCACUAUAAUUAAUAUGAAUGUUUAUAUUAAAUAACCCCAAUGAUUAGAGAUUAAUGUUAGUAGAUUAAUUAAUCAAAAAAAAAAAAAAAAGUAUAUACAUAUGGUUAUAUAAGGCUUUUUUUUUUUGAUUAAUUAAUCUAGAGCAGCUACUUCGUACACGUCAUUAGAGAUAGCGCGAAGGGAAUCUGGACGCCUAAGAGGACCAGAGAAUCGAUUACAGAGCAGGGGCUUCAAAAGGGAGGUGUGGAAAGUGUUAGGUAUACGCAUGGAAGGAGGCAAGGCUAGAGAGUAGGACACAGGAUUGACCCUACGCAAUACCUUAUAGGGGCCAAGGAACCUGGGCGCGAAUUUCAUUGAGGGGACCCUGAGGCGGAGAUUCUUAGAGGACAACCAAACCCUAUCACCCGGGACAUAAGAGGGAGCAGCACCCCUACGACGAUCAGCAAAUUUCUUCUGAGUAGCAGUCGCACGAGAAAGAGUAGCAUGGACCUGAUCCCACAUCUUCCGUAAGGAGGUGAGGUGCUCGUCCAAAGCGGGUAUUCCCUUGUCGGAGAAUACGCCGGGAAGGACAGAGGGUUGGAACCCAUAAGCAACCAUAAAAGGACUUAAGCCAGUGGAUGAAUGAGUCACAGUGUUCCUGGCGAAUUCAGCCCAAGGAAGGAGGUGAGACCAGUUGUCCUGGUGUGCAUUCGUGAAGCAACGUAAAUAUAACUCCACAGAUUGAUUCGCCCGUUCGGCCGCUCCAUUAGAUUGUGGAUGAUAGGAGGAAGUAAACGACAAGGAAAUCCCCAUCUCAGCACAAAAGCCCCUCCAAAACCGAGAGACAAAUUGAGGGCCCCUGUCAGAUACGAUAUCCUGUGGUAUACCAUGCAAGCGGAAAACCUCUUUGGCAAAUACCUGAGCCAACUGAACCGCAGAAGGUAGUUUCUUAAGUGGAAUAAAGUGUGCCAUUUUAGAGAAUCUAUCAGUCACAGUCAAAAUUACUGUCAUUCCAUCGGAUGAAGGAAGAUCCACAAUAAAGUCCAUGGAUAAGUGGGUCCAUGGUUUCUUGGGUACGGAUAAAGGCAUUAGGAGUCCCGGGGGUUUGACAUUAGGAGACUUACACUGUGCACAAACACGACAAGCCUGUACAUAAUCCACCACGUCUUGCUUAAGUGAAGGCCACCAAAACUGUUGAAGGAGACUCUUGUAUGUUUUGGUAACCCCUGGGUGGCCAGCCGUUUUGGCGGUGUGAAAUAAAGCUAACAGUUUCUUUCUAUCUUUCUCUUUCACGUAUAAUCUACCAACAGGUGUCUCAGAGGGUGCUUGGGUUUGGUAUGCCUUGAUACCAUCAAGGAAAAGAGAUGAAAUAACUAAACGGGUAGCAGCUAUUAUCUUAGACGUGGGUACAAUGGGUUCAGGAGUGGGGGCGAUAGACUCCAAAGGUUCGUAUUGUCGGGAGAUAGCAUCAGCCUUGACAUUACGGUACCCAGGCCUAUAUGUGAUAAUGAACUGAAAACGUGAAAGAAAUAAGGACCAUCUGGCUUGACGAGAGGAUAACCUUUUAGCAGCAGCUAUAUAGGAGAGAUUCUUAUGAUCAGUUAUAACCAGGAUUUUGUGUCUAGCUCCUUCUAAUAAGUAUCUCCACUCUUUUUAAAUGCCAUCACAAUAGCUAAUAGUUCCCUAUUCCCAAUGUCGUAAUUCUUUUCCGCAUCAGACAGUUUCCUUGAAAAGUAACAACAGGGAUGAAGGGGUUCGUUAUAAGAUAAUCUUUGUGAUAAUACAGCUCCUAUACCUGAUUCUGAAGCGUCUACUUCCAUUACAAAGGGAAGGGAAGGGAAGGAUCAGGAUGGUGUAGCACAGGAGCAGUGGCAAAUGCCUUUUUGAGGGUUUCGAAGGCCUUGACGGCUUCAGGAGUCCAAACCCUGGGGUGCAAACUCUUUUUAGUUAGUUUCGUGAUAGGAGAAAUGACCGAUGAAAAGUUUUUAAUAAACCUGCGAUAAUAAUUGGCAAAGCCUAUAAAUCGCUGUAUUGCCUUAAGACCUUGAGGAAGAGGCCAAGACAAUAUGGCUUCUAAUUUAGAAGGAUCCAUACUGAACCCCUGUUCAUAAAUGACGUACCCUAGGAAUUGUACUGAUUUCUGGUCAAAUAAACAUUUCUCCAAUUUACAAUAAAGACCGUUCUGUAGCAAUCUCUUCAGUACCUUCCUCACAUGGUUAUGAUGUGACUCCAAAUCAGGAGAGAAUAUGAGUAUAUCAUCGAGAUAAACCACAGCACAGACAUGCAGUAGAUCUCUAAGGACAUCAUUUCUGAAGUCCUGAAAGACAGCAGGAGCAUUACACAGUCCAAAAGGCAUGACUAGAUACUCGUAAUGCCCACUGCGUGUAUUGAACGCUGUCUUCCAUUCAUCAUUUUCUUUUAUCCGAACCAAGUUGUAAGCCCCCCUGAGGUCUAGUUUAGUAAAAUAUCUAGAACCUUUAACACGGUCAAACAACUCAGUAAUGAGAGGGAUAGGAUAAGCAUUUUUAAUUGUUAUAUUAUUCAGACCCCUAUAAUCUAUACAUGGUCUCAAAUCGCCCUCCUUCUUGGCAACAAAAAAGAAACCAGCACCAGCAGGAGAGGAGGACCUUCUGAUAAAACCUUUACGUAAGGAUUCCUGUAUGUACUCCUCCAUGACCUGGUUUUCUUUCUCAGAAAGCGGGUAGACCUUACCCCUAGGAGGCAUCGUUCCAGGUAACAAAUUUAUGGCACAAUCAUAAUCCCGGUGUGGAGGUAGUUUAUCAGCUUCACUCUUUUCAAAGACCAAUGCGAGGUCUGCAUACACAGGAGGGACAGAAACAGAAAGUGGUUUAGCUGUAGGCAAAUUAAUUAAACAAACGGGAUGUAAACGGGCCAUACAAUCCUGUUGACAAGAUACCCCCCAGGAUAGUAUAUCUAGAGAAUCCCAAUCAAGUACUGGGUUAUGCUUCACUAACCAGGGAAAACCCAGAAUGAUGGAAGCUGUAGGGGAGUCAAUUAUUUGGAAGGCUAUCCUUUCUUUGUGUAAGGCACCCACGACCAUAACCAUUUCUUGGGUUUCAUGGGUUACCAGAGGUUUAUCAAGUGGUCUACCAUCUAUGGCCUCAAUGGCCAAGGGUGUGGCCUUUUGGAUCAGAUUCAUGGCUGCGGUUUUAGCAAAGUUCUCAUCCAUAAAACUGUCUGCAGCACCUGAAUCGAUCAAGGCUUUAGUUGUUAUCGUGGUUUUAUUGACCAAAAGAGAAACCGUUAUAAAUGGUCUAGAGAUGGACAUAUGAGGGGAAAAAACCAUAACACCCGAGGCCGACCCCUCUCUAGGCCUUAGGUGCUGGAGUUUCCCUGCAAACUAGGACAGUUUCUUCGGAGAUGCCCCCUCUUACCACAAUAAAGGCACAAACCCUCCCUUCUGCGGUACAUUCUUUCAGCUUCAGAUAAGCCUACAGCACCUAAUUGCAUGGGUUCGGGAGGUGGUUGAUUAGGGGAAGGUAAUGCUAGCAAUGCAGUACUGGGUAAAGCAGGUAACCCCUGUGUAUUCAACCUCCUUUGACUACGUCUCUCUCUGAUACGGUUGUCAAUUAGAAUGACAUAAUCUAUUAGAUCAUCCAGAAGAACAGGCAUUUCCCUGGAUGCUAUCUCAUCUAAUAUGUAAGCAGCCAAACCCUCCUGAAAAGCUGUUACGAGAGCGUCGUUAUUCCAGACCACUUCAGCUGCCAAAGUACGGAAUUCAAUGGUAUAAUCCGCUACUGAUCUAUUACCCUGUCGAACCCUAAGCAGAGCUUUGCCAGCAGAAGCAACCCGGCCGGGUUGGUCAAACGUACGUUUAAAAGCUGUUAAGAGCCACCCCCUCAUCCAUAACACACUCCGGACAUGGAGGAGACAUAGAGAGGACUGGGGACUAUCCCCCGGUCUGUCCCAGUUUUUCCCUCUGGCCAACAACCCAGACUUCCAAAAUGGUCAGGGAAGCACCACUCUAACUCGGGUCACUGGAGAGGCCUGCCCAGAAGUAGCGACGGUCUUAACAGGAGACGACCCUCCUAAAAUAAAGACCUUCCUCACACCAGGUAACAGAGGAACAUUACUAGACAUUAUGGCCAAAGCCCAGCUAACCCACUUCUUGACCCAAUCGGUCCUCCCGUUGUGGAGGAAAAGGGACAAGACGCUCUUCGAAUCCCUAUGCUCCCAGGCAAUAAAACAAAACGGCCCCUAUCGGCCAUCUACCGCCUCCUCCAAAUGGAAGCAGUGGAUACACCCAGACCCCCAUACCAACGAAAAUGGAUGAGGGAACUCCACAUUCACAUGACGAAUAGUGACUGGGCACACAUCAUGACCUCAGGGAUGAAAUCCCCACUAAGCAUCGCCCGCAAAGAAACAUUUUACAAAAGGGUUACCAGAUGGUAUAGAACACCAGCCCUUCUCCACACCUACUGGCCCACAGUAAGCGACCAGUGCUGGAGGUGCGAGAGAGCAGUGGGCAACAUGGAACACAUAUGGUGGAGCUGCGAGAACAUAGCACCAUUCUGGGACAUGAUACUCACGGACAUUAAGAAACUCCUAUCCAUGAGGGCACACAUAUCCCCCUCCCAAGUACUACUAGGGUGGCCACGGGCACUGAUAGACGCGUAUAAACAGCAACUUCUAAACAUCCUCCUAAGCGAGGCCAAUGCACUUAUACCCAUGCUCUGGCGACAAAUGCAAACGCCCUCUAGAGACCAAUGGGUCCAAAGGGUAGAGUGGACCAGAGAGCUAGAGGAGAUCCACUGGUCGACACAGGGCAAGAGAGCUAAAUAUCUCAAAAUCUGGAAACCCUGGCUCACCUACUGGGAAAGCCCCCCCGCAGGAAACGCGCUCAUAACUAGCCGUAGCGAGAGUACUUGAAUCAGUCUUAUACGGAAAUCAAAAACACCUUACCACAAAGAGCCGGAAAACUCUAGACUCCAGAAUCUAAACUUCUAUACAGGCAGGUAGCGACAGGAUCCCCCACUCCCCAACCACCGCCUCCCCCCGUUCACUUCACCUCCCCCUGCCCCAUCCCCAUCACCACAUUCCGUUAACAUAGGACAGGUUUACGUAUACGAAAAAACUUUGUUUUAAUCAUUUUGUAUAACUCUACAGGAUCCCCACUAUGUUAUAUUUUUGUCAACCCCUUCUCUAUUCUGUACCCCAUGCAAUGAUUUUACGUACUGAAAACACAAUAAAAAUGAUAUUAAACAAAAAAAAUAAAAGCUGUUAAGAAGUCUGAAAAGGACAUUGGGGACGUAUUCUCCCACAUGGGAUUAGCCCAUGCUAGUGCUUUCCCGGACAAAUGGUUAAUCAAAAAAGCAAUUUUGGUUCUGUCAGUGGGGUAGGAACGAGGAUUCAUCACCAAAUGAAUAUCAAUUUGGUUGAGGAAACCACGGCACAAUGCUGGAUCACCACUAUAGCGCUGAGGUGGCGUCAUGUGAACCACGUGAGCAGGAGCGGGUACUGGAUCAGGAAUGGGUUCUGGCACAGCAGCAACAGCUUCUUGGACAGCAGGUUGCAAGUGGGCAGUACGAGCCAGUAUGGUUUGUAAAGCCUGGGCAAACUGAUCCAUACGGUGGUCUAAACCGUCCAUUCUAGCCUCCUGAUUAACUAACAGCUGUGGAAUGUCAGCAGGUUCCAUGGUGGCCCUGUUGUAAUGUCACGAUUCGGGGAACCUAACACGCUGACACACACACACACACAGAAAAGGUGCCGUACCGGACCUUAGAGUGGCCGGGCUAAGCACGCUAAGAAUAGUCAGGAGACAAGCCAGGUAAAGGGAGCCAGAAAACGGGAGAACGAGAAACAAGCCGAGGUCAAAGGAGUGGAGAAGACAGGAUAAUCGGAAUAACGAGCCAAGUAAUCGGUAACCAGAGAGCAAGACGAGAACACUACGCUACAGGUAUCACAAGACCACAACAGGGCACUGAGGGACAGGAAAGGUAAGUAUAAAUACCCUAGGCUUAAUUCUGAUUGGAUAACUUCCAAUCAGAAUUAACAAUCACACGUGGGGGAUAUCUAUACCCCCCACUGUGAUUGUGGUACUGUUUCUUUAACGCCGGGUCACACACGUGACCCCGGCGUUUACUUAACUCCUGGACCUCCCAGCGUGCAGCGUUAUACAUGCUGCCGCUGGGGGGCGUGGAGGACGCUGGCGGCGAGCGGCACAGAGGAGACGCUGCUCGCCGACAGGUAAGCAGAGAGGAGACCGCGGGCGGCGAUGGACUGAGUGCUGCAAGUGGCGUCAUGGGCAGGGUGCAGUACCAGGUAAUAGGGUGAGUUGGUAGGCGUACUGACCCAGGCAAGAUUGAUGCAGCAUUCAUAUGAUGUGGUAGCUCUUUCGGUAUCCCUUGCUCUCCUCUCCCUGUUGUAUCCUUCUUGACACUCCAACUGCUGUCUCUAUAGGCACCCCUUUCUGAUGCAGGCCUGCACAUCCCACCUCUUGUGCUCCGCUGAUCCGGUCUUCUCCGUCGUUUUCACACUCUCCUUGUGCCACGACAAGUUUUAGGCUGCCGGGGAGCAGGAUUAGGUGGGUGAUCCCGCGAGGGUUGUAGGGCAGGUACAGAUUGUCAGAGGGACAGCAUCCCCCAAUAGUCGGCAAGAAGUUUGUCCAGGAUGGAUAGCGUUCUGGACAUCACACCUCCAUAGUCAGGCUUGGGGCCUGCGUCAUCCGCCAUGUUGGAUAUGCCAUGUUGGUUAUCACCGCUGUUUGAGGCAGGAUCGCACAGCCCUGGUGAUGUGAAUGAGCCUUCAGGGUGGAGACCGGGAUCUCCCCCACCGGUCCAAAGGGGCCAUCAAGAUUUGGACGAAGGUCCACCUAAGCUUGGUUGGGAGAGCGGCCGCCUCUCCCCUCCACAGUGCUUGCUAGGCCUCACUCCAGCCCAUUGAGGUCUUAGUCUGGACGGCUGCUACUGACCUUACAAAGCUGGAUUUACACCAGACAUUCAAGCUUUGCAGCCUGACCCAGAAAGAGCGCCGGGAAUACGGGUAAGUGGCUUGAAAUCAAUGAUUUAUGCGGAGCUCUCUGAAAAGGCGUCCAGCCACCAUCACAGUUCAUAGUCAGGCCCCACCCCCUCUUAUAUAAAUAUUUUAUGUGAUAAUUGAAAACCCGAUUUCCCCUGAACAAAAUUAUAUAUAUAUAAGUAUGGGUACAUUUAAUAUGAAAGAGGUAGAUUAGGGUUGAACAAACAUACAGAUCAAAUUCCUUUUGGUUCAGAACUUGUAGAAACUAAAGAACUAUACUUAUUUUUGUUCGAUGUACUCCGGCAUAAUCUCACAUCCUUACAUUUGCCAAUGUUUACGUUUGGUUCAUUCCACUGUCCUAAAUCUCAGUACUUGUGUAUACACAAUUAUCCAGAUUUAAAUUUCCUCAUUGAAAAACAAACAUGGUGAAUCCUCAUGCUGAACUGUUGAAUUUCGGAGUUAUUUAGAGGAAAGCUACGAGCUAAUGUGGUGAUAUCCUUCUCAACGCAUGUUCUUAAGUGUUUCGUUCUUUUAUUUCCAGCACCAUUAAAGUGGACGAUUUCAUAGAACGCCUUUUCAAAAUUCACAAGCAUGUCCAGGAUGAAGGAUUGGCACAGGUAGGUAUUAUUCAGUUUAUAAAUAUAUAUUCAUAAACAAUAUAUUGUGAAAGCCAUAUAGAGUGCAGAACCAUGGUCUCAAAGGCUUGCAAUCUAGGACAUUGUUAUUCAACUGGUGGCCAGUGAAUGGCACCUAGCCAUCAAUUAUUGUAGGGAUAGACCGAUUUGCAAUUCUGAUGAUUUUAUUAGAGGUGAUAUUCUGCAUAUUUACGAUAUUAUCAAUAACUUACUCUGGUCUCUACCAGUUAUCGCACGCCAUCUUCCACAUUGGGAAACUCCAGCUGCCAGCCAAUGAGGCACCACAUUGUAACCUCAUGUCACCCCUCCUUGUGAGUUUCCGCACGUGGAGCUCAGCUGAAGGCAGGGAAAAUUCAGUGAAUGUAGUACUGGGAUGGCUGUCUGAGAGUAAUAGGAGUGUGGUGGCGGUCAGUAAUCACACUUCUAUCAGAAACAGCACCGUACAUGCUGGGGUCUUGGUAAUCCCACCAUGAACCGACUGCCUGAGAGUUAUAGGAGUGUGAUUGCUCUCAGCAUGCUUAGGCCAGAGUUGUGUAAAAAUUUUAACUCUAAAUAUAUACACUAUCAGCACCAGUUAUUGGCAAUCUGCCCGAAAUGCCACUGAUAAUCUGUAUCUGCAUUGGCUCUGAUUUUUUUGUAUUGAGUAAUAGAUUUAAUGGUGUCUGGCUGCAAGCCUUUUCUUUCUAAAUGUUAUUGUAUGGCCUUUCCCAUUCCAAAGCGGAAUAUCACUGUUUAAUGAAGUUAUUACCUACUUAUUUUCCCCGAAAAGAAGACAACCCCCAAAAAUAAACCGUAGCUUAUUUUUGGGGGAUGCUUCUAAUAUAAGCCCUACCCUGAAAAUAAGCCCUAGUCGUUUUCCCCGAACAUAGAUUUGCUGAAUUCCAUUUGGAAGUAAGCUUAUCUACCGUAUGUCCGGGGAAGUUUCCCCGAACAUAGAUUUGUGGUAUUCUAUUAGUGAGUAGGCUAAUCUAUGUUCGGGAAAGUUUCCCUGAACAUAGAUAUGCAGGAUUCCAUGCCCUUGUAAAUUGGUCUCUGUUUGGGGGAAUUCCAUCAUUGUGACUAUCCAUACACUGCUUGUGAAACAAGGACUAUACUAACUUUAUUUUCUUAAAUGGGUAACCUGUAUACAUUGGUACAGUGGUGACCAGUUGCGUUGAACACUUUAAAAGGAUCUGGGCUUCCUUGGUUUUUGCACAACCAAAUGGCUAAUCUGGAGUUGGCAUACAUGUACAUUGCAGAAUGUGUAAUUUAUACAUCUGAAUUUAGUCCAUUUUAUAUAUUUGAAAUCUACACAUAAUACAAUUAAACUUUGUAUUUUUUUAUCUUUGUGCCAGUCUGUCUUUUUAGGUAUCAAUCGCUCAGAUUACAUGUUUGACUUCAGCGAGGAUGGGACAACAUCUCUGAAACAAAUUGAGAUUAACACCAUCGCGGCCAGCUUUGGGGGGCUGUCAUCACGGACACCUGCAGUGCAUCAGUAAGAGACGCAGUAUUGUGAGGAUAUUUAUGGGGUGAUAAAUAUUAAAAAUAAUAUUUUCAUAAAAAUUAUCAAAAACAAAUUUUAUAUUUUUUAUUAAAUCAAAAAUUUAUAUAUUGGCACUGUUCCCUUUAAUUGAUUUAAAGCGAAGAGCUACCCACUAUUUUAACUCUUAUAGACCCUGGAGUACGUUUUAUUAGAGAAUUUGUAUUUCACACAUUAAUCACAAACUAAUUAUAAAAAUAUAAUUUAUUGUGACAAUAAUUAAUAAUAUUUAACAUGCGUAACAAUAGUCAGUGAAUAUUUAGGUAUAACAUAAGUAUACAAUAUGGCAGCAGUUUAACACAGUUUCAUAUAGCAAUAGCAACAUUUCCAUAUAGAUACAAAUUUCAACAGAUUUACAACAGGACACUUCCCUUUGAAAUUAGCUUGACAUUCCUUAAAACAGAACUAAGCAUCUCAGCUUGGAAAUUCCUUUACACACAAUGUUUUGCCUCAUCACCACAGCAGGAAAACUUUAAAGUAAUAAAUAAACAACAACUUCGGCUGACAGUUUAUAUCACAUUGAGUUAACUCACUCACUGCUGGCUACAAUUCUCACAGGAAAAAUACCUUUUUUUUUUUUUGUAGCAAUGUGCAUGUUUGAUUCACAUUUUCUUGACCACAUCCUCAUAAGCAGGUAUUAGCUCAUUUACAAACUUCAUGUCACAAUCAGGCAUGGCAGUCAAUUUGUGUGUACUUUUUCAAAUAAGGCGGUCUGUUUGGUUGUAUUGAGGUGACCCUUUUAUGUGACAAUAACCUCCACCCUAGGCGUGGUGUAGUGGCCCUGCGUGUCCGUGGUGUCCGCUAGGGUAUGCUCUCUUGGCCUGGUGAAGUUAUGGUGGCGUGGUGUAGGCCUGUGAGUGUAGGUUGCACUUGCGAACUGGGAGACUCGGUAAGUCAUGGUAGGGCCUAAUUGAGAUGCCCAGAGUGGUGUCUGUAGGCUGGCUAUUGUGCAACAUGCAGUCAAGGUUGGUUAACCAGUGUUAGAGCCUCUUCUAGCCGUGAAGGUAUUACUCCUUGGUGGCACCCUGGGUCUCGUCUCUGGCGGUUGUUUGUCCAGGGAGCUAUUAGGUGGGCUGUGUGGUAAGGGCUAUGGUGGUGUGGGGCUUCGCGGUUAUAGCUAGGGAUGUGUAUAGUGAUCUGAGGGUCUAUGUUCGGGUGUUAACCCCUUCGCGCCCCAGCAGCUUCUACCCCUUUACACUGGGGAGUUGGAGGGUGGGGGGAGGGAGGGAGGAAGGUGGAAAAAUACCUUUUAUAUUGCAAUGGCAAAUACAAUAAUUCUCAUACCAGAUUAACCAUUCCUUCUCAUCCAAUAACCAAUAAGAAUAAUUCUAACCAGAUUUGACGUUUGCAGAAGAUUCACCUUUCCUGAUUAAAGAUUACUAUGGAAGUAGAAAAAGGACAAAGGGUAUUAGCGCUUUUACAAAGGUAUUAAAUUUAUUUUUUUAAAGAGUACAAUGUCCAAACAGUAUAUGUAAUAAUAGCAGCUGACACCAAGAAGUGCGACUUCUCCACAAACACCAGCAAGAUAUAAAAAAUUCAGAAGUGUAGCGCUACACUUCUGAAUCUUUUAAAGAUUACUAUCCCUAAAUUCAGAUAAGUCAAUAUUUCUGGAUAAUAGACUGUAUGCUAAGCUUGGCAGAUUACCAGUAAAUAUAUUGUCAUUUAUUCCUUGUGCAGUAAGGAACUUAUAACUAUAUAUUUCAUUAGUUAAUUAUGCUUUCAUAAUAGUUGAAAUCUGACCAGCCUUUAUCCAGAUAUAUUUCUGCUUUUAGUAAAACUUAAUUAAUUUAAAUUAAAUAAAACCAGCAUAUUUGCCAGCUUACUUAGUAUAAUUUCUUUUAGGCUUGGAUAUAUAUCCCAGGAAUUGUGAAUGCAAGUAUGGGAGGAGAAUUGUGAAAAAUAGGAAAGUUUUCAGAGUUCUGAUUAAGAAUUUAAAGUUUCAGUUGGAAAAAGACAAAAGAAGUGUUACAUUUUUCAAAGUCUCAAAAUUAAUUGGUUGAGAUACAGAAUGUUAGGCGUGUCCAGCUCCUGCUCCUGAUCUCAGAUCUCAGACCCCCUCUUCAGCUAUCCUCGCUCAAUUUUUUUUUAAAGGAGAAGCUCCCUACCCUUUCCUUACGUCACUAGUUUAAAGUGACCAAUAGAAUAAGGUGGGCGCGUCUUCCCUACAGGCUAUCUUCUAGACUUUGAUCAAUAGAUGGUGUAGUAACACUACAAGAAAUUCUCGUCAGGAAUUCCAACCACUACUUUGUAUAAGGGGUUAACUGAAUUUCGUGAUGCGUUUGACGUCAUUCUAGCUAUCUUUAUGGAUGACCAUCAAAAACCUGUCAUUCGUCAAAUAAUUUUCUUUAGACUGACCUGUCUGGGUUUUGGGUCAUAAAAUUGGAUAUUGACAUGUCUAGCCUUGGUUUCACCUUCUUUAACACAAUGGAAUUUUGCUUUUCUUUUAAUAUUUAAAAAGUAAAGUUAAUUACUUUUAGGCUUAUAUGCUUCUUGUAAUCCUGUGUCUGGUUUCUGUUCAAUGUUUACGCUAGCCGCAUUAAUUUGCACAGGGCUCAGUGUAUAGAGUAAAAAAAAAGUGUCUUUUUGUAUUCUGUUUAUGCUGAUUUACAGUAUACAUUUUUGAUUUCUAUCGUACACAAAAAUGUCUGCCAGUGGAGAUACCCUGACAGUAUAUGUAUAGCUGUAUGGUUACAAUUUAGGGUGUGAACUGUAACAAAUCACAGUACUAAAACAGCUUAAUUCACUUAAAGGGAGCUUUUUGUGGAAAGAUGAUAUGCUCUUAAUUAGGACAGUUAAUUGCAUUUUUCUUUCUUUUAUGUAUAAAUAAAUAAAAUAUAUCCUUUAUAGUAUUAUGUGGACUAUUUUUUUUCAUGAUUUUAUCCCACUGUGAUAUUUCUUAGAGAAUUAUCAGGUCUAUACACUAAACAGGAGAUUGUUUGUUUGUUAUUGACCAGAGAAUUUCAAAAUUUUGGUCUAUAUUAACCCCUUAAGGGCUGAGCCAAAUGUACACGUUGUGAACAAAACAAAACCUGGCAUUUGCGCUACAUGUCUGUCCAACCUUUACCUCUUUUAUAGUAAAUGCACCCACCGUUAUUAUAUAUCAUUUUAUUCAGGGGAAACAGGGGUUUCAUUUAAAAUUAAAUAUUUUGCUAUGAAACAUAAUUUAAUAUGAAAAAAAUGGGAGAAAAAAUAAUAAAUUAUUUUUUUAGUUCUACAUGACAUUUUAACUGUCAAUUUCAUAAUACUGUUUGCUUUUACUGCAAUAAAAUACACAUAUUUGUAUUCAGCGAAGUCUCACGUAUAAAACAGUACCCCCUAUGCACAGGUUUUAUGGUGUUUUGGGAAGUUACAGGGUCAAAUAUAGCACGUUACAUUUGAAAUUGAAAUUCGCCAGAUUGGUUACGUUGCCUUUGAGACUGUUUAGUAGCCCAGGAAUGAAAUUUACACCCAUAAUGGCAUACCAUUUGCAAUAGUAGACAACCCAAGGUAUUGCAAAUGGGGAUGUCCAGUCUUUUUUAGUAGCCAUUUGGUCACAAAUACUGGCCAAAGUUAGCGUUAAUAUUUGUUUGUGUGUGAAAAAUGCAAAUUUUGGCCAGUGUUUUUGACUAAGUGGCUACUAAAAAAGACUGGACAUACACCAUUUGCAAUACCUUGGGUUGUCUACUAUUGCAAAUGGUAUGCCAUCAUAGGGGUAAUUUUCAUUCUUGGGCUACCAUAGGGUCUCAAAAGCAACGUAACCAAUCUGGCGAGUUUUAAUGUGAAAAAAAUGAAACGCAAGCCUUAUAUUUGACGCUGUAACUUUUGAAAACACCAUAAAACCUGUACAUGAGGGGUACUAUUGUAAUCAGGAGACUUCGCUGAACACAAGUGUUUGUGUUUCAAAACAGUAAAAAGUAUCACAGCAAUAAUAUUGUCCGUGUAAAUGCUGUUUGUGUGUGAAAAAUGCACUUUUACUGGCGAUAUCAUCGUUGUAAUACAUUUUACUAAUAUUUGUGUUCAGCGAAGUCUCCCAAGUAAAACAGUACCCACCAUGUACAGGUUUUAUGGUGUCUUGAUAAGUUAUAGAGUUAAAUAUAGUGCUAGCAAAUAAAAUAUCCUAUACUUUUGGCAUGGGUUGUCAGGCAGGUCCCACUAAUUGUAAUUCAUUAAAAUACCUAAUUAUGUAAAAAUAUUACAUAAAUAUAGAUGUAGAAUUAUAUAUAUAUAUACGGAUGUGUGUAUAUAUAUCUAAUUUUUUUUAAAUAUUUUUAUUUAUAUAUAGGUAUGUAUAUAGUGAUAUAUACGUAUAUAUUUAUAUAUAAAACACAAGAUCCAGCGCACUCACCCGCACUCAGUAAGUGGUUAAUCUCAUAAGAGCAGACAUUAGGCUGUUAGUGUAGGACCUGCCAAAGAUGGGGUACAUUGACGUUGUGGCAGGCUUAUGCAAUGUAUGAUCAUAUAAUGUAACUAAACCCCCAUUAUUUUUGCCUAGAUUAGGUGUUUUUAAAAAAACUAAUAAAAUCUUUCAACAUUGAAGUUGCUGUUUAGUGGAUAGGUGAGUGCGCUGGAUCUUGUGUUUUGUAUUAUUUGGCCCCCAGCAGCACCCCCAUUUAUGCAUGUUCAGGUGAGUGCAGCCAACCCCCCCUUGUUUCAUAUGUAUAUAUUUGGGAGUCUAGCCAACUCCUUGGUUUUGCACCCCUCCCUGUCACAGGUGCCUCAUCCCAGGGCCCUAUUUAGCCUUGUACUGCAGAGAGCCCCAGAUGGAAUUUUUUCCUCAAGUAAGUGGUUAAUCUCAUAAGAGCAGACAUUAGGCUGUUAGUGUAGGACCUGCCAAAGAUGGGGUACAUUGACGUUGUGGCAGGCUUAUGCAAUGUAUGAUCAUAUAAUGUAACUAAACCCCCAUUAUUUUUGCCUAGAUUAGGUGUUUUUAAAAAAACAAAUAAAAUCUUUCAACAUUGAAGUUGCUGUUUAGUGGAUAGGUGAGUGCGCUGGAUCUUGUGUUUUGUAUUAUUUGGCCCCCAGCAGCACCCCCAUUUAUGCAUGUUCAGGUGAGUGCAGCCAACCCCCCCUUGUUUCAUAUGUAUAUAUUUAUAUAUAUAUAUAUUAUUUCGUUCUACGUGUAUUUUGAUAUAAAUAUAUAUUAAUAUCACAAUACAGUUAGAACGAAAUAACACACAUCUAUAUAUUUUUUAAUUAUUUAUUUUUAAUUAUUUUUACAAUUUUAUUUUUUAACGUAUUUACAUAUUUUUUUAUAUUAUAUAUAAAUAUAUAACUAUAUAUAUAUAUAUAUAUAUAUAUAUAUUUAAUCAGUAUCAGUCUACGUGUAAUUUGAUAUUAAUAUAUAUAUAUAUUAAUAGUAAAAUACACCUAGACAGUGUAUGAGUGUGUGUGUGUAUAGAUAUAUAUAUUUUUACACUGAUUUUAACUAUUGUUUAUUUGAAUUCAGCCAGCAGGGGGAAUAACUGUCAUUACAGGCAGUCCCCCUGCUGGCAAUGCAGCAGCCAGCUAACCCGGCCAUGUGAUUGUGAGGUCCUCGCUAGGACCUCACUCUCACAUGGCCGGGGGGGGACGGAGGAGGCAGGAUCCGCCGCGGGGGACUCCCUGGAAGCCCACGCGAGUCUCCCCAACCGUGAUCACCGGGUAAGUAAGAAAAAACGGAGGGAGUACUAUUAGGCCCUGCGGUGUUUAGAGCCGCUUAGAAUAGGGCGUAAUAGUACGCACUCCGGUUUUAAGGGGUUAAUGUCACAAUCUCUUACCUCUCUCCAUCGCGCCCAUGUGGUGCGGCACCCGACGCUGACUCCUCUCACAGCUCGAUCCGCAUGUCCUAUGCCAGACGCUGUAAUCAUGACCCUUUUGAUGAUGCGACUCAUAUGCGCCAACGUCAUAACGUCGAUGACGCAGUCCCGCGUCAUCUGUACUGGCCCAGAACGUUUUGGCGGCGUGGCGUUAAAGCAAAAGACGCUCCCUUAUAAAAAGGGUGCCUUUUGCUUUGUUCUUUGCCCUAUUGGUUCCUUGUUUGCCCUAUAGUGCUACUUGAUAUUAUCUGUGAUUUCUUGGUUUAUUGUGACUUGACUCGGCUUGGCUUUUGACUCUUCUGUUCUCUGUUUUCCUGGCUUGGUUUGUAUCUUGACUUUUCUCCUUUCUGGUAUCCUGACCGGGUUAUUCCUGUAUCGCUCUACUGAUCUCUGGUAUCCUGACCUUUGGCCGUUCCCUGACUACUCUUUUCUGCCUACGUUAAACCUGGUCAUUUUAAGGUUCGGUAAUACGUUCUUGGAUUUUCUGUGGGUUUACAUACUUUGAUGUGCGGUUUGAAGAAAUGGACCAAUUUGCCUUCGCUCUGCAGACUUUGCUAGCUUGUACGGCACAUCUGCAUACAGAAGCAGAAGCUACUUCUAACAUGGAGGUAGCUAUGGUUGGAACGCCUACCCAUAUGAGGUCCCCUUUACGUUAUGGCGGUGAUCCUAGCGCAGGUGAAGAUUUUUAAACCAGAUCAGCAAACAUUUCGAAUUGCAACCCAGAGCGUAUCCUACUGACAGGGCUAAAGUGGGUUUUAUGAUCAACCUACUCGUUGAUAGGGCAUUGGUAUGGACAAACCCUUUAUGGGAAAAUAACAACCCCUUGGUGUACAGCUAUGCUAAGUUUGUAGCUGCAUUCAGACGAACCUGUGAUGCCACAGGAAGAAAAAUGAAUGCCGCUAAAACUCUUCUUAGGAUGAAACAAGGGUGUCGCACUUAUGCUGCAGAAGUGCAAAGGAACAACCAGACAUUCGUAGAUGUCUUUAUGAAUGGUCUCUGAAUAGCUAAGAAGUUGCCAGGUGAUCUAGAGGAGCUUCUAACGUAUCUGUCUUGUAUAUAGACGAUCGUCUCAGGCAUAGACAUAAUACCCGAGAUAGACCAAGAAGAAAUCCAGUAUGCAUGGCCUUGACAUUUCCAGCAUCAGAAACAACCACUGUUGCUAUUCCUGAACCCAUGCGGUUGGGGCUCACUAGAUGAUUAUACAACGGUGAAAAAUCAUAUAGGAGUCUUUGUUUGUAUUGUGGAAAGAAGGGUAAUUUAUGUUCGACUUAUCCCAAUAGGCCCGAAAACUCCCGCCCUAAGCCAGGCCUAGAGUGUUUUACACAUGUCUUCCUUUGAACCUAGAAAAGAUCUUUGGCUUCUACUCCCUAUAACCUUAAAGUAGGAGAGUAAAACUGUCCACACGCAUGCCCUUAUCGAUUCUGGGGCUACAGAGAAUUUUGUCGAUGCCUUUUUUGUAAAAACAUAUUCUCUCCCUCUAAGAUUAUGAUCCACACCCUUGACUAUAGAGGCCACAGAUGGUAGACAACUUAGUGAUCCUAUUCUCACAAAAUAAACCAUACCCUUUUUAAUGCUAGUAGGAUUAUUGCAUCAAGAAAUGAUAAUCCUACAACAGAUAUCCUCUCCAUCCUUCCCUAUCGUUUUAGGAUUUCAUAUGGCUUGUUAAACACAAUCCUAUAAUAGAUUGGGGGAAAAAAGAAAGCGUUGGACGGAUUUACGUAUGGAGGGAUGUGUUUUUAAAGUUAAACCAGUGUGCCUCAUAAACAUUCCUACUGUAACCGACUGGAUGGCUCCGUUGAUGGAGGCACCUAGCGCUUCCUGAGGGCUUCAAGAGCUCCAGCAGACACCAUAACCACCGUAAGGCAGGAACGAGCUCUUACAAGAGCUUAGUAGUGAUUUAGCAAGGGAGUUUGACAAGCAUAGAAAUCCAUUGUAGCAGAUUCCCCCAAUAAGAGACGGCACUCCAAACUGAGGGUGAAGUAGAACUGAAGCUUUUAAUCAAACACUCUGCUUUUAUGCCCAUUUUACAAACAUAGUACCGCCCACAGGGUUUUGCAGAACAGCCAAUCAAUACGUACAAUACCCACAGACACUCCCACAUAAAAUCCUCCCCUCUGCCUGUGAUAUAAUUACUGAACACAAUGGGUUAAUGUAAUUAUCACAGGCUGAGAAAUACAGUUUUUACACAUGUACUAUAACUUUAAAACUAUACAUUCAAUCUUCAUACACAACAUAUUAUUAUUCAGCACACUUUAAUUAUAAACAUAGUCCAAAUUCAGCCAAUUCCAUCCAGGGGUUAAAAAGUUAGCUGGAAGUCCUUUUAUGACCGACCGCAAGCACAUUUUCAUGCCCAAACAGUUCCAGAGAAUCAGGCUGUGCGGCCGGUCUAUUUCCCAUGUUAAAGUCAGUUCAAACAGACAAACAACAACCAUUCGAAUUGUCGAAUGAACUGUCGAAUGCAUUAGUUCCAGGGAAGGUAAAACUUCAGCGGUGUUCGUGCCGUUCUGUAGCCGAUUUUAGUUCCAUGAGUUUUACGACACACACCGCUGACUGCAUUCGAAUGAAUCAAAAUGGCCGCCGCCACGUGUUCGGUUUUCUAAUGGCCGCCACUUCGACUACUUCGGCUGCAUCCGAAGUGCCAUGCCAAAACCGCAAGUCCUUUCCCAAAGUACUUAAAGGGCCAGAAACAGCACAAUAAAAUACAAUAUGCCCAAAUACUGUAUUUAAAGGGCCAGAUCUUCCAGCGACCAUAAUCACAUGGCAAGAGCCUGGCAAUCAGUCUUCUCCAAUGCCCAGUGGCGAGGUCGGUUUCGCCACACCUACUAUGGAACCUUUAUCCACUGAGAUACCAGAACCUUAUAAAGAGAUAAAGGCUGUGUUUGAAAAGAAAGAUGCCGAUAAACUACCCCCACAUCGCCCUUACAAUUGCGCAAUCAAUUUACUCCCUGGGACUAUGCCACCCAAGAUUACUGUUUAUCCCUUAUAAUAAAAGGAAAAUGUAGUACUAGAGGAGUAUAUUAAGGAGAAUUUAAGGAAAGGAAUUAUAACCAAACCUUCCUCUCCAGUGUUUUUUUGUGUGUUUGUUUCUUAGAAAAAAUGGGACCUUAGACCCUGUAUUGACUUUCGAAGACUCCACAAAAUAAUCAUACAUAAUGCAUAACCUAUUCCAUUGAUAUCGGAGUUGUUCGAUAGGUUAAAGGGGACAUUUAUUUUUAUUAAGCUUGAUCUGCGAGAGGUUUACAAUCAGAGGAGGGAUGAGUGGAAAACAACGUUUAACACAUGAUAUGGGCAUUAUGAAUACUCCGUCAUGCCAUUCGGUUUAUGUAAUGCCCCAGCUGUUUUCCAAGAUUUCAUAAACAAUGUAUUAAGGGACUAUUGUUUUGGUGCUUAAUGUAUCCUUUUCAGUCUGUCUCUAGUGGCUGUCUUCCUGACAACCAUUAGAGGCGCUCCUGUGACACAGAAUCCCUGAGGAAAGCAUUGAUUCAUAUGACCAAAUCAUUGUGCUCAUCGCACAAACCUCUUUGUGGUACUUGCUCCCACUUUCUAGAACAUACAUUUGGUUCAUAUUGUGAUGACUGUGUCUUGCCAAGUUUCUUUGAGUUAUGAGGCUUGGUGUGGAACAGGUGCUCUAGGAUGCUUCAGAAGUCAUUGUCUGCAAUUUCAAACAAUGUAUGGGGUAUAUUUACAAUGUACAAGGUGUAAGUUCAUUGUUAAUGACCCGGACCUUUGCAUCUAAGGUGUGACUUGGCAAAAACAAGUUUAACUCAUUACACUGAAGUUUUACCGAGAUGCUUGUCCAAAUUGUCAUCAUGAGUUGGGGAGGGAUGCCCAGCAGACCUCGAUUAAAAAGGCAAACCGCUCAAAAAUGGGUGGGGGUUUGGGGAGGAGGGAAACUUACAUAUGCUCACCCCAUAUGUAUUGUUAUUUGAACCACACCUGUGGCUGGCUCCAACCCUAUUAUUAAAUCCCUCUCCGGUUAUCAUCUGAGAAGCAUGAACUGCGUUUGGUACUGGUCAUUCUCACAUUAGUGAAUAACCCAUCUGUAAGCAAACAAAAAUACAAAAAAAAUAAAGAUCAAUGACUCAAAAAAGUAGUUUGGGAAAAAAGUUAUAUACACUAGUGAAAGACUUUAAAGGACAUCCUUUAGUUUCACAAAAUUUGCACCCCUAUUAAUACAUUAUUUAUUUAAAGGGAUACUAUAGUGCCAGGAAUACAAAACCUUGCACCCUCUCCCUGCCGCGGUGGAUCUCCGUGAUCUUUCUGCACAGGUCGCUCAUGCGCCCAGUAGUGAUGCCGAUGCCAGGUUAACGUCAUAUCCUGGCUGUCGGCUUAUUGCAGGACGCGCGAGGGAGCUGUGCAGGAAAACAGUAUGUAAAGGGCUUCUUGCCUCCCUUGGUGCCUGGCAGUCCAAAUGGCAACCAGGCCACAUUACUAGCGGUUAUGGGGGUGGGCUGGACAUGCCUGCCUUAAGGGACAGCCCUUAAUUAAAGUGUUGGACCAACUUCUGCCAUUACUUUAUUACACAACAAAUUCCAUAAAAAUUAAGAAACACUUUAGUAAUAAAAAGAUACCAUCCGGAUAAAAGGACCUAUAGAUGUCAAACUUCAGGUGGGACGUUAGUCCACUUCUGAGGUGUAAGAUUUUACAGGAAGUGAUGGAAGUUCUCUAGGGUGAAGACCACAUAGUCAAAGGGUCAUGUUGGAGUUCCUGCAUACUGCCACUCCAGAGGUACUCUUGGUGGAGAUGCGCGGGAUUUUGAUGGUAGCAUCGACAAUGGCAUUAGAUUACAUUCCACAAGUUGCUACAACAGGAGGAAAUUGUGUGAAGGGCUUCGUUGCACCAAAUGAGCAAUUUAGUAUGGUAUCCCCAGCGGUAGGGUUUCUUGUUGUUGCAAAGUGUCUUAGUGAUAAUAAUAAAUUUGCGCCUGACAAAUCUGCAUUUAGAGAAAUCUCUUGAUAUGGGGCUGGAAAGGCCUGUAGUUUAUUCGCCGUUGACAUCAGCAAUUGUUUGGUACCAAAGUACUGCUUCAUUAUACUAAAUUAGUUUUAGUGCCUAUAGUAUUCCUAAUACAAUAACCUUACCCAGUGGUUAUACAUUAUUAAAUUAGCAUUGCCUAUAUUAAUAACAGAAACAUUGUAAUUAAGGGUUAUUAACCCGUUAAGGACACAUGACAUGUGUGACAUGUCAUGAUUCCCUUUUAUUCCAGAAGUUUGGUCCUUAAGGGGUUAAGUAAGCAUCCAAUUAAAUGACAAAUUCAACCUUAAUCUAUACCUACUUGAUAGCUGCUCUUAUGAAAUGAGGAAACCACCAUCCGCCCUUAUAUAAUGCAAAAUAUGAAGGACAUAAUUCUAAACUUUCGUAAUAAUUAAUGAAAUAAUAAUUACAAUGGUCAUCAUACCCAAUAGUUAUACAUCAAUAAAUUAACAUUGCCUACAAUAAUAACAGAAGCAUUACUUAAUUGCACUAAUUAAUGCAAAAUAUAAAGGAAAGAAUUAUAAACAUAGUUCUCAAAGAGAAUAUUUUCAUAUUUACAAAGAAAACUAUUAAUAGGUCUAUUCCUAGUCGCAUAUUAUGGCUUGAAAAAGUUGUUUAGAAUCUAGGAGCCAGCUAAAAAAGUUAGAAGUCUGUUUAAAAAAAAAAAAAAGUUUUAAAAGGGACACUAUAGUCACCGGAACCACUACAGCUUAAUGUAGUUGUUCUGGUGUCUAUAACCUGUUCCUGCAGGCUUUUCAAGGUAAAUCGAAAAGGCAGUGUUUGCAUUGCUGCCAAGUAACACCUCUAGUGACAGUCACUCAGACGGCCACCUGAGAGAGUCCUGGGUCAGUGCUGCACAUUGUACAGCACCUACUUUCACAGUCUCCACGCUCUGCAUGGAGGCACUAAAUAUUCUAGAUAGAGAUGUGUUGAUUCAAUGCAUCUCUACAAGCAGAUGCUUAUUGGCCCAGCUUGGUGUUUUGCUGCGCAAAUGCACAAUAUCCUCCCAAUGCUUUCCUACGGGAAAGCAUUGGUUUAGCUGAGAUCAUAAAGAUUGAUGGUCAAGGUAGACCUCUUAGGCCAACUGAACAAACCCCGAGGCCAAUACAUACGUCCCGCUAGAAAAAUAGAGGCACAGAAGGUGUUUGGGUAGAACUGUUGGAGGGUUACUGUCGCUUGGGGGAGGGAUGCAGGGAAAGACUCUCUGGAUGGAGGCGGGGAUGGUGGUAUCCCCGCCCUUUAUUGGAGACCCACUGAUUGGCACUGCUCCACAACGUAUGAACAAUGCGACUGGAAUUGGUUACAGUUAAUGUUCUUGUUAUUAUGUGUUUUGUAUAACAUCUAAGAAGCUUUGAUGGACAUGUUUGUUUUAGUUUAAGUCCACCUAGCCUCCCUACUUUUGGGGCCUGCUCUAAUCAUCUUCCUGUCGUUCCUCUCUUCUCCCCUGUGCGCUCUCUGCAGUGGUGCCGGGGCCGGAGUGAAGUCACAUUCCGUCUCUCGGCAUCACUAAACAAUGCGCGAGGGAUCAGAGAGGAAUGGCCGAGCAGCCGCCUUAGCUAAAGAGCUUAAGUUGCCAGUUUCUUGUCGCUAUGGCCAUUCUGGCGUCUGGGAUUUGUCAAGCCCUGUCACAUAUUAUCUAGAGAGGUUUAAAUCCCCAUACCCAAGCAAGCAUAUCCAAAGCAUAAUAUUUGUUGCUUUAAAUGGGAACUGUCACUUCUUUGAAUUUUUAAAGGAACACUAUAGUAACCUAAAUUACUUUAGCUAAAUAAAGCAGUUUUAGUGUAUAGAUCAUUCCCCUGCAAUUUCACUGCUCAAUUCACUGUCAUUUAGGAGUUAAAUCACUUUGUUUCUGUUUAUGCAGCCCUAGCCACACCUCCCCUGGCUAUGAUUGACAGAGCCUGCAUGAAAAAAAAACUGGUUUCACUUUCAAACAGAUGUAAUUUACCUUAAAUAAUUGUAUCUCAAUCUCUAAAUUGAACUUGAAUCACAUACAGGAGGCUCUUGCAGGGUCUAGCAAGCUAUUAACAUAGCAGGGGAUAAGAAAAUCUUAAUUAAACAGAACUUGCAAUAAAGAAAGCCUAAAUAGGGCUCUCUUUACAGGAAGUGUUUAUGGAAGGCUGUGCAAGUCACAUGCAGGGAGGUGUGACUAGGGUUCAUAAACAAAGGGAUUUAACUCCUGAAUGGCAGAGGAUUGAGCAGUGAGGCUGCAGGGGCAUUUUCUAUACACCAAAAGUUCAUGAAGCUAAAGUUGUUUAAUAUUAUGUUUAACUUAUAGGGUGCUUAUUGAAUGUUUUAUUCAAUGUUAUCCUAUCGUAUUUAUUUAACAGUUCUUGCAUAGCGCUGUUAUCCAGUGCGCUUUAAAAUGUAUGCAAAAAGAACAUUGGUAGGAGGACAGGGCCUGACUGGCAGGCUGAGUGGACACAUGCAGGGCGAGCUCCUGACUAAAGCCUGCAUCCUAAGCCUUUUUCUGCAUGGCAACUCACCUGUAUCACCGCAAAACCAGCCUGACUGGGGACUCGAAUGGUACCAGCUUUGGCACUGUCCCGACCCAGAACACCUGUCCUCAACUUCUUGCGGCCCAAAAGCCUGACUGGCAUCAGAGGGACAGAUGCUCUCCAGACGCCACAUUUUGUAACCCAUAGCUGCCCCCCUCAUCCAGAUUCCAGGAGCAUACACACCGCUUCAAGCUGCUGCACGCCGAGACACCAAAUGGCUCUCAAAAUGGCGGCGCUCACAGACGGAGUUCGUCCAGUCGAGGCCUACUUUACAACAACUAUGAGCAAACUGGACAGCAUAUUUUCCAAAUUCUGGGUGAAACUUGAAGUUAGGCAACAGCAUGCUCAGCUGAAACACUCACAGACCUCAGAGGCUCCAACUCCACAAACGCGCACACGAGCCCAUCUCGCCCUCCAGAAUCCAAAGAAAGCUAAUUAAGCUGAGAAUCCCACUUCCUGCACGGCGGAUGCCAAGGAAGCACGGCUCAACACCGCACCCAGGGCCCAAGAACCCGAAAGCAAAACCCGCAGCCAAUCAGGGCUAGUCAGCAUGUGGAGACUGGGAACUUUGAAUCGUUUAUCCCCUCAAAAUGGCGCAUGUUGCACCGGAGAUCCAUGGAGACACAAGCGCACAAGCCCUCCAUCGGGACGCUCACGCAAUACCUGCCUUCCUGCGGGGGAUAUAUAACCGACUAUCCAGCUUCCUUGUAAAUCGGAAUCGAAUAAAGGGGCACGAAACUCACAGAGGCAAUCCCGCCAGCAUAAGUCUGGUUUGCUCACCAAGCGGUGGACUCCUGUAUUUUAUAUCAUCUUUGUUUACUAGUGAUGAAGCCAGUUCUUUUUAUUUUUGCCUAGCGUAGCAUGUUUAAAACUAAUAGCUUGGAUCAGAUCCACUGUAUCAACCACAUAAGCAUGUGCAGUCAGGUACUAAGACAGAUAUGCUCAGUUCAGUAUCGUAAUGCAAUGUCCUAGCCUGACCUCUAUUCCUCCUUUGACUAAAAAUAUGAUGCCAAGCUAAAGUUUCCCUUUGUUUUUCUUUCUUUUAUUCUGAAGCUUAAGCUAUGCUCCUAUUUACUUGUCUACAUAAAACAAAACAUUACAAUGAUUUAAAUGCCAUGUGAGUAUAUGUGAAUAAAAAACCUGGAUGCACCAGUUGUCGUGCCAGUGCAAAUCCAUAUGUUCAAUAUCUGCAUGAACAAAAUAAAGAAUAAAAAAAAACAUUGGUAAUAUAGUAGCUUUGGUAAAAGAAAGGGAGAUAUGGUACUUCAGAGAAGUGACUGUUUCCUUUUAAAGUGACAGUCUGUGCAAUUUUUUUUAUCUUUUGUAGAAGUUGGAACCAGAGUUGGGAUUUGAAAUGUCCAUCUCUAGUUAGUGCCUGGUUAGUGGCUGUUGUAUCUUUGUAUUUCAUACAUGACUAAUCUGGACUGCCAUUGGUUGGUAUGUCUGACCCAUAUACAGAUUUUUGGGUAUGGAAAUGUAAGCUUCAAGAUAGUGGUGGUGGUCAUGAGACCGUUUUAAUUUAUUGACAUCCACCUACUCUCUAGGGUAACAGUAGUUGUUUUAUUAAGUGUUUGAGUAUAUGAGUGUAUCAUACAUCCAUCUGAUGGUGGUAGACAGGCUGUUCCACUGGAAAGGAGCCACUCAUGAGAAGUCCUGCAGGCGCAAAUUAGCGGAGAGACCAAGAAGCGGCAUAACUACUGUAGUGGACCACAGGUAACCCGACUGGUUACCUCCGCAAAUUCCUUCCCUCAACCACUCUGGAACCACUUAAAGUAUAAAGACACCCAUUCCCCCAGUAACUGGACAACACACAGCUCUGGGAAUACACCCUGAAAUGCUUUAUUGGUACAGCCAAUUUAUGCACAGAUCCCACAGGGGGUCUCCAUUCUAUUCAGCACAAGCCCCUCAGUCUCAGGCUUGAGGGGGAUGGUUUACAGAUGGCCAUCUCCCACUCUUGGAGAUACAAACAGUAAAACUAUUGCAUACAGUAAUACACAUAACAUACACUUGUGGAAACUCAGGGUGCCCCGCUCCCCAGGAAGGGAAGUGGGCACACACAUAAAACAUACAUCACCGGAUAGCUCCUGGUCCCAGCUAGAGAUGUCGCGAACCGUUCGCGAACUUCCCGCGAACGGCUCGCCGCGAACCGUUCGCGGCGAGCUCCGGUCAGCUGACACAUCCCGGCCAAUCUCCAGCAGACCCUCCCUCCCAGACCUUCCCACCUCCUGGACAGCAUCCAUGUUGAAGGCAGCUUGUUGGCAAAUUGUUAUGUAAAGUCUGGGCUUGGGGCUCUGUACAUACCCGAAAACAGUUCCAUGGAAUCACUUGGUUUAAGCCGGUAGAUUUAAACUUUGCACUUAAACCAUGCGGCGACCAAUCAGGAGAAAGGGAGUGAAACUAACUUGCACCAAACGGUGCUCGGGGAGGUGUUUCGCCAGCCAAUCGGGAAGGAGGGCACAAUACCAGUUUGAAUGGUAGCCCUUUUCCUAUUGGCUGGCACGGACUUCCAGGCGACCAGCGGGACUAUGUGGCUGUGCCAACUCAUAGUUCCAGGGAGUCUGCUAGGGCUCGCACCUCUCUCAGGUAGAUAUCUUCACUUAGGUAGCACAACAGAGAAUGCGCUUUGGACUCGUAGCUCCUGGGUAGUAAACCCCUGAAGUAAUAGUUUGCCUCGCUGACAGUCCGGCUGCAGGCAGGAGGCCCUUUGAUCUCCUCAGAAAAACAGUGCUUAUAGCUUAGGAGCAGGUAGGGCGAUCCCCAGCAUGAGGACCGGAAAACAGUAGCAGGCAAGCAAGUUGGUACAUGUGGGCAUGGUACUCCGUGACGGCGUUUGGUCACACCUACCACUCGGUGAAGAAAUGUAAGAGGGGCUAGAGUUGCUUAGAGCUUCAUAGGUAAGGGUUAGUAUUUUGAAGUGACACCUGUAGGACACAAGAAGCCAAUGUAAGGAUCAACAGAGGGGAGGUGUGAGAAGGGCAACAGGAGAGAAAGAUCAGUAUAAAAAACCUAUGAGCCGCAGCAACAAAAUAAAUGACAGAGAUGUAUUCCACCGAGUGGAACUGGCAACGUUUCGACCCAACCUCAGGGUCUUUAUCAAGCCUCAGGCAUUUGCCGGUUCCACACAGUUGGAAUAAAUCUCUUUGUCAUUUACAUUGGUGUUGCAGAUCCUUAUUGUUUUUGAAGUAAUUGGAAGAAAAACUUGGAGAUUUGCACCCGAAUUUCAAUUGGCAUGCUGGCCCUCCCUAUCUGCUUUGUAGGAGAGAAAGAUCAGCCUUCAUUAUAGACUCUAGCGAGGCAGUACAGCUUCUGGGGAGACUGAUUAGGAGAGAAUUACAGUAAUCAAUGCAAGAAAUUACUAUAGCAUGGACAGCUACUUUCCCACCUUGUUUGUUUGCUGUCCCACUUGAUGCCUUUCUUAUUGUACCCAGUGCUCCUCAAUGCACACCUAAGAGUCCAGGAUUUGUGGAUUACCCAGGUGUUUUUUUUUUUGUUUGUUUGUUUGUUUGUUUGUUUUUUAAACACCUUUGACACACCUGGGUAAUCCCUAAAUCCUGGACUGGUAGAUGUUCCUUCAGGAGAGGGUUAAGGAGCACUGCUGGAGACUGUAAGCUCAUCUGAGCAGUGUCCUCAUCAACCUCAUGUAACAUCAUGUAACAUUUUGUAAUUGUUUCAUUUAUUGAUACAUUUACCUCUGUAUUUACCUCUGUAUAAAUCCCAAUAAGAAGAAUAAUCCCAACAUAGCGCCACAAUUUUGAAAUAUACAGUGAUAAAUACAGUAUGUAUUAUAGAGUAGAUAAACAAAUAUAUAGUUAAAAGUCCAAGAGAUAAUGUAGAGAUGCACUUAUCAGAAGUGUUUUUCUACCAAGUGACUGUGUAAUUCCUCAAUGGGCGUAGCAGAGUGGGUUCAGCAGUGGAGUCUGUAUGAAACAACAGAAAGGAAUAAUAGGGUAGUAUGUUCUUAGGGGAUAAUAAAAGGAAGACUAUAUAGUCCUACUCACAUUUUUUUGGAGCUGUAACUAGCUCCAGUAUGAAUGGCAUACAGUGGUACAAUCCCCACUGGAAUAUUGAAAAAGUAUGUUUUGUAAAAAUUUAAAGAAAAUUAAAAAGGUCAAAAUCAACAUUUAAAUUUAAUCCAUUUGGGGCAAGGGUUUUUAAAAGUUAGAACAAACAAAAGAAUGGAGUGGGAAAACCAUUCACAGGCAGUGGAUGGAACCCACUCGCAUUCAAAAAUACCACCUUGAAUUAAAAGUUACAUAAACAUGGGAUAUACCUUUUAUUGAGCCGACAAACAAAGAAAAAUGAUAAAUUAUAAAUCAAAGAAAAAUAAUAGUAAACUAACACAUCUACACACCCAAAACCGUGUCUAAAAGGUGAUAAGGUGAACAACUCUAACCCAUUAAAAACCUGGGUGGGUGGUCCUGAGUAUCACAUACAGGUAUAUAGGGUCCAAAGUGGCUAGCAGUAGAAGAUCCUAGAUGGGAUCAUAUUAAAGUGCUAAGAGCUUCCCUAUAUAAGUGGUAAUAUGUAUAAAUAUAUCUGAAUCUUGACAAUCCAAUAUUGGGUUACAAUAUAAGUAUACUACCCGUGGAUGUAUAGCAAGUAGAAAUAUGUAUAUAUGGAAUAUUGAGUGCCUUGUGAGUAAAUUAGGAGGAGUAGAAGUGGUUUUAGAGACAAUGCCAAAAAGAGUCCCAAUCACUUAGAGUCCCCCAAAGCACAGUGAACUCACAGGGCAACCUCUAGAGUAUUAUUGGUCCACGUAGAUCUCCCAGAAUGAUUGGGGGAGAUCAAAAGUAACAGAUAAGUAUAAUACUUGUGUUAAUCAACUGGUAUCCUCAAAAGGAUCCCUGGUAGUGACUGAGGAGAGAUAGCGAAGACAGGCAAAGGGUCCCAUCUAACUUAACCCAUAGAGAUCUGCUUCUAAUGGAUCUACCCCCUAUCCUCACAGACAGAAAAAUAGGAAGGCUCGACCGAUAGAGCAGUCAGUGACCAUCAGAGUCUAGAACUGCUCUAAGCCAAUAACCUCCCAAUCUGGAACUAAAGGAGCUGAUAGAGACGAUGUCGGGGUAUAUAUCACACUGUGAGUGAUGACGCAGCCAUGUGGCACUAACAAGAAAACGUUCUGGUAGACUCCUAAGCUAUCUAUCUAGCCCGAAGGCAUGGCAGGAAUCCCUCACUGCUGCUUCGAGGCAGCCUGGUCUAAUCCCAGAGUAUCCCAAUAUAGCUAAUAAAUAUAUUAAAUCCACAUAACAGAUAUAGCAGGAACCUAGGUGAUUAAAAUAACAAAUAAAGAAAAAACUAUCACAAAGGAUGCAUCGGCACACGAUAGCUCAGAGCUAUUAUCGUAGGGUUAAGUCCCUGAAUACCCCCUGCAACCUUUUUUUUUUGGGAGGUAUCGGUGCUAUUUUUUUAUCCAACACCAUUCCUUCCUUAUCGUUUUUAAAAGUUAGACCCAAUACAUUUUUUUUGACCUAUGAUCUUUUUAAAAUUCUUUAUUUUUUUAAAGUAGAAUCAACAUUCUAACUGCGUUCAAGAAUUGAAUAUGUAGGUGAAACUUUUUCUUUUUUAGUAGAUAUGCUAAGUGAUAUACAGGUGGUUGUCUGUUGUCACAUGUGAGUUCAGAUCCGACUAUGGCAGGAUACAUGCUGGACACACAAGUGGCAUCUGGUGGCUUAACGUUGCUAACAGGCACAUUUGUAAUAAGUGUUGCGGUAUCAGAGUUUGCCUAACUAAGUGUGCUAAUGUAGCUCAGGCCAUGGAGGCAAGGCUGGCUAAUGGUGAUGUGGAUAGAGUCCUCUUUGGCAGCACGGACGUAGUGGUGUGGUAGCAGUCCUAGCCGCCACGCGGCCAUAAGAGUCAGCCGUCUCCUGUGGUCGGCACCGGCAAAGCACAUAUUGGAAAGUCCCAUGGGGCCUCGGCAUUGCAGGUCAGGUAGGCUGGAUGGAUUCUGCCAUUGCUUCCCAGUCUUUCGUGAGUACCGUGGGUGGUGGGGAUGUUACCUUGGUGACGCGGUAGUUUCUCCGCUCCCCGUGUUGGUUUUCGGGCAUGUUUCCCUGUGGUAUGGAGGCAUAGCCCUUCUGGGCGCUGUUUGCGGCUUUGUGUAGCUGCAGCUGGGUGACGCGCCAGUAGGCCCCCCGAGUGAGCCGUUUUAGUUUGUAUGGUGGCGGACUGCGUUUGGAGGCUAUCCAAGUCUGUCGGUACCCGGGACGGCGGUGUCGGGUGUGCGGUCUGUGAUUUGUGAGUCUGGGCAGAGCCUUCGUUGCCCCCUGCUGCCUCGUGCCGGUCGGUAGCUGAGCUGUGCAUGUCAGAGCCGGUCUCCGUGCAGAUAAGGUAGUGGUAGUGGGUUGUUGGGGGACUGCUGUGGUUGCUUGGGUCUGCACCAGUAUGGCCCGCCACCACGUCCAGAAAAGGUUGAAGGCUGCCACUCUGCGGUCGCUUGCCUGCUGCGCUAUUAGUGGUAGGUAGGGUGGAGGCCCAGGGGCCCGAUCGGAGGCCGCCAUCUUGGCUUCUGGGUGUAGGUGGCUUGUGAUCUCUGUGGCUUGUAGGGUCCUAUAGCCCUGUGGAGUUUGGACCGGGAUGACCCCUGCCGGUCUGUGGGGGGGGGAGGGGAAACAAGGGCCCUUGGUCAAUGAGGUAACUAGUCUUGGCGGUGGGAGAGCGUCCGUCCCUCCAGCGCUCGCCAUGUGAGUAGGCCUCGAACGCCUGACCAGUGAAGGUAGCUUGUUGUGCCGCUUGUGGGGUAUCAUUCUACUUUGCUUCAUGUCCCCUUUUGGUUGCUGGCUGUUGUGGCACGUUUAGUUGCUUUUUGAGUCGUGAAAUUCGAUUUUUAACAUAGCUUGGUGCAGGAGCUCUUGAGGUUCACGUCCUCAUGGCUCUGUGGUCAGGCCCCGUCCCCAUGAUCAUUUUUACAUCUCCACCUCUCCAGGAAAAUUUACAUUUCUGGAUACCAAUGCAUUUUAGAUGUUUAGGGUUCUUAUCGUGGAUUAGAAAGUGCUUGGAUACUGUGAUUUGGGUAUCCUCUGAUAUUUCGACAGUGUUCAGCUAGUCUGGUUUUUAAACAUCUAGUUGUCAUUCCAACUUCCAAACAUAUCAAAGACCUUAUAUGCUGCAAUACCAAAAAUGUUAUAUAUCUACCCGAGUGCCCAUGUGGUCUCUAGUACGUUGGAAUGACAACUAGAUGUUUAAAAACCAGAUUAGCUGAACACUGGCAAAAUAUUAUCAGAGGAUACCCAAAUCAUUCCGUAUCCAAACACUUUCUAAUAAAGUGAGAAUUUUUUGGAACUAAUAAAAAAUUCAAUGUGACUUCUUUUAAAUUUAAGGUCAAAAUAGCUGUGAUGGAAUUCUUCCAGUUUAACUGUUUUGGCCUUAAAGUGGCUGUGUCACCAUCUGGGGUCUUUGAAAAGUUUGUAAAGUCCUCAACGUUGACCCUUGUGCUGGGGUCCGGUAGUGGCCGUGGGUGGCAGGAAAAGGUAGGUUACACUUUAGCUACAGGAGCCAAUGUCAGCACUGUACAUUCUUGCAUUCAAGACAGUGGGAUCUUAUGUAGGAAUAACAUUGCUUUCGUUUUUUUCCUUACAGCCAUCACUGGUGCAGUGUUAAUAUUGGCGGCAAAUUUCAAUUUAGUUUAAGUCAUAGUCUUUUGACUGAAAAGCCAUUUUAGUUAUAGUCGUAUUUUAGUCAUCUGAAUUGUUUUAGUUGUAGUCGACUAAAUCUCAAAAAUUUUAGUCGACUAAAAUUGUUAGUCAACAAAGUUUACACUGCACUGUGACACCUGGGGGAAAUUACAAAAUUGACAAAAGGGAACUCCUCCUUUUGUCAAGAGGACAUAGUCCCUACUUUGUCUCAGAUAUCUUUUGAAAUCUCAACACAGUUUAUGUGUGUAUUUCUUAAAGGGCCACUCUAGGCACCCAGACCACUUCAGCUUAAUGAAGUGGUCUGGGUGCCAGGUCCUUCUAGGGUUAACCCAUUUUUUAAUAAACAUAGCAGUUUCAGAGAAACUGCUAUGUUUAUGAAUGGGUUAAGCCUUCCCCCUAAUCCUCUAGUGGCUGUCUCAUUGACAGCCACUAGAAGCGCUUGCGUGCUUCUCACUGUGAUUUUCACAGUGAGAGCACGCCAGCGUCCAUAGGAAAGCAUUAUGAAUGCUUUCCUAUGUGACCGGCUGAAUGCGCGCGCAGCUCUUGCCGCGCGUGCGCAUUCAGCCGACAGGGAGGAGAAGAGGAGGAUCGGAGGAGGAGAGCUCUCCACCCAGCGCUGGAAAAAGGUAAGUUUUAACCCCUUUCCCCUUUCCAGAGCCGGGCGGGAGGGGGUCCCUGAGGGUGGGGGCACCCUCAGGGCACUAUAGUGCCAGGAAAACGAGUAUGUUUUCCUGGCACUAUAGUGGUCCUUUAAAGAUUAUUAUCUUUCUGAAAUACUCAUUUUUGAUCAAGGGUAAAUUUGAAACUCACUUUUCAGACAAUUCCAGAAUUCUUACUUUUUAAAAUAUCCCUGAAUCAUCUUACUGCUCUAGAAUGCUCUUUCUUCUUCAUUGGCCUAUCUUUCUUUGAGUUCUGCAGUCUGACCAAUCACCCUUAUCCAAAGUAGGAAAGUAAUUUAGAGAAAAAUACUCGAUAGAUGUGAAAUAUAUAAUGGAUAUCUGUUUUAAGAUUAGUGAGUGACCAGGAGAUAGCAGAAACUUCUGCACAAGAUCACCUUAAGCACGCGCAGAGCGAUAACAACAUCGUGGCUGUCACUGGAGGACCCGACUUUCUCUGAUCAAGUAUAGCAAACUUAUGGAUGACCUGAUGGCUAGAGUAAAAGGGACCAUGGUAGCAUUCCAAAGAAUAUGGGAACCCUGGGAUAAAAGCAUAAUAGGAUUGGGAAGGUAUUAAGAGGUGAAUCUCUUGGGGCCUGGAGGACAGCGGAGGUAUAACCAGUGGUGUAUCUUGGUUUUGUGCUGUCCUAGACAGGACAAGACUCAGAUUCCCCCCCCCCCCACGUGCGCUACCCUCACCCAACCCUGCUCCACCUUCUAAAUACACACACACAUUCACUGACAGAUACGCAUACACUAGCUAACAGAAACAGAAACACAGACACACACAGUCAGACACACACAGUCAGACACACACAGUCAGACACACACAGUCAGACACACACAGUGAGACACACACAGUGAGACACACUCACUGUCAGACACACACAGACACACACACAGUCAGACACACACACACACUAACAGACACACACACACACACACUAACACACUCACUUUUUUUUUUAAAUUUAACCCCCCCAGCCUCCUUACCUUUGGGAAUGCUGGGGGGGGGGGGGUUCUCCCAUUUCCUGGUGGUCCAGUGGCUGCUGGGCAGGCGGCGCUGGCGAGGGAGCACUUUUCCCUGCAUGUCAGUUAGCCACAAGGCUUACAAGGCAUUUGCCCUGGGCAUUUGGCGGCCGCUUUUUUUGCCGCCUCCUGGUAAAUGCCGCCCAAGGCAAAUGCCUUGUUUGCCUCGCGGUUAAAACAUCCCUGGGUAUGACAGCCACCCCUAUCAGAGGCCACCGAAGCGACGUGCAAGUACAUGCGGAUAGAGCCCGCCGCCCCUUCCCUCUGCCCUCCGUUCCUACACCCCCUUGUCUCUUUCUAUAUGUCUAUUUUCUCUUUCUCUUCUUUCUUCUUCUUUCACUAUUAUUCCCUGCUCAACAUUGGAAUAGGCGUACGUCAGGACUGAAUGGCCAAGCUAAAGGGCAGUAUAAGCAUUUGCGACACAGAAGGAGAGGCAAUGCAUACUGUUCAAUGUUAGUAGUACCCUAAAUGUAUAAUUAAAAACUCCUUGGCGGACUGUGAAAAAUAAGCUGUGUGGGAAAGACCUUGUACUAGGUAGCCUAUUGUAUAACAAAGUUAAAAUGUAAGUCAUGUACGGUGGGCUUUUGCACAAGCCGGUAUGCAAAAUUUGUGUUCAUGUUCCUGCCAAGAUGAAAAAAAAAAAAGAUUAGUGAGUGAACACAAGUUUACUGUCUCUUUAAUAUAAAGAUUAUUUGUUUUGAAAUGUUACUGUCUCUUUGAAAAUUAUUAUUUUUUAAAAUUUUGUUUCAGACAUGUGUUGAAGACACUGGGGAAGACGGAGGAGGCUAGUAAAAUAUUGCCUAAUAAUCCAUCACAUGGCAUUGCCCGUGGCAUUGCAAAGGCCUGGGAGUUGUACGGAUCUGAAAAGUAGGUUUCACUGGGAAUUUGUUAUAAAUGUAAUUGUAAAAGAAAGUUAAGACCUUGAGGAAUAAUUGAUCAUUUCAACCUUUAGUGCCAAACUGAGCACCAGCCUAAGCUUAAUGUAUUGGUUUUGGUGUAUAGACCAUGCCCCUGCAGUCUCACUGUUAUAUUCUCUGCCAUUUAGGAGUUAAAUCACUGUGUUUAUUCAGCCCUAGCCACACCUCCCAUGGCUGAGACUCACACAGCCUCCCUACACACUUCCUGUAAAGAGAGAUCUAAUUUUUCAAACACCCUUAUUGCACAGUGUUCUGUAAUUUAGAAUGUAUUGUUUUCUGCUCUGUUAAUUGCCUGCUAGAGCCUAAACAAAACCAACAGACAAUUAUCAAUACGUUAUAUUUUGUUAUGAAGGCCAACAGAAUGUGUCCAACAAGUUAAAUCUAGGGCUACCAGCCCUUAUCAUUAUAUUAUAUUAUGCAUUGAUUUUUGUCUUGAAACAAGACCCUAAACUUUAUUGUCUUGCAGGGCUGUUGUCAUGUUUCUAGUCGAAACUACGCAGAGGAACAUAUUUGAUCACCGUUAUAUUGAAAACGAACUGUGGGAUAGGCAAGUUGAAACACGACAUGAUAAGCUUUUAUUUUUUGUUUACCUCCUACAAACUUGGAGUGAUGAAGGCAGAUCGUAAACUUAAAAAAAAAAAAAACAUGCUUAACCCCUUAAGGACGCAUGACAUGUGUGACAUGUCAUGAUUCCCUUUUAUUCCAGAAGUUUGGUCCUAAAGGGGUUAAAGAAUGUGUAUCUUGCAGUGAGGUGACAUUUUUGGCAUGUAGUCUUCUUCCAGUUUUAGAUAUAAGCUGAUUUAUGACUAUAUAUUUCUAAUAUACAUCAAAGUAAAAUGCUUUGCGGUAGCUUUUCAUUAUGAAAUGGUUCAGUACACAUAUUUUCAAGCAUUUCUACUGUUUAGUUGAUAUAUUGUGUCACUAUUUGCCGUAAGUGGGGUUUAUUUCUAAAAAGAAAUAUAAGCAAAGAGGUGCAGGAGAGAUAAUAUAGUGUGGAAAUUUGUGUAACAUAAUGAACAUUGAAAUACAAAAGUAAAUCUCUCCUUAUUCAGCUGAGAUGAUUGCAGUGCAUACAUAGCCAAGGGUUUCUUUUCCAAUUCACAAAGUCCCUGUACAAUACUAAACCUCUUUUUUUCUUGUGUGCAGUAAAUGGUACUGUAAUUGGAGCCCUCAGUUUAUAUAUGCUGAGAGAAUAAAGAGUAGCAUAGACUGGCAUUUUAACAAUUUUGUUUUCUUAUGUUCUAAAUAUUGUACCAGGAUUGGUGGCAUCUCAUCAAGUUAUGCUGGCAGCCCCACUGCAAUACAGUUAAAGUGGCACUUUUCUUUUUUUACAUUUUUUUUUUUUUAAUGUUAUUCAUGCCCUCCCUCACCAAUUGGUCACUUGUCAUUCUGUAUAUUAUCUAUUUUUCCCUUGCACUAAAUCUCAAAAGCGGGCAUUGCUAGUGUGGGGGAGAGGAGGUUUGGAGGCUGAAGUCACACAUAUGUACAGUUGAUGGAGAGGGCAGGAGAAUUAUUGUAGAUUUUUUUUAUUUUUUAUUCUACAACUUUUUAUACACAUCUUAUUCUAAAAAAAUAUCAGUCGUAUACGGCUCCAAGGGGGAAGGGGUGGCGCCCUUAUAAUGACUGCCGUCAGGGUGUGCUGAGGAAGAGAACGUUGCUGCACAGCCCUCUAUUAGACAGCGUGGUGAGAUUGUAUUUUUUUACCUGUCUGUGUAGCAGCACACUGUUCAUGGGAAAAGAUUGGCGUACAUAUGCAUGACAUAUCUCUACCUCUCUGUUAGUGUAGGGCUUUGAUGGCUAACCUUGACACCAUAAAUUGUUUCUGGACUGCAUUUCCCAUGAUGCUCAACUAGCUUUUAGCUAAAAAGCUAGCUGAGCAUCAUGGAAAACAUACAUUUUCAUUCAACGUAGAUUUAAUACAGUAUUAAAAAAAAACCACAGCAUCGCCCUCUACUAAAUCCCAGUCCCCCCGCUCUACUAAAUCCCAGUCCCCCCGCUCUACUAAAUCCCAGUCACCCCCGCUCUGCUAAAUCCCAGUCCCCAGCUAAAUCCCAGUCCCCCUGCUCUACUAAAUCCCAGUCCCCAUUCUACUAAAUCCCAGUCCCCCCCUCUACUAAAUCCAGUCCCCCUGCUCUACUAAAUCCCAGUCCCCCCUGCUCCACUAAAUCCCAGUGCCCCGCCUACUAAAUCCCAGUCCCCCAGGCUCUACUAAAUCCCAGUCCCCCAGCUCUACUAAAUCCCAGUCCCCCCGCUCUACUAAAUCCCAGUCCCCCCCGCUCUACUAAAUCCCAGUCCGCCCGCUCUACUAAAUCCCAGUCCGCCCGCUCUACUAAAUCCCAGUCCGCCCGCUCGCUAAAUCCCAGUCCUCCCUGUCUGCUAAAUCCCAAUCCCCCCGACCCCCCAUACCAAGCAUGUCAAACUCAAAGGCUAGCCUGGGUCAAAUCAACAAAGUCUAAGUUUAUGUGGGCCACAAAAAAGCACUCACUCACUGACUGACACACACUCACUCACUGACUGACACACACUCACUCACUGACUGACACACUCACUCACUGACUGACACACACUCACUCACUGACACACACUCACUCACUCACUGACUGACUGACACACUCUCACUCACUGACCGACACACUCUCACUCACUGACUGACACACACUCACUCAAUGACUGACACACACAUUUACACAUUCUUGCACACACUCACAAAUCAUUUUGUGUAUUGCUGAUUGCUCCCUACCUUUGGGAGCAGGUGAGGGGCCUUCUCUCUGGAGAUCUCCAUUGCUGCUCCUCACUUAGGUUUGCCACCUUUAUUGUAAAAAAAAUACCGGCCAUACAAAUUUGCAUAAUUAAUUAUAUAUGCGUGACCUCACAGGAUGUGAUGUAAGAGAUACAAUACAUAUGCAGGGGUAAAUAUGUGCACAUACAUACACACUGACACAUGCACACACAUACGCACUGAUAUAAAAAAACACACCAUUGCACACAAUCACAGUGUGUUUGCGUGUGUGGCAUUGUGUAUCUAUGGAUGUGAGAUUGUGUGUCUGGCAGCGAGUAUCUUUGUGCAUCUGUGAUUGUAUAUAUGUGUCUAUUUGUAUCUGUGACUGUGACUGUUUGGAAUGCACAUUUGUGUAUGUGAGCAUGUGAAUCUGUGUCUGGGAGCAAAUGUGGGAGUGGGAGCUGUUGUGUGUGGGUAUGGGGGGGGGGGCUGUUUGUGGUCUUGAUGUGUUUGUUACAUUUUUGGUGAUGUUGUGAUGUGUGUGUGUGAUGCAACUGUGUGUAUAUUAGGGUGACUUUCAGUGGAGGAGUGCCUGUGCGUGACAGGGUGAGUGUGACUGGGUGAUUUUUAUCAAGUAUAUUUUAUUUUUAAAAGUAAAUAUGGCACAUGUCUGCACAUGCUACCACUGUCCCAGAAUAACCUACAUGACGUAACACAAUCCCUGCUGCCCAAUAAGCCUUCUUAGUUAAUGUUAGUGCAUGGUGCAUUUUCUGUUUCUCCCCCACACCCUGCCAUAUAUCCUGCAUGCAACCCCCCCAAACCUCCUUUCUCUCCAUGUAAGGGACCAAGCUCCUGAUCUCUCUCUCUAUAUAUAUAUAUAUAUAUAUAUAUAUAUAUAUAUAUAUAUAUAUAUAUAUUGCAGUGUUUCAAUUGUGCAAUCUCAAAUCUGAUUGGUUAGAUCAGUGUUCCCCCCAGGGUAGGCAAGAAGAAGCAGGUAAAUGUGGGAUUUAAAUAUAUUUACCUGCUUUUUCUGCCUGCGGAGUGAGAGAUUCUGCUCCAGGUUUGUAGCCCCUUCUGUAAACCUGAACACUUACACUGACUGAACGGUCUGCAGCAGCCAGACUCAUAGGUGUGAGUGUGAGGUCAGAUGUACAGUAUGGAUCAGUCCCAAAAACAGUUGGGAUGCUUCAUGAUAGAAAGCAGCAACCUGCUUAUUGCCAGCAAUUAUCGGUACCAGUCAGGCAGCCCCAAAUACCGGCCAGGUGGCAACCCUAUACUCACUGCUCCCUCACACGCACAGUUUAGUGAAGCAUCUACUCGCGGCUCGCUGGACCGCAAAGAUAUUCAUUGUGGGCCGCAAGUUUGACAUGCUUGGUGUAGGGGUUCAUCAAGUUUUCCUUUGGGCGCAAACACCAGGUGUUUCUGAAACCCAAAACAAUAAACCUGGUGCCACUAUUUUGUUCUCGUCUGUCAAUCAAGGUGUGCGGUUUACUUCCGUGGGAUUUGUUUGACUGAUGGAUUGUGGGUAAUUGACCUUGGAAACUGAAAUGGAUCCUUGCAAAUAUACAGGUUUAGUUACUAAAGUGAGAAUUCAAAGUGAAUUUCAAAUUUAAGGUGAGAGUAUCUGAAUGGAAUAGGGCUAGGCAGUAGAAUGGAAUAGGAAAUUAACUAAUACGUAUGACAGGAAGAUUUCACUUGACUAAGUGGGGACUGCCUUAAACUCCACCCUUUGUCAAAUUUGGUCAAUCAGAGGAACAUCAGAGGAAAAUACAUAAGACACAGUAGUCCCUACUUUGCCUUAAAUAUUUUAAAGAAAAGUUACAAUUUAAAAGAGGAAAUCCGCAACGGAAAUAAGAGACGGGAAGAGAAGAAGAAUCGAUUUUAAGGAAAGGUAAUUAUGCCGUAAUAGAGCCGCUUUAAGUAAAUACAUAUUUUCAGUGUAUCUUAUGGCUUGCCCUUGCUCCUAGGGAGGCAGCCAUCUUUAGAUCUUCUUUGGUUGAAAGGACUAUUGGUACAGCCGAGGAAAAUGCAGGCAAGUGUGCGUUCGCAAGUCCUGAUGUCACGUGCAUGUGCUAGGUAUCUCCAAAACAUGCUCUAAAACCGUUUCGGCCCUUUACAGAGUGCAUGGCUUUGUCAAUUUCAGCCAAAGUGAACUUCAGGAUUGCCACCUCUCUGGAGCAUGAUUAAGCUAGUGAAUGUGCUGAACAGAGGUAUAUAAUUGUGUUGCAAUAAUAAAUACACCCAGGCUUUAAUACAUGUAAUCUUGCUAUUCAAAUAAUAAGACAUUAUGGCAGUUAUCCAUUAAUUAAUACAGAUCCUUUUCACUGGUUUGUUUACUGUCUGCUUCACCUUUACAUUGUAGGAAAAAAUAAACAAACAUUCUCACAAUGCCAUUAACAAUAUUUCUUUCUUUAAAGUCCUAUUUUGACCCUGUGAUCUCAACCCUAUUUUUCACAAUUUCCAAUCUCUUAAAAGGGUGUUGAGUCAUGUGUGUUUAAAUCAAGACACACUCUAUUGUUUAAUACAAUCUGGUAUAAAUGUAGGGAUACACAAAAGAAUGUUAAAAAAAAAAACCAAAAACUCUUCCGCUGUGUUAAACACCACGCUAAAAACAAAAUUCUGGUUAAUGAAAACGUAUUUAUACAAUGGAAGUACGGUAGCUGCGACUAUAGCCAAAAUUUAUAAUUUCUCAGAAUCCAUUAUUUUGGCUUCAGUUUUGCAAUUCCAUUUUUCAAUUCAUUGUUUUAGUGAAUAAACCCCACAAUUAUUCUGAUUGGGAAAUUAAUUAGAUUCUAAAACGUGUUCCGUCUAUGGAAAAUGGACUUAUCAGAUGGGCCAGCUGGAGACGUAGAGCAGGCCCUGUGCAUCUGCUGAAUAUACUCCGUAAGUGGUUCAAUGGACUGAUUUUUGCUUUGCAGGAACAUCCGAGUGAUCAGGAGGCGACUCAGGGAUGUUUUGGAAAGGGGAUCGUUGAAUGCAGAUAAGGCUCUCAUUGUGUAAGUAUAGGAACUUUUACUAUUAUUUAUAUUGCGAAAAAAAUGAAAAACCAGGAUGUGUUGUGCAGGCUUAGUUAUUGCCAUUUUAUAGCACCAGCGUAAUCUACAUCUGUCUGUAUAAAGAUAUUAGACUUGUCACUCAAAUCCACUUAUGUUUUCAACUUUGCAGAUCCUAAAUAUACAAAUAUGUCGCACAAACACUAAACUGACCCUAUAUUGUGCACACUCACCAGCCAUAUCUAUGCUGUGCCUUGCACGGUACGCAAUACAAGUUUGCACUUUAAAUUGUGGUUUCAAAAAGGGCAGUAAAUUGGCUUUGUGACAUACAGUAGUGUGUAUUCUAUAACUGACUGUCCUAAAAUAAUGCAUUAAAAUGGACAAUAUAAUGUGUGAAGCAGAAUCUAUGUGGGUUUUUUGUUUGUUUUUUUACUCUCCCUUCUCCUCUCAUGUCUAUUUUUAUUUUUCUAUUUUAAAAUAAAAUCAAAAUACUAUAACACUUCUGGUGUUCGAAAAAUACUUUAACCCCUUAAGGACACAUGACGUGUGACAUGUCAUGAUUCCCUUUUAUUCCAGAAGUUUGGUCCUUAAGGGGUUAAACAAGAGGACAUAGUCUUAAAUUAGAGGGACAACGGUUUAAAAAUAAUAUCAGGAAGUAUUACUUUACUGAGAGGGUAGUGAAUGCAUGGAAUAGCCUUCCAGCUGAAGUGGUAGAGGUUAACACAGUAAAGGAGUUUAAGCAUGCGUGGGCUAGGCAUAAGGCUAUCCUAACUAUAAGAUAAGGCCAGGGACUAAUGAAAGUAUUUAGAAAAUUGGGCAGACUAGAUAUAUCUGCCGUCACAUUCUAUGUUUCUAAUACUUAUGCACUUUUAACUGGCAAAAAAACCCUUAGUGUAACCCAUCAAUCACACUCUCACAGUUGUGCCAAAUUGAGUGUACAAUACAUAUAUAUGUAGGUUGUGCACAGCUAUCACUGCCUCCUUAAAUCACCAAACCCGGUGUAAACAGGGGUGGAACCACAAUGCAGUUAUGUUGGCAAACAUGUCUCACUUAGAAUCUACUCCUUCAUACAUUAGUAUUUAACAAAAGUAUUGCUCAAUCAGGCACAGAUUGCCAGAAAUAAAAAUGACAUGCAGACAUUAAACGUAAUCCCCGGGAGCGGAGCUUGCUACUGCACAAGAGUGGACACGUUUCCCUACAACUCUCGAAAAUCUGUAGCUCUCUGACCUAAAAUCACCCGUUUGGCUGCUCAUCCAGAGGGGAGACUCACCAAUCCUGUCUUGUGGUAACUCUCUGCACAGACUGGUGCCCUAAUCCCCAAGGCUUACUUGAAAUGGUGGGAACAGUUUGUCUUAAAGGGCAACGGUCCCCGCAAAGCUAUUUUUAAUAUUAUUAUUACUGGUAUUUAUAUAGCGCCAGCAUAUUCUGUAGCGCUUUAACAAUAUAACAAUUCUUUCAUCAACUUAUAAAAAGGAAAUAUAUCGUUUUUAAAGUGACACUCCAGGCACCCAGACCACUUCUGUCCAUUGGAGUGGUCUGGGUGCCAACUCUCACUACUCUUAACCCUGCAACUGUAAUUAUUGCAGUUUUUAAUAAACUGCACUAAUUACCUUGCAGGGUUAACUCCACCUCUAGUGGCUGUCUACUAGACAGUUACUAGAGGGCACUUCCUGGAUCAUAGCACAGGAAACCUGUGCUAGAGCGUCGCUGGACUUCCUCACGCUGUGUGAGGACCUCCAGCAUCGCUCAUUUCCCCAUAGGAAAGCAUUGAAAUGCAUUUUCAAUGCUUUCCUAUUGGGAGCGCUAAUGCGCACAUAGGGUGUUGCUGCGCAUGCGCAUUAGCCUCUGUCCGUUCUCAGAAUACUCUAGCGACCCAUUUUUUGCUCUCCAUUAGUUUAAAGGGUAAUCCAGACGUGGACCCCUUGCUCACGGUGCCUAGAGAGAUAUCAGCUAUGCCUCUCUGAUGAUGCCUAACAAGGCUGAAACGAUCGUCUGGGGUUGCUGUAUCUCUCGUGCAGAGAAAACUUGCUGGCAUUUUGGAUCUGGACUGCCCGUAUGGGUGGGACCAGUCUGAUAUGCUUCAGAUAUGUUCUCUCUGUAAUGGCACAAGAUGAGCUAAAACCAGCUUGAGUUCUGAGCGGGGACCCACCGAAGGGCAGGCUAUUUGGCUAUUUUAGCUGCUGUCCGUUCUCAGAAUACUCUUGCGACCCAUUUUUUGCUCUGCAUGCGCAUUAGGUCUCCCUGGCCGGCGCAAUGCAGAGGAGAAACGGCGGCGGAGGAAGAAGCAGCGGCGUGGGACAUCGUCGCUGCCUCUGGUAAGUUACUGAAGGGCUUUUCACUCCUCCAGCAACCGGGGAUUGGGGGGUGGGAGGGAGAGGGGACCUGCAGUGCCAGGAAAAUGGAUUGUUUUUCUGGCACUGAAGUUUCCCUUUAAAUGAAGUAUAUGGAAUAAAGAAAAAGAGAAAAACACAUCCCUGCAUUUAGCAUAUGACCGUAUCUUUCAUCCAUAUACAUACACCGUUGGUCGGACAGUAACAGUCUCUAUGGUCUUCCCAGCUUCACUCCCUGCACAGAACCAGGUAAGACAAUAGACUGUCGGUUUGUAAACCUUGUCCGACCCAGGGUAUAUGUGUAUGGCUAAAAGUUUCUGCCAUAUAAUAAAGUUAGGGAUGGGUUUUUCUCAAUGUGUUUGUAUGUAUACUUCAUUUAAAAAUAUCCUUUAAAAAUGUGAUGAAAGAUUUAUUAUAUUUAAAAAUAAAUAAACAAAAUAUAUAUAUUUUUUUUUUUUUGAGGUGACCGUUGUCAUUCAAGAUUGAAACAGUUCCCACCACCAUUUAAAGUAAGCCUUGACGGUUUAUGUUUAAUGUCUGCAUGUCCUUUUUAUUUCUGGCAGUCAGUGCCUGACUGAGCAAUACAUUUGUUCAAUACUAUUGUUAGAAGGAGUCGAUUGGAAGUGAGACAUGUUUGCCAACUUAACUACAUUGUGCUUCCAUGCCUGUGUUCACCGUUUGGGUAUUUAAAGCGACAUUCCAAACACCAUAAACACUACAUACUGCUGUAGUGGUUAUGGCUGUAGUACCCUGUCACAGUCCCAUCGUAGUCUGACAAGCCAUUUUUGCAUGCCCUGUUUGGUGUCUGGGCUUCAUCCUGUCAUCUCAGGCAGGAAAAGUCUGAUGCCGAUUUAGGCAUACUUUCAUUGGCCAAGACCACCAGUUGAGUCAGUGCAUGAUUUGAAUCUGUUCUGAUAUUGAACAACCCUGAUAUCUAGCCUCUUCAGCUCUUAGAAUACCAGAUGCGGUGAGGUUCUGGGGUGAAGGUCAAACUGUGCUUAAAAUUUUAUAUUACAAUAGGAUGAGGCCAUGGCAAUUAUGGCACCAAAAUCACUAUGGAGGACUGCAGUAGGCAUCAUGCUUGGAUCAUUCCUUUAAACAAUAAAAUCAUGGUGUGGUGAUUGUUUCUGUAAUGUUGGAGUUCCAUUGUUUUCCACUUGCUACAUUUUAAAUAAAUGCCUCCUUUCUUUCUAAAAAAAAAUAUAUAUUUUUAAUAUGUUCUAUAUAUUUUUGUAGUACCAAGUGUAAAAAAAAGGACAGAUCGCUCAAAACGUGAUCAGCUGGAGAACCAUAUUGUACUUUAUGUAUACUAUAUGGAAUUGUUCCAUAUUGAGGGCAUUCUAUUGAUCCUAGUUAUUACACCAUAUAGAACGGCAGAUUUGCUGCCAGUUUAGAAUUUCUGUAAUUAAUGUUGUUCCAAUGGAUUAGGUCCUAAUCCGUGCACUGUUUGUUUUAGGGAUGGAUAUGAGGUAGCCGUGGCCUAUUUUAGAACUGGAUACAUGCCUCAAGAUUAUGAAGACAAGGUGUGUAUUUAAUUCCAAAUAAAAAAGACUGUUUUAAGACUGCCUUUGUGUUUUGUUACUCUUUUUUUCGAGAAACUGAUAUAAACCGAAUAAACAAAAAUACAAUGCAACAUAUUGUAUUGUUAUCUUGAGAAUAGUAUCAUUUGAGAAAAAAAAAAUACAAACCUCCAUGUUACCAUCUACACUUUGAUUGUGUUGGGUUUACCCACUAAUCUGCAAAUUGUAAUUCAAAGAGAUUACAAAAAUGUAAACAAAAAGGGCAGAUUUUAAAAAAUUUGCCUACUUUACUAUUGUGACAUCAAGUCAAUUUUGAAAUUAGAUUUCUAGUUCAUCGCAAUUCUGUGUUUAAUGAAUAAGCCCUUAUGUGUCCCUUUAUACAGCUGAGAUGAAUUAAUUUCUGCCGUAGUGCCAUGUGCACCUAAUGCUAAUAACAAUGUGGACUUGUGCAUGUUGAAUGAUUCUUGGUGUGUGGGUUGUAGAUUGGCAGGAGAAGUGUGGCGUGGGUCAUGUAAUGGAACGAGGUUGAGUUGGUUCUUCAUGGUGUUUAUGUUCUAAUUAUGGUUUGUGUGACAGUACUAGUCUUCUGCAUGCGGAGAUGUGGUAAGGAUGGUUUUCUCCAGACUGACUGAGAUCUUUGAUGACCAUGAGAUAACGCACAAUGUGCUGAUAAUUUGUCACACCAUACAGGAUUGGGAAGCGCGUCUCUUGAUGGAAAGAUCUAAAGCAGUGAAAUGCCCAGAUGUGGCCACUCAGCUAGUCGGCACCAAGAAGGUUCAACAGGAACUGAGUCGACCUCUUACCUUGGAGAAAUUCCUACUAGAUCGACGUGAAGCUACUGCUCGGAUUAGAGAGACGUUCGCAGGCCUGUACACCUUGGAUAUUGUACGUGUGAUUGUGAUCUUUUCAAAACUUGGCACCGUUACGUCAAUUAUUUUGAACAAAGUGACACACAGAGAGGGUUGAUCAAUAUACUACAUUGUUCAUCUCUCUACCAACUCAAUGCCAUGCUUUAAUAUGUUAAUCUAGAUCUGAAUAGUAUUUUUUAUUUUUUUUGCAAGAGAUACCAAAUGUAAGUAGGUUUGUGUAGUGUUUAAUUAAUAGAAGAUUAGUAAAGCAUAAACUUUAUAAAUUGUUUAUUUAGAUCUUGCAGCAGAAUAGAUGCACAGAAAUGCUCACAUCAAAUUGCGUAACACUAUCUGUGUGCCAGGAUACUAACGCUAAAUCCAUUAAGUGAACCAGUCUGCCUUGUUUCUUCAUUAAUAUGCCUGGGGAUGCGGGUCACACCUCAUGUGUAAAGUCGACACAUGAGCUUCAUUAGCCAGCAUGCUGGCCACAGUACAGACUAACGUCAUGUCACUUCGUUCUUAUUCUCCCUUGCCAGUGGUUGACUAGGGAGCUUCAGUAGCAACCACCGCGCAUGCACUGUGGUUGCUAUGUGGAGAGAGCAAAGGGACCGUCUGUUGGAGGUCUAUUCUGUUCUCCCUUCUCAGUUAAAUCUUCGGCAUAGCGUCUAGAAUUGACUGACAGAUGGAAAAUGGGAGAAAGACCUAUUUUUUUUUACCCUCACAAACUAUAUAUUUGCUAGAAAAUAUGCUAGCACAACAUAGAUAUAACAUUUUAUGAUCUUUCAAAGGAACGAAAGUUAUAGGAGGCAUUACAUAUAUCCUUUAACGUCACAAAUGACCUGCGUAAGGAAGGGAAACACCGAAUGGUGUUUCUAGUUGUGAUCAUUCUAGCAAUAGUUAGUCUUGUUAAAAACAUUGUAUUAUGUAAGUUUGAUAUUAACUGUUUGAACUGCAAAGGUUCAAGAAGGACUGUGAUUCAGAUGUGGCUUGCAGACAAUGGGGUGAGCCUUUUGAGGUUAUCAUAAUUUUAUCAUUCUGCUUUAGGGUGAAGAGGGUGAUAAGACUGUGGAAAUAGCCAUUGCUAACCCAGAUCAGUUUGUGCUGAAGCCUCAGAGAGAAGGUGGAGGUGAGUCAGAACAAAACACGAUUUCCAUAGAUUUAGCGUGACUUGACAGUGUUGAAUAACCAUUUGCCGUAAAUGAGGUUUAUAUUUUUGUAUUCAGCAUAUCAAAAAUAAUAAGCAUCACUUUUUUUUUUAUUCCUCUUUAAGGGAACAAUAUAUAUGGGGAGGAGAUAAAAGAAGUGUUGGAGAAGGUUAAAGACAGCAUCGAACGCACCUCCUUUAUACUGAUGGAUAAGAUCAGGCCUCGACCUCUUAAGAAUUGUCUCCUGAAAGCUGGAGGACAAAUUCAAAUCUCAGAAUGCAUCAGUGAGCUUGGCAUGUUUGGUGUAUAUGUUAGGUAUGUGUCUCCAAUUGUUAAAAGGGUACUUAUAGCAUUUGUCAAUAAAUGUGUUCUAGAUUUUUUGGGGUCGCUGUCAGUGGCCUGUGUAUGAGUAAGUUGCUUGUCUGAAUUUCACUAGGAAGUGUGUAUAUAUAUAUAUUUUUUUUUUUUAUUAUUCUCUUUUUUUGCUCUGAUAGACAAGCAAUGACAUGAUAAUACAGACUUAUGCAAGACUGUGACAGUACAAUGUCGGUUUAUGGGUUACAGAAGGCAAAUUUGGUUAAUUAGUACAGUCACUAUACAUACAUUGUUUGAUAUGUUUGCAUUGUCAUCAGGAUUUUUCUUUUAUGUUUUCAAACAGGUGCAACUGUAUACAAUGGCAGUAUUUUUUUGAGGAGUAGGCUUUGUUGACUGAUUGCAGCAAUGAGACUCUUAUUUAAUGACAGUAGUUUCAUGGUUGUUAAAGACGGUGGUGAUAUAGUUACUGUACACAUUAAUGUCAUCAAUCUUUCGAUAGGUUUGUGCUAAUUUACGCUAGUCUCCCUUAAGGAAGUAUAUUUUUAAAGGGACACUGUAAGCACCAAAACCAUGUUAGCCUAAUUCAGUGAUUUUGGUGUAUAUAUAAUGCCCCUGCAGUCUCAUUUCUCAAUUCUCUACCAUUUAGGAGUGAAAUCACUGUUUCUAGCCACACCUUUCCUGCAUAUGACUCACAGUCUCCCUGCGCACUUUCUGUUUAAACUUCCUUUCUUACACAUUCUGCUUACUUUAGAAUGUUGUAUCUCCUGCUCUGUUAUUAGUCUUCUAGACCCUGCAUGAGCCUCUUCAGUGUGAUUAAAGUUCAAUCAACAGAGCAGGAAAUAAAAACAUCUAAAGUAAACACACUGUGCUGUCACAUCUGAUUGAAACAGAUACCAAACAGAAACAAAAAUGAUCUAACUCCUAAAUGGGAAAAAAAAAUUGAACAGUGAGACUACAAGAGCAGUAUCAAUACACCAAAACUGCUUCAUUAGGCUAAAGUUGUUUUUGGUGCUUGGAGUAUCCUUUUAACCUGCUGGUCUCCAUAUGCUGUAAAACAAUGGUUCUCGAUCCUCGAGACGUACCAACAGUCCAGAAUUUAAAGGAACAUUCUGAGCACCAUAACCACUACAACCUGCCAGGUGCCCAUGUUGCAUACAUUCUUCUCAAGCAGGAGAUGCCAACACAUGCAUUCAUUCAUUGGCUGACAGCGGUUCCCAAAUGUUUUAGGUUCAAGGCGCCCUUUAUAUUUUAAUAUUUUUUCAAGGCACCCCAAGUCAAAAUUUCUAGGUUAUAUAUCUGUAUAGCGCUGUGGCAUUUAUUGGCGCUAGAGUGUAAUGUAUAUUGUUUGUGUUUGAAGGGGUGCUUGUAUAUAGUUUUAGUGUUCUAAUACAGGGGUGUGUUUGUAUGUAAUGUUUGAGUUUGAUUGCAGGGGUGUGUCUGAAUAUAAUCACUUUUUAAUGCGGAUGUACAUUUGUGUUAAGUAUUUGUGUUUGAGUGAUGGGGUGUGUUUGUAUAUUUUUUUGGGGGAGUUUGUAUGUAAUAUUUGUGUUAGAUUGCAGGAGUGUGCUUCUAUGUUGUGCUGGUGUUUGACUGCUUGGAUGUAUGCGCACACACUACCACAUACUUACACGGAUAUACAUGCACAUUAACACACAUACACACACACACCUUUACACACGCAUACACUGACAUAUAUACAGACACACACCCUGACCCAUACAAACAUUAAUACAGACACGCACCCGGACACACAGAUGUGUGCACACACACUGACCGAAGCACAAUGGCUUAUACGCACAUACUCAUACAUACAUAUUUACACACACACACGUGAUAUUUUUUUAUAUCUCCAGCCACCCUCCUGUUAGCUUACCUUGUAUGUCCAGGAGGGUGGCUUGGAGUUUUGCUGGCUGCUGCAUGUGAGGGGUCUGGAGCAACUCUGGACUGCUCCUCUCCAUCUCUCUGCAUGACACUGGGAGGAAGUGACAGGCUGUCACUUCCUCCCAGCUGGCCGACAUUACAGGGGCCCUGUCGCGGUCUUAAAGGACCAUGGCACCCGAACGGCCCCUGCUCAGCAGUUAUGUUUCCCGGUGCUAUAAUCACAGCACCGAGGAAACAUUCCGCGGCACCGCUGUGACACACAGUUUGGGAACCGCUGGGCUGAGAGCAUCAGCUGAGCAGUCUCAGCCAUGGACGAAUUCAAUGAGGAGCUACAUUGAACUGAAUGACAUCUGGCUUCUCCAGCUCUUAGAAAACCAAAUGAAGGGCAGACCUCUGAUAUGACACAGCUAAGUGUCAAACCAUGCUUAAACGUUUUAUUAUGACAGAUUACUCUGGGACUGUGUCAGGGCACUCCUGGCACCACAGUCUAUACAGGUAGCUCUUCUGCAUAUGGUGCUUGCAAUGUUCCUUUAAGCAUUUCUCAGUUCCCUUUCCAUGGGAAUACAGACUGUCAGUUACUGUGCCUUUUAGACUCGUUUCAGAAUGAGUUGUCAACUGAUUUAGGUGUGAGCUUUUUUUCUUGUUUCAGCCUGUGUUGGAUGAGCUAGCAGUAUUCAUUUCAACCACACGUGCUUGUAAGGCUGGAACGUCUCACACGUUCAAAUCUGUUCUAAUCUUUAUUCAAUUAAACACACACAAAAAAAAAAAAAACAGGUGAUUAUUAAUCUUAAAUAUUAAACGUUGUAAAGGAUUAAUAGUCCUUUUAUGGGUAAUGCCAAACUACCAAGUAACAGCAAGUGAGAGACAUACAUGUAUGAGUAUGGCUUUUAUUGCAGGUUUCAGUCAGUGAUUGAUAUUUUUAGUGUGGCAUCUCUCUCUCUUGCUCGUGUCUUGCCAUGGCCGUUUAUCCUCUUACCCAGAGGAUACAUCUUUCACCCAUCUGUUAAAGGGACACUAUAAGCACCCGGACCAUUUCAUCUCAUUGAAGUGGUCUUGGUGCGGUGUCCCAGUCCCACUAGGCCCUUCAAUGUAUAUCUUUGCAGUUUUUGGUGGCUAACCAACUUUUGGUUGCCCAACUGAUGCUGGAUGUCCUCACACUCUGUAUGAGGACAUCCAGUGUCAGUAAAAUUAAAACAAUGCUUACCUAUGUGGAGGGCUUAAUGUGCUUGCAGCGCAUGCUGUGCAUGCACAUUAGUCCCCUCUCCGCCGUCAGAUGACAACAGAGGAGGCGAAACACUGACCCAGCACCGAGGGACAUCGGCGCUGGAAUCGGGGGACUAUAAAGUUUUUUUUUUUUUUGUUUUUUUUUUUAAUCCUUCAUGAGCGGAGGGGUGGGGGAUGAGAGGGCUCUAUAGUGUAAGGAAUGCAACUUUGUAUUCCGUACACUAUAGAUUCCCUUUAAUAAUAUGACACCCCUCUCAUUCCCCAAUGUCUGCCGCACAAUUUAGUAUUCCAUUGUUUACAAAUAUAGCUAAUCUGUAGAGAGCUCAAAGCUUCCUCUCGCCCACCAGCUAUUGGCGAGUAGAAAAUCACCCCAGCUGAGUGUACCGUAGAUCUUACAGGCUUGCGAUGGUGCUGUGGCUAAUUUUUGUUCCUUUUUAGGCAAGGAAAACAAGUGGUCAUGAAUGAAGGUGUGGGUCACCUCCUUAGGACAAAAGCCACGGAACAUGAAGAUGGUGGAGUAGCAGCAGGUGUGGCGGUCCUGGACAAUCCUUACCUUGUAUAAUGUGAGAUAAUAGUGGACCUGUAAUCUCUUAAUGUGCCUAAAAAUACCUGUGCUGGAUCCUAGAGGUUAUAUUUGUAAACUAAAAUAGCCCUAGUGGGGAUACAUCAGAUGUUAUUCUCAGUCUCUUGUGAAUUGUUUUCCGCUAAAUAAGAAACCACUGCUCAUAGGCAAGUAGACCAUUUUAUCUUGAUGGACAAACAGAGCAAUGUGGCACAGUAGUAAAUUGUGGUGGCCCAGCAACAAUGGUCUUCUAGAGAUCUCAGACAGAGUUUGUGCUUCGAGAGCCUUGUAUCAAAUUGGAGCAAUCCCCCCUCCCCCUGGUCUCUCUGAUGCCUUCAUAAAAGGGCCACCAGAGCCAGUUUUCUAUCAGAUUCAGUUACCCGUUAGAUUGUUUCCUCCAGCUCUCCGCAAUGUUCGGAGUUCAGUUUGUCCCUAUAACCCAUGCGCUCUGAGCCGGUUAAAUGGUCCUUUCUAAGGUUCUCUAGGAGAAACACUCUAAGCACCAAAACCAAUUUAUCUUAAAGCAGCUCUGUAACUCCCUCAAGGAGUUUUCCAUAAAGAUAUAAUUUUUAUGAAUUACUCACAAUGACUGUGUUGGAAUUUCACUGAAAUUUCAGUGCAGUCAAGAUAGAUUAAAACAAAGUAGGGAGUUGACAAAAGGCUGAGCUACUGCCGUUAAGUUUUGUCAUUAACCCAUCUUCCAUUGACCUUAGUGUCAAACUCGCCCCCUAUUGUUUUUAAAUGAAAUAUUAGUUUACAUAAUUCUUAUUAUUCCUUUAAUAUAAAAGAAAUGGUUUUUGUAAUUUACUGUUUCUAUCAUGUAUUUUCUUCCCAGUUCUCUCCACUGAGGCAUUACUAUUAGGGUGUUUAAGCCUCUCCUGGUAUGUUUUACCAGUGAAAUCUUGUACGAUUGUGUUAUUCACAAAUAUUUUGUCCUUUCAAAAGAGCAGUUCAAGCCUGCAACAGUGAUAUUGGUGCCAGCAAUGCUAUGGAACCAUUCCAAGCACUGUAAACAAUAAACUAGUGCUCACCUGCAUCCCACCGGCAUCCGUGCUGAUUUUUGUUUUAUUCAUCUCGGAGUUGGAGAAGCCAGGUGUGAACAUUUUUCAAUACAAGAAUGGAGUCCGGUAAACAUUGGCUUUGAGUACUCUGCCAAUAAAUUAAUACCUGUAUUGACAUCUCCUGGCACCAUAACAACUAUUGGCGGCUGUAAUGGUUAUGGUGCUUGGAGUCUUCUUUUAUAUCUUACUGAAUACAGUAGUUUUAAAAGUAUGUACACUGCCCCCUCUCCCUCUGAAAUAAGCCUGCAUGGACCAAGCAAACAGCUAUACAUGAUGACCUUUUUGCUGAAUGUCUCACAGAAAUUGUACUGUUGUAGAUGUUCCUCAGUGAGGAUAUUUACAGUGGAACACAGAACAAAAGCUACAUUAUUUGGCUCAAACACUUUGAACUAAGUCUGCACGUGUUCCAAUCACUCAUUUUGAUAGCCUGCCUGUCUUGUUACUACAAGUGGUUUAAAUGGUCACUCGAUUUAUUUUGCUCCAGUCUUUGCAUCUCCUUGAUCUUAACAAUUAAUAUUAUUUUGCUAAGCCAUGUUUUCAUCAAUUUUGAGCAGUCUUUUGUCAUGUCAUUAGAUGUUUGGUAUGUAUAUUCUUUGAAUUAUUUAUAAAAUAUAAAAAGCAUUUUUAUCUGGGAUCACAUAGAAUGGUACUUGAAAAACAUUAAUAGAGAAUUUAUAAAUCUAACUUAUGUUUAAAGUGACUCUCCAGUACCAGGAAAACAAAGCUCUCCCUCCCACCCCCAUCCCAUGUUGCUGACGGGGAUAGAACCCCUUUAGUGACUUACCUUUAGCCAGCGCCGAUGUCCCUCAGCGCUGGUUCAGGGUCUGCCCACGCUUCUCCGCAAUGCCGCGCACACGCAUUAGACAUCCCCAUAGGAAAGCAUUGAAAGCAUUGCGUGAGGACGUCCAGCGACGCUAUAGCACAGUGACGCUAUUGUACAAAACCAGUGCAAUAGACAGCCACUAGAGGGUACUUCCUGGUUUACUAGACAGCCACUAGAGGAGGAGUUAACCCUGCAAUGUAAAUAUUGCACCUUAUGAAAUGUGCAAUAAUUACAGUUGCAGGGUUAAGGGUAGUGGGAAUUGGCACCCAGACCACUCCAAUGGGCAGAAGUGGACUGGGUGCCUGGAGUGUCCCUUUAAGGUAUAUUGUCCGCAUUAACCCCUUCAAGCCAGAGAUUUGGCAGAUGACAAUCAAGUAAUAGAGAAGUGCUUGCCCCCUAGUAUCAUUUUAGCUAAAACAUAACGUUUAAUAUAUUGAUUAAAAAAAAAUAUUGCUGUUAGUAAAUCAAAAGGCAAACCAAAAGAAAAUUUCAUAAUAAAAAUAUCAAUAAUAUAAAGCAAAAGGUAUAGAGAGAAAACUCUACCAGAUUAUCCAAAAACAUAUAGAAUGAUAGGUGUUUAUAAAAAAAGAAAAAAUGUAUGUAAGAUUAAUCAAUUUAUAUAUUGCUGGGAUUGCAGGCUGAGCCCAGUUAUAAAAAUCUGUAGUGUUUAAGAGAUGCCAGUAAAGCGAAAACUGGCGAUCCCAGAAGACACAAGUAGAUAUAACAAUGUUAUCAGCCUGUAAGAUAAUGCUCAUUUUAUUAUAUGCUAGAUCCUGCUACUCAACAAGCGAUCUAAAACUUACAUUCAGAGUAUUAUGGAUGUUAAUUUUAUUCACGAUUUUAGAAAGAGUUAGAUACAGCAUUUAAAAUAAAAAAAUAAAUAAAAAAGUACACUAUUUAAAUUUAUACCAACUUGAAUGCUGUAGUUUCUGGAGAAAUUACAAUUUGCCUUUACAGUACAAAUUUAACUAAUAAUUAGGCAUUGGGCGACAUUACUUUAAUAUUAAACCUGCUUCCCAAUCAAGAGACCUAACAAGGUUUUAUGUAUUAUCAUUUUGAAUUGCUAAGUAAAAUGUGAUGUGUGCCAAUGUACUGUUGUUCUCCAAUAGGUUGAUUUUUGUAAUUGGCUAUUUUUGUUCAUUAAAAGAUUGCCAUAAUAGUUUUGUAUAAUAUCAUUUCUCACUGAUUUUACUGUACAAAUAUAACAUUGAGUUCUCAAUAUGCCUGUCUAGAUUGUUCGAUAUUUCAGUUUUACUUCUUGUGAUUGAUCUUGCUACAAUAGGUACCCCCCCCCCCAUUUUACUUUAGGGCC